CAGUCACUACGUUAAGGCUACAGUAGGCUGCGGAGCUUGUGUCCGACAGACCUGGAGUUGCACUGAAAGACACUGCGCCGAACAGGUAAAGGAAAAAUGACUUAUUUGAUUCUUUAUCAGCAUUAGCACACAGGCAAAUGUGUAUGAAUGACAACACCUUAACAAAAGCUUGUGGUUUGGGCAGUCAACGGGAGUCUUUCGCUCGUCAUUGAAUGAGCAAUUCAGCAGGCACUGAAGCUGAAAUGAUGAGGUGCCCCUCUCUGUGUGGAUGGAGAAAGGACGCAUUGUUCGUCUACAGGAGAACUGGGUCUGGCUUCUUAUGAGUCUGUGCUAUUUAAUCUCUGUUUUCAGCUGGGUUUACAUGAGCAGUGUUGCGGAAUUAGUCCGACAUGACAUCUCAACGCAGCAACAGAUUUAGGAACCAUGUCUCUGAGAUAGGUAAGCCGUAUUGAUUGCCUUGCCUGUUACUGGUCCAAUUACGCACUUAAAUGCUAGUUUUGUGGACCGGUUGACUUGAUAAUGUCAGCAAUAUGCUACAGAAAAACUCAACCUAUUGCGGUCACUGCGGGGACUUGCCUUACUGCGGUGGCAAUGCACAGCUAAGUCCUUAAUAGGUUUUUCAACCAAUUAUUUAUAUUAUAAGAUCUGCGUGAAAAUCCUGGUGCUUUAAUCAUGAUAGAAUUACAGUGGUGGUUUAUAAUCUGUAAUGGCAGCUGGGAGAUAGAGAAAGGGGUUCCAGCACAGGUGCUGAGUCAUAUUGGCUUCUCAUAUUAAUACAAUUAAUCAGUAAAAUUAAAGCCUUAUGUAUGUUUGUUACUGUCAUAUUACCAAAGUGUUGAAAUGACCUCUAUUAGAGCUGCAUUUCAGCUUCAGUGCUGAUUGUAUUCCAUAUGAAAUCUUGUUUGAAAGCAAGCUACAUAAGGAUGUUAUCUCUUCAUUGAACACCCUACUUCAUCAUGAAACCAACUCAGUGAAUGCAGCUGAAUCAUGUUAUGCUGUGACACCUCGGCUAUCAUUAACCUCAAACAUUUAAUAGGUAUUGAAUUGUGAGCUUAAGAAUGAUAUCUUAAACGUUUUUUUGGCUUCAGCCCAGCCUCAUUUACAUACAGUAGCUGGCUAUGUCAUGUCCUCUCUCCCCGUGUGUGCAGAUACAUUUAUGCUUUGAAACCUGGGCAGCUGCUCAGGGUUCCUCCUUGCUGAGGGAACAGGCUUGUCCUCCUGGAAGUACAGGCUUUUUUGUUACUGUAGAGGUUGAGCACAGGAGCAGUUUAAUAUGAUUCUAGCCGUUUAUUGCUCCUAGGCUGAUGAAAAGAAAUGAAAGGGGAAAGGAUACAUGUCAUUGUAAAAAGCAAAAUGAACGUUCUUCUUUUGUCAUGUACUUGACAUCCAUAUUUUUCACCAGCAACAGUGUUCAUAUAUUUUUUUUAAAUCAGAGGUCCUGUAGUUUAGAAACUCAUCCUGAAAUGUCUUGGUAUAAGUUGAUUUACAGGACUAAUCUGAUCAUCGGUGAAUAUUCAUUAAGUAUUCAUUAGGUCCACAGACAGCAGCAAAGGGUGCAGAUGUCAAGGUGGUGCAUGACUGGUUUAUAUCUGUGGUAAUGGAUUACUGUCUGUUGUGUGAGGUUUAUACAGUAGCUGGUUGGAUUGAAAGACUGUCUACUGAUGCUAAGAGAGGAAUCAGAAGAUGAACCAAAGCUGUGAGUGGUUUCUUGGGGUCUCUUUUAUAGUUUCUUUUAGCUCCUGUUGUAUCAAAUUCAUGUCCCAGGUUUUAGGAAAUAAAUUAAGCACAGGGUUAGUGUUGGUUUAACCAUUUUGCUUCAGGCAGGUUUGCUCUGUGCCUGAUCACUAAGCUAAUGUUUGUGAGGUUUUUGAGUUUAUGCAGCAGUUAGGUUUCCUGUGUUCCUCUCCUCUGUGUGUGUUCUCCCUCUCUCUCUCUCUGCAGCGCUGGAGGCACGGCGGGAGGCGGGGCUGGUUUGGACUGAUUGCACGCACCUGAUUCUCGUUGGUGUCAGUUACCUGGCUUUAUAUGCCGGCUCCUCUGUCGCCUCAGUGCCGGAUGAUUUCUCAGUCAUGCAACACGUGUCUUGCCACGCCAACAUCCCUGAUCUCCCGCCCGUGUAUCCAGCCUGCCUCUCAGUAUUUGUUUUUGAGUUUUUUUGUUACUUUCCAGAGAAUUUUUUCCCUUGAGCAAAGGAGAUUUUUUGUUUGCGUUUUUUCCUCCAGUUGAAAAGAUUUUUUGGUUUACGAUUUCUGUUGCACUUUGACUUUUACAUCCUUAGUUGUUACUUGCCCCACGUGGCACUAUCAUUUGAAUGUUUUUUUUCACCAGCUAUUUGCCUUGCUGCAGUGACUCUUUUUCUAACUCUGUUUUUGUGUCUUUUUAGUGGUACUUUGUUCUGUACUUUGUCUUAUUGUCAAUAAAUUUGGACAUUUGCCUCUGCAUUUUUGGAUCCUGACCUUUGUUCGAUUCCUAACAGAAUCAUCCUGCCAGAAGAGACUGGAUCCAGCAGAGGCUGAACAUUUAAGACAUGCUGGCGUGUUAGUAGGCAAACACGAGUCUACCCUCAUGCAAAUCAUAGAACAUUUGCAACAGCUCACUACCAGUUAAGAUGCGGUCUGGGAACUGGCCUUUGUUCGAUUCCUAACAAUAUUUGAAACAAAAAUUGAAGGAAAGAAUAUUUUGCAGUCUCAAUACUGAAAAUCUCCCCUGGGUAGUAAUUGGCAGGAGUGAACCUCAAUGUGUAAUAAAGACAGAAACUGUUGAAAAAAAUCAGGACUUAAAAUAAACUGUAGCUGGUUCACUGUGAGGGGAGGCUUGUACAGAGGAAUUCAUGUUGUCUUUCUUUGUGCCAGUUAGGAGCCUGGUGGCAGGAUUUUGGACCACCUGCAGGGGAGAGUGCUGACAUCCAUAGAAGCUAAGAUUUGCCAGGUGUAAUAGGUGUCAGUGCUGAUGAUCUAAUGGUGGGACUGUGGAUAAUUUCUGUACUUAAAUAUCAUUCACCUGGUUGCCCCUUCUCUUACAUAAUUGGGUUAAACAGGGGAUUUGUUGUGUGAUCACAUGAGCUGCUUGCCAUAGUGUACAGUUAGCUGUCAGUGGGUAUUCCAGGCACAGGUGUUAGCUAUGGUAAAACCGCAACAAGCCACUUCAGAUUUGUGGGACUGCCAGGCUGUAUGUACAGCUGACCGACGGGUGGAACUUUGUGUGUCAGUGAGACAUCGUAAUCCUUGUUCCUACAAAGACACUUAGUCAGCUGGAAACAGGCACAUAAGAACACAAAUAUAUAGAAGCAGGCAGUCCUCAACUGUCACAAUGUUGAUGUAAUGCUGUGUGCAUGAGUGUGUUUGAGAGUGUGUGAGACAGAGAAUGUGAGAAAGGCUCUUUGUAUGAAGAAAGAAGAGCACUGCAGUAGCUUUGGCAGCAGCACCAACACAAUUGACCAGUAUGUUUGCCAGCUAGCUGCCAGUCUCUCUCCCUCUGUCACGCGGUACUCUAGAGGUACUUUAGAUUUUUUUAAAGCUGAGCUCAUUGCUCAUCAUACUUACUAAAUAGUCUUAAUGAGAUAAAUGCAAAACUUAGGUGUCAACCUAGGCUACAGCUAUUAUUUUAAGUCUGAUUAAUGUAAAUGAUUGACAUUAGUUUAUAGUUUAUGAAUUGAUGGUUUGAUCUCCACAAGUGCAGAAAUAGCCAAUCACAAUUUAUAAGAGCUCAAGGGGCAACUUACCAUGUCCUGUUUUUUUUACAGCAUAGUCAAUGAUCCUCCAACACAAGGCUGAGACAAUUCGGCAAAUGUAUUGCUGAGGUUUGUAACAACAUUCGCUUUUGCUUGAAAAAUAGCCACCAGUGAAUGUGGGCUCAUUUAUUUAUGUAGUGAAGUGCGAAUGCUGACUCAGCAUCCUGUUCAGAUGACAUUCCUUGUCAAUCACACACAUGUCUCCGUUUCAGUAUAAAUUGUGCCUUUACUGUGGCUCAGUGGUAAUCACUUGUCUCUCAGCUGGAGGGUCGGGGGCUUGAUUGAUCCCUGGUCCUGCUGUUCACAUGCCCACAUGUUCCUGGGCAAGACAGUUCAGCCCCACUUGUCCUAUAGUGGCAGAGCCAGCAGUGUGUAAAUAAGAUUAGGAAGUACCAACGAGUGCUUGACAUAGCAGCCCCUGCUAUCUCUGUAUGAAUGUUGUGUGAAUGGGUGAAAGUGACGUAUAGGUGCUGUAUAAAAACAAGCCUCUUAUUAUUUUUGCUAUGAAGCAUAAUAAUACAUGCCAGGAUGAACAGCAGCACAUAUCCAAACUUUAAGGAUCUGCCAGGAGCACAAUCCUUUCAACUUUCGCUCUAUGGCAUUAUACUGCGUUCAUUGGAAGUUUGAUGUCACAGCCUGGAAUUGCGUCACACCCGAGCUGACAGCAUUCUGUUAACAAGUCAGAGAACCAAGAAGGACGCCUACUUUUGUAACCAUGGUUGUAACAUUUAGCUGAUGUUAGCUGUUGUUGGCUGUACCAGUUGAAAACAACCCAUAACACUUUAUUUCAAAAAUACAGACAUCAUAGUACCACAGUGCUACAUAUGCUACAUAUACCACUCCUUUAAUGUCACAAAAACAAAAAACAAGUGCUAAUAAAUUCUACAUUAAGGAAGCUUUGACAGAUACUGUUUGCAGUUAAUGCAUAAUGCUGCCACCUUGGAUAAUGAUGUUGUGGUCAAGACGGGGUUAGUGAGGAUCAUCCGACAUUCUGAGUCAGAAAUCUGACUUCCUAGUACGACUGGAACGCAGCAUUAAUACAUCCUCUUUUCACUCAGUGAACUUUGUAAAUUAUCUUUAAAGUAUGGAAAGACUAGAUGUAGUGUUGAUUUGAGUGAGAGCUGCGUGAAGUGGCAGAUAUUGAGUAAAAAAACAAAUACAAACAUAUUUCCUGCAGAGAUUGCAGAUGACCUCAAGCAGCAUCAACCCAAGUACUAGAGUCCCAGAUAACCUCUUUUUCCUCAGCUCUUGAUUUUGACCUUGCACUUUUCAAGGGUAGGGAGAGUAAAUAAGAACCAAGGUGCACAACAUGGUCCAUUACCAGCUAGCAUGUCAUUGAUGAAGUACUUGGCAUUGUACACGGGCUAGCUGCUAAUGUGCAGCUUUACAGGAGAGGGCAGGGGGCCAAGGAUACUGAGAUGGCAUUAGUCCAGAGUCUUGACAGCACAUCAGGCUUCAUGCUCAGUAAAUACAGAGACUAUCGUUUUCAGAGUUCAGGUUUGAGCAUUUUUUUUAUUACAUUUCACCUAUGAACCAAUUAAUUUUAAGUAAAAUCACACUAAACAGUAUAACUUAUUCUGUUUUUUUUUUCUUCCAUUUCCAACCUUCCAAAACUGUCAGUUAUCAACGAGCUUUGAAUUUCCCCACCUCAUUAACCUGUGACAUACUCAUGUCUAUGUAAAGUCCAUCAAGUCCACUGCCAAAGACAGUAAAGAAAUUAAAAUUAUAAUGAGAAAUAAGCCUGUAAAGGCUGAUUGACCGCAAAAUGCUGACCUCAUUGUUGCACACAUGACUGCUCUGUCAGGGAUUUAGACAGCACAAAUGCGAAGUGACGUCAUUUCCAUUUUGGCUGUGGUUCAGAUGUGCCUGACCUAAUCUGACCUAUAGCUAAGGCAGAGCCACUCUGUCCACAGAUAGUUUCUACCUGCUUCACAGUACAGUGAGGUGCCUGUUUUGGGGGGGCUUCUACUUCUUAAUGUUUUUUUUUUCACCUUUGUGCCCUGUGGCAUGUUUGGGUCAAGCUAACUUACCUUUGGUUUGUGGGAGGCUGAGACCAGUCAGAUCAAAUCCACCAGGGUCUGUCUAACACAAGACUCCAUCUGUCUUUGCGACAGCCCUGAGUCCAGCUCAGACCACAGCUGUUUGUAGCAGACUGAUCCUUUGUAAGUGUAUCAUUUCAGUAAGGUGGAUUCAAGACCUAAAAAAAUUUAUACUUGAAUCAGAACUGCUCUCAUAGAAUAAAAAUAGAGUACAAAAACACAACACAUGUAAUACAGCCAUUACAGAUGCUACUUUAGGCUUUUUAGUUAGUGUGGGACAAAGUAAGCUGACAUGUCAUACGGACAAAAGAAAAAAAAAGAAAAAUCUCAGUAUAUCACUUUAUUCUUGUCCUUAGUAAAGCUGUCAGCCCAAUAAAAUCAGGAACUUAACAAAAACAUAAUUUUACAGCUUAAAACAAGUGUCAUUAAAGGAAUUUUGUAAAAGGCUAAGUUUUCUUUUAGAUAAAUGGAACUAAAAGAGUGGAAAACAAGUGUACCAGCCAUACAAGUAUUCUGUAUUCUUGACAAUAUCCAGUAUACUGAUGAAAAAAAGUUUUGUAUUGCCAAUACGAGUUUGGACUAUCCCACAUCUCUCAAUAAAGUCACACUACGUAUAUAAAUAGUGUACAAGACUUAACGGCAGCAAGGUCACAGGGUGACAGCAUCGGCAACAGGCCAGCUGCAAAUGCUAUAUGUGUUUGUGGACUCUCUCCACAGCAGUGGUGAUUUCUCUAAGACUGCAAGGGAAGCUCAGCUCCCCCCAAAAAUGUAAAAAAAAGUGUUGAAAUAUGUUUUGCUGUGUGUACAUUUCAUUGACUAAAUAUGCGCUAGACCGCGUUCAUCUUUUGUUCACAGUCAGCUACUUAUCACAGGUAAUCGACACGACUUUCCUUCUCAUUCAUCCACGCAGCGCCUCGAGUGGGUUGUUCCACUGCAUAAAACCCGAACACUCAGCUUCUGCAUGAUGAUUGGAUGAUCCGUCUUAGGUGGAAUCCCUUUUUGAUUGACAGCAAAAUGAUCGAAUUAGCAAUCUUAAAGUAUAAACAUCCAUCAGAGCAUUUUCCAAGUUUUUCAUUCAGCUGUUCUGAACUGAUCCGGAGACUUUACUGAUCCCCAGCAACUUUGUCUUUGUUAAAAAUGACUAGCGUUGUGUUUAGCGACUCUCUUCUGUCACAACAGUGGCACAGAUUAUUUUCUUGAAAAGGAACGGAGGGUAGAAUUUACAUAUAAAUAAACAAACACAUUUACGAUGUAGGUCAGGAAAAAAAUGAGCUCCCCCUCCUUGACCAGCAGCUGCCACUGCUCCACAGCUAGAAAAGGCAUCAAAUACUUGAGAGGGCUUUUUUUAAAAGUUUAUUUCUGCUGCAUUAAAAAUGUAGAAAGAGGUCAGUAAAUGGAUGAAAAUGAAAAUCAGUUUGUUUUUGAUGUCUACAGGAUGUUACUAUUUCAACUGAGCUGGAUAUUCUUGUUACAAAGCAGAACAUAACUGAGCAGAAAGGGCGCUCAUAGAAAAACAUGUGUGGGCUGAACCAGGAAAACAGAAGUGUGAGUCACAGCUCACCUAACUAUCCAGCGUUGCGUUGCCUCUUCUCUUCUCCUCCUCUUUUCCUCUCCUCCUUUCCUCUCCUUUAGGAACAGAUAUUUGUUAUGCCUCUUGCUUCUGUGUGAUUGUUCAGUGUGUGAUGGUGUUUGUGUUUGUGCACAGUGUCAGUAUCCCUGUGUAGGAGUGCUGGUGUGUGAGUAUCAUUUACAGAAAGGAGAAAAAUCUCCAGUGGUGUCUUUUUCUUUGAUAUCUGCCACGCGUUAAUUUGAAAUAUAAUGCCUAGUUUCUUUUAAUCUGGUUCAUUCAAUUCAGUGUUUUCCUGCAUGCUACACAAUUCCCUGUUUCAUAGAAGUUUGUGUGGGCAUAAAAAUAUUUCUAAAUACCCCGUCAGUGAGCUGGAUCUCAGGUUUAUAACAGUUUUUACAGGGUAAAACUGCAGUGUGGUUGAACUGGAAAUAUCAAUGCUAUAACCUUGCAACUAAUGCAGUUGAAAAGGUUUGUUAAAUCCUUAUUAUCCAUCAGUGUGUGAGAAUUGCAAAGACUAGGACUUACUUGAAUUAUUACAGUGAAACAAACCCCCUGAGAGAAACCAUAGAGGGUGCAAAGACAGCUAUCUUCCCACCAAGUACCCAACAAACUUCCACCACCCACCACUUACAUGUCCACAAGCCUUUAAAAAAUGAAGAUUUUAUUCCUGUAUCUCUAAUUUCCACAAGCUUUCUCUGGUUUAUACUCUUUCACAUAUCUAUCAGGGAUUUUUAAUUUUCUUGCAUCUGAAUUUAAUCGUCAGGAUAGGGCAAUCCAGGUUUUAAGUUUAGAUACCAAUAUCCGGUAUCUGUAUCAAUCAACACCAAUACCUGAUCAGAUACCAGGAUAGAAUAACAACCAGAAUUCUGCCCUUGCUGAAGCGUUUCUUUAAUGGCAGUCUGAAUUGAGUCACUGUGUGAUCUCAGAUAGUUUGUACUUUCUAGCUUGUAGCUCUGCAUGCUGUUGUGUAACUCGUGUCUAACCAGUGUAGACUCAAGAAUGACACCACAUCAGAGCUCCAGAAAUCUGAGGUGACGCUCAUUGCUGUAAAACAUCUUUUCUCUCUGUAGGUGUCUCACAGCGUUCAAUCAGAGCAGUGUCUCAAAAACAUUUCAACUCUACCUGGAUUCAAGGUCUUUAAGCAGGCAGAAGAAUCCCCUGUUUUUGACUACCAACAGCUGUUUCUCAUCCAGAACAGCCAAUCUGAGAAAUCUGUUAUUUUUCAUGCUUGCAAAACAUCUCUGGAAAGAUUUCCGUGUCUUUGCAACCUAGCUGACAAUGAGCACUCUUUUCUUUAGGCUUAUGAUUCUUAAGAUGCCCUUGUUGUGUUAUAUUCUGUUACUUAAACAAUCAUCUCACGACAAAUGAACUUUGUGCAUAUCCCAAGUUUUCAUUGGUUGUUGGCAAGGCAAGUGUUUAAUAUUGACAUGCUGAACCUCUGCAUUUCUCUAUGCUACACUGGCUCUCUGACUAACCUGUGCACACACAGCAGACAUUGGACAGCGCCACUGAUCAGUCUGAGAGAGGACUUAUAUCAGGCUUCUGAGUGCUCGUUGUGCCUCCACCAAGCUCUUGCUUAUGCUAAUCCAUGCGUUGGCUUUUGUUUGCAUGACACUAGCUGCAGCAGCCGGCCGCCGUCCUGAGCCUCUGAAUGACAUGUUCGUGUCUCCAGGUUCAAGGAUCAGAUUGGACAGGUUGUACUCAGGUUUUUUUACUUUCAGAUGCAGUAAUUUUGGCGAUAACGCUACUGAUGUCAGAUCAGCAUAGCCCUGUUUAAUAGCAGAGUAUGAUCUUGAUGUUGAAGUCUUUCACUAAGCUGAAUAGAAAGAAGUUCACAAAAGUGUCUUGGUUGGCUUCCAGGUAGUGCCCAGCAGAGUUACAUAAAAGUGUUAGUCCUGUGGAAACAGUAUAACAGCUGUACAUGCAGAUGCUGAAUGUCAAACACAUAAAUGUCUGGUUUUACAGCCUCAGUCAAGAUAAUUGCAUCUCGCCUUCCUUUGUUGAAGUGCCCUGGUAUUACCACUCUUUCUUACAUCCCACUUCACUUAAUCGUUUGUCUUGAUGGACCACAGGGUCUGAUGAUGACGCCCCCUAAGGUCUGCCAGAAAAAAUAGACACAGUGACUGCCAAAUGACAGAGCAAAGAAAAAUGAUCUUUUUUUCUUUCACAAGUUAACGAGAGAACAGACAGAGAGCACACAAGAGAAAAGCAUAUUAUGACCUUUUCUCACCUGCAUUAACACACACUGGGCUCUAAAUUUCAGGUACACAUGCACCACAGAUACGUGAAAGUUCAUUUAUUCAUGCCAGGCUUAGUCAGAGAUGCAUUUACACACAUCAGCAGCAACAGGGGACUAAUGAAAUGUCACUGUAUUCCUUUGUUACAUAAAAUGUCAGCAUUUUUUGUAGCUAGGAAACAAGCAACAUAAGGAUUUUGUUAUUGAUUCUAAGAGAAAAAAUGGCACUCAAGAAAGUGAUGAUUGGCAUAUUGAUGUAAGGACAUAGCAUCUAAACUUGAGGUUCGAUGUAAUGCAAACUUGAAUAAUAGUAUAUCAGUUCAUUAUUUGGCAUUUGAGCUACACAGUUAAAAAAAAUUGAGUAAAUGCUGAGUCACUGUUUAGGCACAGGCACUUCUGAUUUUUGUGUUUCACUGCUCAGUGUGCUGGCUUUCCCCAUUUCCCACUGUAUUUAAUGUGAAAGUAUCAUCAGAUUCUCUGUUUAGUGUGUGAUCUGUUUUUCUGAACUUGUUGAAAAUCCUCAGGAAUUCAUAGCGCAAAAGCUUACAAGUUAGACAUGCGACGAGAACAUUAAUUAUUCUCUUAUUGGUUUGAAGUGUUGACUUUUAUCUUUUCUGUCUUCGUCUCUGUAGGAAGUAGGUUGUCUUUUUUAGUUGGGCAGUAAACUCUCAUACAUACACACACAGCUGAAGUAGACGAUCGCAUUGACACACACUUUCAUCACAAAUUUCACCUUGAAGUCAGUUACAAUUCAUGACUUUUACUAGUUUCAGUUUCCUUUGUUUGACAGAACAAAUUUACUUCAGGACUAUUUCUUUGUCUGUGGGAAUAUCAGGAACUGUCUGAGAUCUUUGUGCAUGUGAGUGUAUCUGCUUCUCCAAAGUCGCCUUUGGGUGGACUCUCCAGGGGGAGGGUAAGUGCUCUCUGCUUUUAGGCGUUAAUCUUGACCAUCUGCUCUUGCUAAACCCUAUUUCGAUCACACCCUGCCUCACACACAAUGUGCUUCACCUAACUGACCACACAUCAGGGUGCAUAUUUGGUUAAAUCACUUUAGAAGGUUACAGAAACAAACAGCAGAAUUAACAUAUGGAUGAAAAAGGAAAUAUUUGGCACAUUGAAUACCUCACACCUCCUCAACUCCUUUGUUAGUAAUCUCUAUCACUAAAAGUAAAUUUAAGAGAUCAUUCAAAAAUCAGCAUCUGACAAAUCUUUUGCAUUUUUUCCUGACCAAGUUUAGGGAAAUUUAGGAUAAUGAAGUUCAGUGUCACUCAGUAAAGGUUGAGCAGAUAUGCACACAAAAGCAGAAAUCACUUUUUGAAUAACAGCAGGCAUUGCAUCCUUCAAAUGACAAUAAAGAAAUUGCAGACCACAUGGACAAUCCCUGAACAAGUGCACUCAGAACAAACAAUUCAAACAUGAUGCUUGUCCAUGUGUCAUUAUUUCUAAUAAAUUCUUCAAGUUAAAAGCAGCAAGAGCUCUGGCCACCCCAGGCAUGUUACUUCAUGUUGGUAAUGAAACAUAAAAAUAGACUUUUUUGAAUAUCAGAUCACAGUGCCUGGUAGAACAAUUUAAAUGUAAUAACAGAGUGAAGGGUAAAGUGUCUCCGAGUCAGGUGUAAAAUUAAUUUAGAUUUCAUUUAUACUAAGUGUGUGUUGAUUUCAUUUUGGUCACAUUUAAUAGAUUCAAACAUUGGAGAAGGGUUAGCUCGCAUCAGUAAUUGGAUAUUACCUCAUCUGGCUGUAAUCUAAUCUCCACAGAAGAUGAUGAAUUGAAUUUAGUUCAGCCAGGCAGCUUAGGGAAAGAUCUGCACAAAAAUAGUAACAAGGACUGAACCAUUAAAUCUCAAGCUAAACUUUGAAACCAUCCAUUCUAUCACACGCCUUUACUAACCCCUUUACCCCUCACAUUACCUGGUUCAAUGCAAAGAUACCCUAAAAAUAGGCACACACAGCAGCACAGUAAGUACAAUGGUUAUAAGAUUACAAGGAUUAAGAGCUAGUUUAUACAAGAUCAAGUGUGAGUGGGUACCUCUUUACAGGAGGAAAUUACAGGAUUACUCCACUAAGAAUGUUAUUAUUGAACUGACUGGAAUAUAUGCGCACACCAUCACACACUGGCCUCUAUCUCUGAAGUGAAAAAUGUGAAUAAGAGAUUAAAGCUUAAACAACAGGCUAGUUAGCAGUAUGACCUCAACCAAGCACAUCUAAACAGACUAAUCCUUACUGUGCAGAGGAUCAGCCUAUAUGAGAAGUUCCUCUCAAAAAGUAAAAAUAACUACCUUAAAGCGAAUGAGAUUUUAGGGUUCAGAUGUAGACUGGUGCAAUACAAAACAGUCACUCUCUCUCUCUUUGGUGAAUUUAGUUGCAUAUUUGGUCAUUAAAUAUUGUAUCGAAUUGGUAGUAAUGGCGUUGAAUUGUGUCUAAAGGUUAAUUUCAGGACUGUUUUCAAUGGGCCCCUCUUGGAUUAGACCAGCUAGCUUAGACCAAAACAUUUGGUCUACACAUUUAGGGCGGGAAUCACUCGUGGCCCCACGAUAUGAUAUUAUUGCGAUUUUUAACAUUUUGCAAUACAGUGAGUAUUGCAAUACAAUAUAUUGCGAUAUACAUUUUUUUUGUGUUUAGCUAAUUUAGCAUUUGUCUUUCCUUUGUUUGUCUUAUUUACACUGUAUUUUAUUUUCAUAGCACAUCUUACAAACCUUAUACAUAUUUGUUGCACUGACUUUCUCCUGCUCUAUAAUGUCACCUCUGCCAACUUCACUUUAUUCAAUUAUUCAAGCAAUUAGCAAUUAAUUUGAAAAAUCGAUACUUGAACAAUAAGACGAUGUGAUCACCAGACAAAAUAUCGCCAUACUAUGCUUUAUUGAUUUUUUUUCCCACCCUUACUACACAUGCAUCUUAAAUGGGUGCUGAGUCUUUCUACAUUCCCCCAGUGGAAACCAUUACAUCAAACCACCUAUCCUUGCACUCACACACACACACACACACACACACACACACACACACACACACACACACACACACACACACACACACAGUAAAGCUGGCUGCCCUUUUACUGCCUCCAAUCCAUGUGCCUCCUGUCAGCAGGCACGCCUUCUCUUUGAUUUGCUCAUUGCAGUGCUCUGUGUUGUGGUGCAUGGGUUUAUGUGCCUUUCUCUUGUUUUCUGCAGCAGGUGCUUGAAGGCUUAAGGAAUCCUGGAGAGGGAAGCCUUUUCACCCUGCCAACUCUUCUCCCAUAUAAAGUCUCUUCUUGCAAGGGACAGGUUUAAAAAUGCAUGACUAGAUCAGUAGGAUGAUCCACCUCUCUUUGUUCUUCUCUCGGUGUAUAUCUCAUUUGCCAAGUGUGCGUUUGCUUAGCCUUGCAUUAAACACCCCUUCUGCUCCCAUGGCAACCAAUCCAGUUGUGUUACUGGGAUAGCAUUGCUGAUGAUUGCUCUUUGGUUUUUGGUGGCUUGUACAUACAAAGACGAUGACAGUUAACAAUGCACAGGGCUGACCUACUAAAACAGUCAUUGAGCUGUUUUUAUAUAUUUUUGUUAUUUUCCAUGGAUCUACUUGAAGCAGGAUAAAAAAAUUGCCAAAUCAAGUUAACAGUAGCAGUUACAUAUGCUCUGCAAGACAAUUCCACUUGGGCUCUUUUAAUUGUACGGUGGUGGGAGGGUAUCACUUUGAGUCUACGUCAUUUAUGGUGUAGAAAGUGGCCAUAAAAUAUAAAGUGCACAGCAGCCUUUAUGGAGUAAAUGUGAUCAUUUUAACGACUAACAUUGACUGUGCUGCUGUCCGUCAAUCAGUUCACUGUUCAGCUGAAGAAAAAGGAGGUGUGAUGACUCUCAGUGACUGAUUGUGAUGGAAAGCUUGAUUGAUGAUAACAUUUAACAGUCAGAUAAACUUCUCUUCCCUUUAAUCCAGCACUUUUUGAGUGGCCUCGCUGUAUUUUAUUAGCUGUAUCCCUGUCCCCUCUAUUAUCCUUUGCUUAUUUCUUCUCUGACCUCACUCACAUCCCACCCAGUUGCAGGUCCUUGUUUCCUACGCCAUGAUAAAUGUGGUGUGAGUGGAGGAAAUUUAAAACCAAGGUCGAGUUAUUGUAUCCAUAUGAUGUGGGUUGUGUUUGUGCUAAUUGGGUAUAUAUUUCAUGGGGCGUGAGGAAAGGUGCUCCUCCAUUUGUAGAAGUAAGGCUUGGUCACUUCUUACAGAUUGUUUUAAGCUGCUUGGCCUCAAAGGCUGUUUGUGUUAUUUUACACAAGCGAUGUUACAAAGACUGAAGUGUUGGGAUAUGCAUGAAAAUGUUUUGCUAUAAUUAAGCAUUUAGCAAUAAUACCUCUUUGAGUCUUUUUUCUGUGCUAUAUUCUGUGCUUUUCCCUCUGUCUUGAGGUAAUAAAAGUUGAACAAACAUUCAAAACAACCACUUCAUUUAGACCAGGAAAAAAGUCUUAUGAAUGUGAUUUCAGCAUGACAUUGAAGAGAUAGGUAAAACUCUGAUGAAGGGAUGAGUAUAGAAAAGUGGCAUUUGAAAAAAAUAAUAAAAUAAAAAGUUACCCCGUACAUAUUAGAGCUCUGCUUCAAGAAGAACAGGAGAGAUAUACUGACAUUAAAAUGGAAAGAAUACCCAGCUCUGCUCUUGAGACAACACUACCUAAAAGCUUUAGUUUGAAUCUUAACCUGUGAGUAAUAAUAACAGCCUCUGAACACUGUACAGUUCAGAGUUUGUUAACCAGUUCACAAUAAUCACUAUAUUUACAGUUAUAAGCUAUUGUCUCACUUUAUCCUUGCGAUCACUGUCCUGUUGAUCUAAAGUAUAGGUGGAUUAGUGGGUAAUGUAUCCCACCAGUCCGUGCUCACAGCAUUCAAUUGUCAUCAGCAGUUUUCAUGAGAAAAAGAAAAUAUGAACCUUCACUUAGGCUGAAUCAGCUAAUGCUGUUAACUGUUGCCAUGGAGACUGACUGAGUUGAGAUGUUGCUGUGGAAACUGAGAAGCUGCUCAUCGCCACCCACAGCAGCCCUCCCCACUGCUCUCCACCAGCUAUGACCACACCAACACAUUUGAAAACAUACUAACAUAUACAUCUGUACACAUGGACUCAUUCCUCUGUCAAACAUGCACAUCCCUAUGUUUUUCUUUUUUUGUAUGUGUGUAUAACACAAAUAACACAGAUAUAUGUUUUGUUUUUGUUUGUUUUUUUUAUUCCAGUUUACAGACACUUUGUGGAUUUCAAAUGUAUGAUGAACAUCUUUAGCUCUGCUGUUCACAGUGAGGCCUAAACUGAGUUUGAACAGAACCACUCAUUGGUGUACCUAACUGGAUGCAGACCAGUUUUAGCAGCUAGUUUUAGCUUCAGGUUGCUGAUUCACAACCUGAAAAUUGAAUUUGAACAUAAAGUGGGAUCCAGUACCAGGAACAUAAACCCAAAACCCGAAUUUGAAUUUACAGGUUAAAACUGAACUAUAUGGUGCAGAUCUUCCAGAGUCAGUUAAAAAAGCAGUGAAUAAAUAAAUACAAUAAUUUCAUAUAGAGAAUCUCUUUUAAUACUUGAAGAAAAACCAUCUAAUUCAGCUCAUUGAAUUGCAGUAACUAAUUGAGCUCUAUUUUUGGAAGGAGAAAACCUUAACAUAUAAUUCAGCUUUUAAAAAAACCCAAUAAAAGAUUAACGAUGAAGGAUUGCUCAAUUGAUAAACCACAAUACCUGGACACAAUCCAUGAUAACAUUAGAAAGAACUUGCAUUGCCUUUGUGAUUUUGUCUGUUGGAGCAUUGAAGAAAAUUUGUUCUUUAAUGAAACGACUGUAUUUAGUUCUGUUAGAUUCCAUUCUACCACUACAUUAAAGUCAUAAAUUACAGCUGCCCAGGGUGAAACCAAAUUUGGUGACAUAUACAUCAGAAUCAGAUUCAGAAUCAGAAUGCCCUUUAUUCUCAUUAUACUGGAGUACAAUGAGAUGGGAGAGCUUCUCCAUUUCCAGUGCAAUAGAAGUAAAAAAAGAAGAUUUACUAUGAAUAUGAUUCUUCUCACUGGUUUUGCAGAGCCCCAUCAUGAGCUGAUAAACUGUCAUGCUUGAAGAUGUACUUGUUUACUUGCAAGUAGCAGAGCAUUAUAGCAUGUCGGUAGUGCUACAGCUUAAACCAAGUGCAUGACCAGUGUUUUGAGUCCGUAGUAAUAGAAAUAUUCAUGACUUGUUAAGCUGAUCUGUUAUUCUGGCACUAACUGGUAAGGAUGACAAUGAGCACAUCCCUGUUAAAAACACUUGUUCUGUAAAGAGCUACAACAUCUCAUGCUGAUGGACUAAACAUUACAUUAGUUUUGUCAUGUAUUAAUGUUUUUUGUUAUUCUGUGAAAUGCAGCUGAAGCAGAAAAAAGAGCACAAGAGACCGGAGAUGUCACUUACUCUAAUCCAUCUGAAGCAUUAGUUAUUGUUCCUACUCUUUCCUUCCUCUGUUUAAAACUCAUAAUUGUCAUGAUAGGUUUUUGCUAGUUUAUUUUCUCCUGCUUUUGUAAUUAAGAUUUAUUUUCUAUGUAUUUUCCUUGUGUUCCUAUUCCAUGUGUGUUUUCAGUUUGUCUAUGAACCUGUUCUCCUUGUGUUUUCGGUGUUUUAUUCCUGUGGUAAUUUUUUUAGUGUUUCCUGUUUUAUUUUGGAGUUCCUUCUUCUUGACUUCCUGUGCUUUCCCUCGUGAAUGAUUGUCUGCACCUGUGUUUUAGGCCCAAUCCCAAUCCGACCCCUACAAACCCCCCCUCCGUUUGUGCUUCCCUGCGGAGGCUCGGACAUAUUGAAGGCCGUCCCAAACCACAGAGUGUUGAGUGCAAGUGGACCGUUCAGCCCCUACAUGGCGAGUCUGCACCUGUGCACACUUAUGGCGGGAUGUGCAGGUAGUGCACCGGCAAAAAUGGAGGAUGAGAUAACAACAUACAAAUAUAAGUUCCGCAUGUAUCCAUUUUUGUCUCACUGACAAAAAAUAUCACAAAAGAAGUGGUUUGGAAAGAUCAAACAAAUCUUACUCUGUGCUGAGGUUUGAUUUGAUUGUGCAUGCACAUGUCAAAUAGUAAAGGGCUUCAAAGACAUGUUGAAUCACUUACAACCAGAAGUAUAACUUAGCUCCUGUCACUGUGAUGGUUUCUGGAUUUAUGAUUUCAGUGGGACAAUGAAAAAUGAGGCAGCCGGUGUGGCUCAGAACUGCACAUAAUGCUCAUUUAUUAGAAAAGAAACACUGCCAUGCACAGGACGUGUCCAAAAUGAAAUUACUCACAAGUUUUUGCACCGAGUAUUCACUGUGAUAGCAUGUAAAUUACAAUACAGUCUUCCACCUGCAUGUAACGAACACCCAGUGAAAAGUUUUUCUAUUGAACAAUAUAACAUGUUUUUCUUUUAAAGAGUGUUUUGAAAUUCUUUCACACCAUUUUUUACACCACGUUUAACACUUCUCCAGAGUUGUGGCCUCAUGAAAAAGCUACAAUAAAUCCUUGUCAAAUAAACAAUUAGGAAUGACAGUCAUGAAGUGAGAAAUAAACACAAUUUAAAACUAUGAUAAAUAGUAAAUUAUGUUGGGGUAAAUGAACUUUCUGCUGCAAUGAGACUUAAGCAAGAGCCUUUGGUUUAAAGGGCAGCUACACAAUUUUCAAUUUGUUUUAACAUCAGCAAACACAGUGGUUUCAAAUUUCUGGAAAAUGUUUGUUAUACAGAACCUAGGCUGUAUAAACCUAGUUUUAUUUGUGUCAGAUUUCACAACUUCAUAAAGUGAAACCCAAAUUUUGUCAUCAUAAAAUAAUUAAUCAAAUAAGGUAACUGUUACCCGUGGACCUGUUUGUGGUCCAAAUUAACAGCUUAAGGCAGUGUCUUUAAACCCUACCCAACUGCAGAGUGACUGAUGUGGGUUCAGAGCAGACCGUAGAGGCCUUGGUGGAUCCAACCAAGCGCCUGCCAUGCCUCUCUAUUUCUGUUUUUGUCCCAGCAGUUGCAUAGAAACACACUUGGAAAAAAAAGAAAAAAAAAGAAACACACUUGAACACAGAACUGAGGGAACUACCCAAAUGAUGCUGCUUAAAUAGUUUUCAGUCUUCAGAAGUUUUUGCAUGGAAUCUUUGAAACGUUGAUAAAACCUUUCUCACUUAUUUUCUCUUACUGACAGAUGGAUCGACUGCUUUAGCUCCAUGUCACCAAAUUGAUCAUAUCCUACUAUAUUCCACUGUUCCAUACUUGUGUCCAGAAAUACAUCUGACUCAUGUUCUGCCUAUAGCCUUGAUUCUUGUGACAUUAAUUUUCCAAAAAGACUAGUUGAAAUAACUAGGAUGAAACAUUAUCCCUUCUGGUGUUUUUUUUCACACUUCUUCCAUUUCAAUGAACAGUUGUAAUUAUGGCACAUUUAUUACCUGAAUACAGGAGAGAAAGCUUUCCUGUGAUAAUAAUAGAUCUUUUCUCCCAGUCUUAGCUAAAUCCCAAUUAGUUGCCUGCUUGCUCUGUCCUGCUGCAUCCCAGUGUGUAUAUCCUGUUGGCAUGAUGAGCUUUUGUUGCUGUUCUUGGAGAGCAGAGUCAUUUCUAUUUAUCGUAACACAUGCUGGACCGAAACGGGUCUUUGUGCUGUUUAGUGAGAGCUGGUAUGCCGAAACAUAUCAAUGAUGACAUCCAUUGUAAAUCUCCAGUGACACCUCAAGACAUUGUGAGAUUUGAACUGUACAAAAACAUUUGGUAUCUGAAAUAUAUGUGUACUUUUACAAAGCAGUUAUUAUCUAUAGCAUUAAUUAAACAUUAUUAGAAAAAUAGAAUAUUUGUGUGCAGAGACAGCUCCGUGUAUAUGGUAAAACAAUAGUUAAGAGUAAAGUAGUUAAGUAGCAUAAAUAUGUUUUCCUACCAGGCCUUUGUAAAGGGAAAAGUUGAUCGCGUGCCUUUGUGAUUGAAUCCAUUUAUUGUUCACCUGAGUGUUGAUACCCUCUUAUAGUGGAUAGUUGGAUUUUUCAGUUCCUUUUCAGAGUUUGCUAAACCAAGCAUGAAUUGGAUGAAGAACUCAAAACUGAUCUUAUUUAUUCUUUCUUAAGUUUCCUGUAUUUAAAGUUAUGAAAUUGGAGUUAAAUUAAAGUAGGGCUGUAGCAAGUAGUCUAAGAAAUUGAGUAACUAUAUUAUGUAUAUAUCUAAAUCUAUACAUCUAUAUCUAAAUCUAUAUAAAUCAUUUGCUUUCAGCCUUUGUUUAAAUUCAGACUGUACAGCACACUGUGUUUUGCACAAUGAGCCAUUAGUGUGUUUUAAUCACACUCAUUCUCUUGCUGCUUAUUAAUCCUCCUCCCACCAGUAUAGGACUCACCUAUUUACUGUCUUUCCGGGACAGAAGUUUGGCUCUCCUCUCAUGCUUUGAAAAUCAGAUGAGAAAUAUUCUUACAGCCUUUGUUGUGAACACUUGUCCGCCUGACAGCUCUCAGAUCCCACUGCCCCUUUUUGACUGGGUUGGGUCAACUAGAGCACUGUCAUUGGAAGAUGUGGUCCGCACAAUGAGCACAUCACCUGCUGCCACAACAGCACAGUGUUUGUGCAUAUAGAUCAAAACUAAGAAGGCAGCUGAAGCAUUUUUAGUCAUUUUUCAUCCUUAAAAGAACACUUUUUCACGAUCAAUAAAUGAGUAAUCAUCACUAGCUCCUUACCCCAGUGUAUACUGUGACUAGCGCAAAGAGACAGACAUCGUAGCGCCCUCCUUUAAAUGUACACUAAUGAUUAAGAUCAACAUUUCCGACUCGAGUUAAACCUUCUAAUACUGCUGUUUUAAAAGUAUUACACAGUUGGCUUUGUAUUGUUGUCACAACAAGUGUUUGCCCACACACAGAUCACCUGCUGUGAUAAUCAAACAUUCAAAAUAUGAGUUGUGUUGUUUGCUGGUGAGUUUUUCCAAACCUUUGGACACAGAAAGGUUUAAAGGAAGUGUAAGGUGAAGACAGGUCACAGAGCUGCUGAAAGAUGAGAGAUGCAGGUGUCAGGUGGACUCAGAAUAUGACAAGGUGUGUCCUAAUCCAAACCUCAGAGACACACCUAAGAGACCUGAGACUUGACUUGGACUCGCAAAAAGUGAUUUCUGUUGUCUUUGGAAAAUUGGAUCACCCACAGCAGAAAAUGUGAUGCUGAUAAAAGCAACACAGCUCUUGCAUAACUUUAGUCAUCCUAAGGUGAAAUGAGGAACCGAAGUCUUCAUUUCAGCAGAGGAAGACAAACCGAGAGUCUCUAAAACUUUUUGUCUCAAUGCUGCAAAACCAAAAGGCAUAGUUGUUUAGGUUAUGCCAGUUGUGCUACAUCCGCUCCAGUAACUUCUGUUUAUUGAAAACCAUAUAAAAAAAAAAAAAAAAAAAAACAGAAAUGAGAGGCAAUCCUAUAUCAAAGAGUGAACAUGUUAGCCACCAGUGCACUGUUUCUGCUUGCCUUUAUUAGGAAAUUGUGUUAUAUUUCACUUAGAUGUAUUUAAUCACCCAUCCAGCACUGCCUGGUGACGGUAUGAAACCCUGAUGUCUGGGGCAAAGCGAUUGGGUCCAGGGGUUUAAUUGUGAGCUGUGUCAUGUGAGUCUAGCCUCCUUGUCAAACAGCAUUUGAUCAGAUUAAGAAUCGCUAUUGUUGGACAGACAGAAGGCUUAGCAAGACAUCCUGUUGAUGUCUCUAAUGAGUUGUGAGUUGCCAUCAGUUUGGAUCUGUGAAGGGCAACUACAUUAGUAAACACUGGCAUUUACCUGUUCUUGUUUGAUGCUCACUGCUAGCAGUCAUGGAGUGUUUAGACUGUUUAUGUGAUUUCUCCUCGUUCAUACAAGAACUGUAUUCCUUUUUUCAUCUGAGCCUUUGAAUAACAGGAUCAUUCCUUGCAUAAAUGUCUUUUAUGAGAAAACGUGCCUCACAGAUCCUCACAUGAAGGGGAACAAAUUACUGACAUUUUAGAUUAUGAUGUAAAUGAGGACAGACACUGUGAGAAUGAUGCAAAUCCCUGGGAAUGGUUGUGAUCCUCAAGAGCUGUCUCCAUUUUGAUCAGAUACGGAGUGGCAUCAGCCUGACGAAGUUGUGAAACGGCACUGUCACUAUAUAAAUGAUUGGUUGGUUGGUUGACAGGUCCACUGUGCUCACCAGUUAACUGUUGAAGUCUGCAGUAAUCCUGGGAAAUACAUCCCUCCUGUUUGUGACAAUUACUGAAAUUUGGUCAUCAAAUUAACAAAAUUUUCUAUCAAUCCAUCUGUCAGUUAUUCUUUGAUAGUGUAUGAGUAUGCAUAUGGACAGCAUCCAGUGUCACUGAUGUUAACAUGAACACCAAAGGCCCUGGUUGCCUGGUCAUCCUGCUUGUAAAAACACAAUAGUAGGCCUGCACGAUAUAUCGUUUGAAUAUCGUCAUCGCGAUGUAUGUGUGUGCGAUAGUCACAUCGCAGAGCCUGCAAUGUCGGAGGUGAAUGAACUCAGUUAAUUUCAUGAGUAACUGACUGAGAUACACUGCAUGUGACUCUGCAUGUGCUGUGCAGCGAUCCACCAAUCACCUUAGUUCUUUACUCAGUUGCCAAUCAGACUCAAUUCUCAGUUGCCAAUCAGACUAUCCUGCCAGCUGUCAAUCAAAAUCAGAUAGGAGGAAACCCACCCCUGCACAUGUUCUGCACAUGGAGUUAGACGCGUGUCCGCUGAGAAUUACUUUCGGAACAUUCUUCAUCACUGUUUAGCCCAACAAAUAAGAACUGUAUGGGUUUUAAAUUGUACAUUUCCGUGGACCACUCUACUAUAAGCAGUGCGCGUUUUGUGAGGUGCAUGCAAUUCUCGGAGGACAUGCGUUUCUCAGCACAACCCCGUUAACAACAACAACAACGAUCGCAAACUAAGCAACAAGCAGAGAAAACCACAGAAAAUUAAGACUUGUUGCCACAAAGAAAAGGAAAGUCAAUUAUCUGGAAUUAUUUCGGUUACAAGAUGGAUCGACCAAAACACGUGUUCUGUGUUCAUCUGUUUCCACAAUAACGUCCCAGAACAAUAAAAGCUAAAAAUAUCCCCGAGACAGACAGAAGCCGUUCUACUAACAUUCACAAAAAGAGGUAAGAUCAGUGCAGGUUAACUGUCCUCAAGAUUUCAGCAGUGCAGCACAACAUUAAGUGCUAUUCAGGUCAUCUGGUGAAAAUUCCUCUAUAUUUUAAUAUCGCAAUAUAUAUCGCAGGGUUGAAAAAAAAUCGCAAUAUUAAUUUUUUCCAAUAUCGUGCAGCCUUACACAAUAGUAAGAAAAAAUCAUCAGGGUCAACCUGCCCUCCAUCAAGGAUUUAUACAGGACCAGGGUUAGGAAACAGGCAGGUAACAUCACCCGUUUCUUGACUCUGGACCGGGACCCUCACACCCAGGACACAAACAGUUUAAACUAGGGAUGUCCCAAUCCAGUAUUGAUAUCAGAUACCGUUUCGCAGCAAAAAUAAAUAAAAAAUAUUGGAUUAUAUUGGCCUGCAUCUAAAAUCUCCAAUAUCAGUACUGUGAUUCAAGUAGUCCAUUCCAAACUCCGCUCCAGCACCUCUUUCUAGCAGCGCCCAGAUCUAGCAUGCAGAGUCCAUGUAAUCACAGCUACAGUGGGAACUAAGGUACUAACAAAGUAGCAAGGAGUAGGAGUGAUGUCAGCUGUGUGGCAGUAUUUUUCGUCUAAGUCUACAAUACCGAUCGGAAUCGUAAGUGAAAACAUUGUAUUAGGACACCCCUAGUUUAAACUCCUCCCCUCAAGUAGGCAUAACAGAUCACUGCAGACCAAAACCAGCAGACACAAAGACAGUUUCUUCCCCUGGUCUGUUGGUCUGAUCAACUCCUAACAUUCACAAAACUGCAAGAAGACCUCUGUGACUGUAAAUGACUUUAUAACUGUUACACAGUUUAUCUAUAAACAUUCCUGUCAUCAGACAUGUAGGUACCUCUGCACACUGUUAUUUAAUAUUUAUUUGUCAUGUUAAUGUGAUAAAACAUAAUGUAUAUUUACCUCACGUACAUAAACCACCAGUAAUAUUAUAACUAUAAUAUUAUAACCUGUAAUAUAAAUAAUAUAACAUUUUAAUUGUAUACUUUGUAAUUUUUGUAACAUGUCAUGUUUAAUGUUUGUACAGAGAAGGCAAAGUUUACCUUGAGUCAAAUUCCUUGUAUGUGUACACAUACUAUGCCAAUAAAGCUGAUUCUGAUGAGAUCAAUAAGUUUUAUUCAAACUGUAAAUCAUACGAAGCUACUCUGAAAGGUUACACUGAGUAUAAUCGGCCUCCUCUAAUUGAAGAAUGCUAUUGCUGCUUUGGGCCACUCUUCUGUGUUUUCUUAGGUCAGCUUAUAUCAUUGUCUCAAGAAUGUAACCUCCAGCAGUCCCUGCCUUUACUGGAAGUGGUAGUGAGGUGCAAGUAGCGCAUACUGAUGACAACCUUGAGCUCAGAUUAUCUUCAAACCCUGUACCGUCUUUCAGAUUCACCCCAUGCUGGCUAAAAUGUUUGAUCAGGUUUGAUUCUCAGGCAGGACUUGCAGCUAAUUUGCUGCACACAUGCACUUUGCGGUAUUGUUGUGUUGUGCGUUAAUGUUGAGCCACACAUGUAAUGGUUUACUGAGAUGCAUCUGUGAUGCUUUUGCCAUGCAAGUGGGCCAAAAUUUUAACACAUGGGCUAACUGUUGCAUAACACAUCAAACAGAAAAGUAUUGAGUCUUUUCAGAGCACUUCACACAUCCUUGCAGAUUUGGUUUUUGUCUUGCAGGUAUUUGUCAGAAAGGAUUCAAAUUUUGAACUGAAUUUUGACUACCAAUGGCUUUUACCAGAAAUGUCUGAGGCAGAGUUUGCCGAAUAAGUCCUAUAAAUAAGCAUCCUCACACUUCUCAUCUUGCAAAAUAAUGUGUAUCAGCUUUGUGUACUAGCCAGCCAAUUACUGAAUAAUAGCUAGAAGAGGAAUGUACUGGAGAUAAGGUGUUGAGUCAUUUUUCUUCUUUUUUUAUUACUCAAUAUUUUGGACAUGAACUUUGAGUCAGGGGGGAUGGGUAUCAUUAGGGCAACAUGUAGUCAUGGACAAACCUUGUUUCUAUCAGUAGCUGCUGUAACAUUCACAGGUUUUAGACUUUUUUGCUGUGGCAGCCAUCUUUAAGACUGUAGCACCAUCAGCUGGAUAACACAGUCAAUGGCUGGUUCAGGUAAAAAAAAAGAUUUUCAGAUGAAAGCCAAUCAUUUCUCUGCUGAGAAAAACCAACACUAUUCAAAUUAUCAAGAUAUCGGGGUUCAACAAUUGUGAACCCAGACCUCAAGAAGCAUAGUCUAACUUUCGCUGUGGGGUAGCUGAUUUAGGAGUAGUACCAUGGGCCAUAGGAACCAUGUAGUUCCAUAAAGAAAAGAUCCUGUAACAAAUAGUUCUGGGUAAUUUUGGUUGAAAAGCACUUUUAUUUACCUGAAGGUGACCUGUGUGGACUCCACUGCAGUCUGAUGAGUUAACAGGCAUUUGCGUCAACAACUUGAUAGAGCGUUUAACCAUAGUUUAUGAUUAUGACACCUGUCAGACUGUCAUUUGAACUUACUGUUAUGUGAACCAACAAUUCAUGUUUUUUCUUAGGCUAUAUAUGUUGCUAUAGCCUACAGCUUUGAUGGUGGAUUACAUAAUCACACUAUGAGGAAAUUUGAUUUUAAGAAUAAAGUCAUAGUGCUCUAUUUUCGUGCCUCGUCGGAGACGUGCUGCAGGCGCGGCAUAAGUCAGGUCCGCCGUGCCGACAAGGCAUUCCCAAGUACAUUUUGGUAUUUUGGUGAGCGGUGCAGCCCAGCGUAAGUAUCCCCCCUCCCUAACUCAGCUCCUCCCAGCGGCGUAAGUCGUAGCGAGGGAGGAGAAAGGGCGUGGAGUGGGUUUAACACAGCCGAGACCUGUUUUCACCAAUCACAUAAGCUCCUCUCCUUGCCUUUAAAUCCGCCACCGGCGAGGUGUAUUACUAUUUUCGGGAAGUAGUCAAAGAGAUCAAGAGAUGUGUGAAGACAGUAAUGCCACAUGAUGGCGACAGAGGGCAGCUCCUCAACAAGUGUCACUUUAAGCGCUGCAUUGGGCGUCCUCCACACUCUCUCAUAUGAGCACAGAUGGAUUUGGUGUGUAUAAUGUUGGACCCACUGGUAAGACAAACACCCUUUUCCACAAAUAAAGACACUCACAUAAAGUUGCACAUAUUUAAACCUCACGUGACAAAGGUGGGUUGAGCGCACAGAUCACAACAUAAACUCCAAAAAUGGCAUUAAAAUCGGAACCAUCUGUGCAUAAAUGACGCAUCGCGCUCCGUGGCCUGGCUCUUUCUUUCAUAGAUGUUGGCAUAUAAAAUAAAUUUGGCUCACAAAACUGAAUAUUAUAAUAUCUGCAUGUAGGCUUAAAGUAAAUAACUCAUCUGAUCACUGAAACAAAUCAUCUGUUCAGCUGCCGCAGCUGCUUCUGCUGCUGCUGCAGGACGGAGAGAGGACACGGAGACGUGUCCAGGUCGAGCUGCGCGAAAAAUAAGAGGAAGAGGAAGAAAGAAAAGGAGGGAGACAAAUUAAAUAUAUAUUCUAUCUCAAAAUAACUAACAGGCUAAACACAAAGUAAAUAUCCUUUUGUAUCAUAUUUUUAAAAAUCAAAUUUCAUAACUUAACUUGAAUCUCAAAAUCCAGUUUCUUUUUCAUAUUGACUGAUCCUUAUACUCCUUUGUUCAAAGCACAGCGGGUAGCAAUUGUGAAUGUCCAGUCCCAGGUUGGUCCCAAAAAGAGCGUAAUGUAAUUUUUUACUUAAGAUUUAGUUAGUUAAAUAGGUAACCCAUGUUUAAACUAGGCUUGUUAUGAGAUAGCACUUUGCAACAAUCCAAAACUAGGACUGCAGAAUGACUAGGCUACAGUUUACUUGGGACAACUACCUGGGUAUUGUCUCUCUCCCUCUUUCUCUCAUAUUGAUAAGAAUAGAUACUGAUAAGUGGUAUUGGAAUUAUUAAUAGUUUAAGCAAAAUCCUCACGAUAGUCAUCUAUUUGUCUGUAUGUGUUUGGCGCAUAAAGCAGAUGUUUUUCUCUUAUAGUCACUGCUCGGGUUUAUAAGCCCAGACUCAUGCUGAGGUCAUCCAGCCCUGCAGUCACUGUGCAGCCACUACACAGAAUAAAGACAUGGCUUUUGUUCUAUGUCCAUAAAGAAUACAGGUUUGGGGUCUGCCUCUUUCCUGUGAUGGAAAAAGCAAUAAUAUAAAUGACUUUAUACCACAUAUUAACAACAGCCUCUUUUUCAAUCAAUACUUGACAAUAUACAGACAGCAUUGUUAAUACAUCUCACCUGAGACUUGACUCUCGUAACAAGACAGGAUAUUCAGAAAUACAGUAAUGCCAGGAGUUGGCUAUACACUUCUUUCUUACCUUUACCCUCAGGAUACAGGAAAAACAAAUCAGUCUAAAUGGAUCACAGGAAAUACAUCUGCAUUGGAAAUGUUUCCUGUUUAGCAUUUUGACAUAAAUGAUUAAUGUAGUCUCUGACAAGCUCAGUGCCAAUCAAUCCACAGUGAACUCAUUGCCCUCUUGCAGAGAAGCCCACUGAGGCUUACAGUGUCUCUGUGUAUCAGUAUGUUCAUACUGUGGCUGCUGGAUUGACGCCAAUUAGUGUGUGUGUGUCUGCUGUUCCGUACAACUGUGUAUCUGUUGAAUGGAGCUGCAUGGUGUUGUUUACUCUCUCUCAAAGUGUGUGAGUAUGUGUACGAUUGUGUGUGUGUGUGUGUGUGUGUGUGUGUGUGUGUGUGUGAGAGAGAGAGAGAGAGAGAGAGAGAAGGGAGGGGAGAUAUGUCUGAGUCUUAGUGGCAACAAGCACGCAUGCACACACACGCACACAGAGUGAUAAGCACUGCCUUUGUCGCUGUCACUUUCUGUCUCCCUCUCGUGUUUACUCUGCUGUUCCCAGCUGAGUGAUAACUCAGGACUUUCUUUAGAUCCACUCCUGAUUGGAGGGCACUGUCAACUAUACUCUUCCAUACUCUUCUCACUACUCUUACCUUAUCCUCGACCCCUUUCCAUCUGUCCAUAUGAUACACUGGCAGAGUGUGUCUGUGUGUGUGUGUGUGUGUGUGUUAAACAGUGCCACCUGCCACUGCACUCCCAAAGUACUUGGAGCCAAAUCUAAUCUCUCUCUCUCCCUCUCUCCCCCCUCUCUCUUUCCCUUCCCCUCACUACUGUUUCUUUCUCUCAUCCGCUCUCACCCUUUUAGGUCUCGGAUGUUUCCUUUCUUCUGAGCUGUGAACAACGUCCCAUCUAACCAGGUAAGUGUCUGGAUAUCUCCCCCUCUCUCUUUGUUUAGUCAUCGUACCCUCUGUCUCCUCCUUUCUCUCUCUCUCCCUCCUCACUGCAUAAGAUGCUGCAAAGAUGCUGCGUCACUGUGUUGGUGUUUGUAGACAGUUGUAAUUUCACUGUAACAGGAAAAAAACAGAUGCUUUGUCUGCCGUCCCUACUGUCUUCCUUUCUAUCUCUUUUGCCUUGUCAUGCAGAGUAGUAUGUAUCUGUGUAAAACAACAGGCAAUUUAGAUAGUAUGCACACGCGUGUGUGUGUGUGUUGUACGAGAGUGUAUUUGUGUCUAGACAUUCCACAUAAGUCAUUUGUUAGUUUUAUUUGCACAUGGCUCAGGUGCAGUGAGAAAAGGCAAUUUUUUUCCUCUCAUUGAGACACUGUAAAUUCACUCUGUGUCUUGUCACCUCUCCACCAGCAGAAGUGGCAGAUCUGCAGGAAAAGGGAGAAAUUGUCAAACUGAAAGAUGAAUUCAUUAACUUGACCUCUUUUGUCUUUUGAUUCCCUCAGUCAAACAGCACAGUCUGUCUGGUUUGGUGAAUUAUUGCUGAGACACUGAUUCGGCUUUCCAAGACUGCCAUAACCUCAAGAUCACUACUUCAGCUUGAACAAUUUCCAUUUAAAGAGCAUAACUUCUACCCAAAUUUUUGGCAUUUACUACAAAAUAUUUAAAAAGUAUCUGUUGAGUGAGAGCUUAAGUAUUAAUGUGGAUGGUUGAGGCUAGGUGGCGAGCCAGAACUCUUUUUAUUGUACGAGAGCAGGUUGUCCACAGUGAAGCAGCAGAUUGUUGGGUGCUUCACUUACACACCUGUUAGCCCAGUGGUAAUAGGAGGAUUCUGAGAAUAUAUUCAACCAAUCUAAUCAUGUUACCCUCAGACUUAGAGCUUUUGUCAGCUUUCCCCUCUGUUCCUAGGGCAUUUGUAUUAUUAUGGCAGAUAAUACUUUGUGCCUCUGUCCCAAUCCUAACUAUUGAACAAGAGCCAAUCUGGGCAUUUUUUAAUUGACCUGUGCUUGGCAACUUGAAUCCAUCAUCACACCUUGAUCUAUGACAACAGCAGUCACUGAUCACAAUUUACAACUGAAUACAAACAGGCUAGUAACUUAGUGUAACCAGGUAUUGGCCUGUUUAAACUGCACACUGUAUAUAGAACGGACGCUGUCUGCCUCCUCACUGGGUGUAGCCACCGCAAGAACCGGACCCUCUGGUGACGGGCUGCAGUAUAGGUCAUAAAUCCUGCCUCCUCCAGCAAUCUCUAUGGAGCUGUAGACAAACUUUAGAAAUUAAUUACACAGGAUAUAAAUUUUUCUCCCCCCCCUGGUUGCAAUGUUGACAUGUGGUUAUUAUAAGACUGGUUUGUGCUCAGGUCCUCUUUUUUUCUGUGCAGCUCCGUUUUUAAGUUAUUAGGGGGUUCAUGUUUUCUUUGAUUGACACUUAAUACAGCCUAUGGGCAUUCGAAGAUUGGGUAGCUCACCAGGGGGAUACACUGUUUGAGCCGAGUGUCAUCACAGUGACUCUCAGCGACUCUCCCGCUGAAUGCAUACAAUGCUACUGCGCAAUGUAGGUUUCAGGAAGUGGAGAAAAUCCCAGAAAUACCGAGACUUGUCCAUAGUAUAUACAAUCUAUGGUUUAAAGUACUUCAAUGCCAGCAGUGUGCAAAUAUAAAGUAGUUCUAGGAGCCUUAAAGAGACAGCAGCUAAAAUGAAGCAUUUCAGAUAGGUUGAAAUAAAGAUAUUUCAAUACACCACUGGGAGGAAUUUAAGGCUUCCUUAUCUGAAAAUGAUGUAAAGAUUUGAAAGAGUUAUCAGAAAGGAAGUAUAGAAUUCUAAAAAAAAAAUCCAUAAUACCCCCCUCCUUAUGCAGACAACAGAUUUCACUCAUGCAACAGAGGAAAGGCUGCUGUGCUGAAGCAACAAACUCUGGGCUAUAUCCUUGAGAGAGCAAAAAGGCCAAAAGGAUUGCAGAGAAAGGGGUGCAAUCAAUAGCCUUGGACAAGCAGCCUGUGUCUGCGGUCGAGAAUGCAGGUUUUUUGCUGUCUGUUGGACCAUUUAUAUGUCCUGCUGUCUUGAUGCGAUUGGAUAUCAAAGCUGUACAACUAAGUUUAUGACGUAUAUAUACAUAUAUAGAUGACAUACCAACCGUUUUAAAACAUGAUGAAAUUGCUGUUAGUUUCACAACAUAGAUUAGAUUCUUGCAGGGCUUCAGGUCAGUUGAUAUUGUGAACUGGUUUGUGAAAAAAAAAAUACAAAUGAAGCUGGAAAAAGACUGAAGGAGGGGUGUAAUGUUUAGUAUUGAUGUUAGGUCCUGCCAUUGUGAAUACUCUGACUACAUACACUGCAGCAUUACAUGGAAUUUAAGCAUCCAGCAUGCAGUUUGUCUCAUACAGUUGAGCACGUAAAACAGAUAACAUGAGAGUUUCACAGUGAUACUGGUUGGACUUAGUUGAGUGAUAUAAGCUCAAGAUUUUCUUUUUUUCCCCAGCUAUUUAUCUGUUUUAUUUAGGCAAAGACUCGUAUUGGAAAUGGACUCUGGGCCAGUAAAGCUGAUUUAGCCAUCCUUACUGUUUGCAUUUGGCAACCUGGCAUGAGAACAUUUUGAUUUUUGUUCACCAGAGCAGCUGACAAUUAUGCUUUGUGGUAACAAGUAACGAUGGCAUUUACUGUAGAUACAGAAAGAAAUACUGUAUGUGUUAUAAUGUGAGGCUGUUUGAAUGGUGUCCCAGAUGCAGAGAGGUGAUAAGGCUAGAUCUGUUUGCGUGUCGAUCUUUUCAGGAAACUUUGAGGUGUGUUCCUCACUACAAGCUGUUGGAUGGUAAAGUAGGUGGCUUUUGUUUUGAAAUCCCCCACUUGACAGGUGAAGCCAGCCAAAGUUGAUCUGACAGGGGCUGGUUUGUAGCAGUUGUUAAUAAGUGCAUUAGUCUUGGGUCUGAUUUCCUCAUAGUUAGCUAAACAACUUUGUUCAAGCAGCCUUGUCUGUGGUGGUUCAUAAUUUAACUUCUGUGCUGGUGGGUUGUGGGAGGGUUGUUAAGUACACCAUGUGAACAGUUGAUUGAAAUCAAUGCAGGGAACCCGAACAUGAGUUCAUCUUCAGAGAUUAGAGGAGGGUAUCAUAUCCUAUUCAGAGAUACCACAAAUCGCCACAAGCUAACUCAGCUUCUUUGGAUACCUCCACACAUCCUCCUUUUUGAACACACUUGCCAAAAUGAUGACAGUUGUAAGUUUUAAAACUGAUAUUCAGAGUAGCUUCAUGUGGCGCUUUUUGUCCGUUUUCAGCAACUACAUCUACAGGACAUUUAAGUUUAAUGAGAGUAUCUGAUAUAAAACCCUGUAAACCUUCCCUUCCUCUUUCCCCUCUGCCGUCUUCAUGAAGUAAAACAUUUGUGGCAUUUGCCAGCAGCUCCAUUUGACCUUCUGUUCUUUGUUUCGCUUCACCUCUCUGCUUUUUUGCUCAUCCCUCUGUCUCACCAGUGGCUGAACCACAGAAGCAGGUGAUAGUGACCCAGGAACAUUUUACUUGGUUUACAUUUGUCCUUUGUAAGCUACUCCCAUUACAAAUGACACAACCAGUAGUUCAGGUGGAUGUUGAAUUUAGCAAAGGGUCUGAUCUAAACACCAGGGGUAUGCCUCAACCACCACAGUCCACACUUAGUUGUAACCACAGUCUAUGUCACGCUGUAAACUCAGAGCCACAUCAUUAAUGUCAGAGUAAUUAUUUUGUCUUCAUUUAGUUUUUCAUUUUCUGUAUGCGAUACUAUCAAGAGCGUGUUACAUUUUGUGAAUAGUAUUUCGGAAUAUUAGUCACAGUAAUUAUGGGGAAUAGACUUUUUUAAUGGAUGCAGUCAUUAUUCUGUGUUAUAUUAUUUAGAGAGAGAGAGAGAGAGAGAGAGAGAGAGAGAGAGAGAGAGAGUGUGUUAGUAAUGUUCAUGUUGUCAGCCACUGCAGCAGUGAUGUAAUGGCUGAGACUCCCCCCACUCCUCAGGCUAGACUCUUUCAUUUUCCUUUCUUCUCUCUCUCCACUCUUGACUACCCUUCCCAGUGCAACUCUCUUCAUCUCUUUGUCUGUCUCCUUUAUUAUUCUCAAAGCAGUCGUUUUACUGUCUUUUGGUUUCCUUUGUUCUUUGAGGCACUCAAAGAAGUCAAGAGCAGCAUAGGUACGACUGUGUUAAAAAGAACACCCCCACAGUACUGAAGGUAGCAACAUGUUUGUGUGUGUGUUUAUACGUGUGUGUGCGUGUGUGUGUUUAGAUGCCACUUUAAAGCAAUUUGUUUCUCAAACCUAAAGGAAAUCCUAGUUUCUGUCCCUUUGCUAAUAGACUGGACCUCAAAAGAGCUCAGUUUCUAAUUGCUGAUCAAAUUUAACUAGUUUGUAUCAAAACUGCAGUUCCUUGAGUGUCCACUUGAGGCCGCCUCCAAAAACUAAAUUAUCUUCACUAGGCCCUAUAUGAAAACACCCAAGAGCAGCAUGCCACAGCAAAAGUAUACUGUUCAUGACAACUGGACAGGGGGAGGGGCAAUUUUCUUUAAAACUCACCUGUUUUACUCAAUCUAAGCAUUUAAGCCACUGAAAGGGAUUGAGUCUGGUGGUUUUGAUGGUUCAUAGGUCACGAAAUUGACUUUUAAGGUCAAAGAUUUUUUUUGCUUUUAAGGUAAGGAAAAAGAUUGAGCCUUUUUGUGAGUUUUACAGUGCUCACUGGCUGUGUAAGAUGUCUGGGUUAAAUUUUUUUAUCAGGCAAAACUGUGGUAUGUUAUUUUUGUACUAAGUAGCUGAUAAUCUCCUCUCAUCCUAUCUUGUGAGCUUAUUAAAGUUUUUAUAGAUAUGUAUUUGUAGGCCAGAGCAUAGGAGUCAGGAUUGAUUGUUGUCUUUUCACCAGAGAAUUCAAAGCGAACAGCAGUGAGAAGUAACCUGUUAUUUUCCGGUAUAGGCAUGCGUUGGUCACCUACCAAUAUUUCACAGGGAGUCGGUGGGCCAUCGAGCAGCAAUGCUGAUUCGAUCGUCAAGCUCUGAUCAAUAAACUGCUGUGGUCAGCAACCACCACAAAUGUAGUAACGCCUCUUGGGAAACACAUGGGUAAACUAGCUUAUUUACACAUUAAUGAAUUAGCAGCAGGUGUUGGCAUUUUGACUGUAAUGACCUCCUCAAACCAUCACACAAAAUGUGUGUUUUAUCAAUAGAAAAGAACAGAAUAGAAUUGAACAAAAUUGAAUAAAAUAGAAAAGAAUAAUUCUUUAUUGUCCACUGAGUUGGGAAAUUGUCAUUCGUUCACCAGCACAGGGGACAGACAGCGCUUAAGUACAGCUAUUGUCAUACACAAAGACAUGUAAUAGACACGAUAAAUACAGAGGUAAGAUAUGGUAAAAAUAGAAAUAAAAGUGGAGGUAAAAUUAAGUUAUUUAAAUUAAGUUUUUAUUUAUUGUUAAAUUAAAGUACAACAUAUAGGUGUUACUAUAUAAGGUAACUGUAGCUCCACAGCAAAUUUGACAAAUUUGAGGAUUUGUACUUAUAGUUAAUUGGUGAUGUCACAGUGACAACUUUAAUGUUCAUACGGACCAGGCAAAAUCUGUGUAUUCUGCUGUGCCUGUAAAAUCCUAGUAAGCAGAGUGAUGUGCUGUUGUGCUAAAGUCGAGAUGUUCCUGCUGUGUAACCAUAAAGACUGUGACUGGUUAAAACUUAAAGUAAAGUAAAGGAAAGUAAAAACUUGAAGAGAUACUGUUUUCUAAACAUCAACAUGGGUAAAUUUUAAAGUGUAUAACUCUGGUGCCCAUCAGCAAUUCACAAACUGCAUCUGUCUCGUGCCCUGACCCUCUCAGAAGAGAAGCCUGAAAGAUGCUUUGAUUUGUUGUAUGUUGUUGUAUACCUAACUUGAGAGCCACAUGAAGUAGGCUGUAUUGGCUGAGCGAGAUCAUGUUGGUUCGUUCUACUUCAAUGGGGCAACAUAAACUGUGAUUCAUAAAACAGCUCUAUUGAUAAUAAAUACUAAAAAAAAAUAUCUACUCAUGCCAUCUUGUCGAUUUUUAGUAAUCAGUGUUUCGGUGUCGAACUAUUUCCUUUCUGCGGCGUAGUGAUACUUGCACACGCGCAAUCGAAUAUGCAGAGGGGUGAAGCGAUUUUUGUCACAUGGACCAAUAGGAGCCAAGUCUCGUUGCCAUAGUAUCAGAAAUACACAAACAUGGCCACAAGUGCAUCUAGCAGCGAGACUGCAUAAUUUUAAAAAGCCCUCAGCAAAAAAAAAAAAAAGUUGAAAACUGGAUCAUACUGAGAAGUGAAAGAAGAAUGAGUCCUGCUCUUAGUUAAAUUGACGUACACUUCUCAUUUAAUGUCUCAUUAUAAUUCUGAACAUGCAUGCUUCAUGGACACUUUCCCUCCUGGUAUUGCACUUGUACUUCUGUGAGACUGGAUCACAAACAAUAGCUCAAAUUACAAUGAUAAUAUAUCUUUGAAUAAUGUGCUGUGAAAUGCAGAUUUUUGUAAUAAUGAAUGGGAGAGUUGUAAUGUCUCAUUCUAGCAUAGAAAAAGUUGAAUGGAAUAGAUUCAUAAAAAAGCUGAUUACUACUUUGAUACCCCAAAGUGGAGUUUCAUCACCAUGAAGAGACAUAGCAUCUCAUACUGACAAUACUCACAAUCAGCUCGUGCCCAGCCUCAACAGGAUGACAGCGCUUUGACGUGCUUGUCAGAUACAAAGGAUUCCAGCCAGACGCCAUAAACCGAAGCAGAGACAAGUAUUCUGAAAUCACAUUAAUACCAAUAAUACCAACUGCUGUGAAUGAAGCCGAAAAGGAUUUUUAAAUCACAUAAUAUUACUGAAACCAUUUGAAAGGACAAUCUCUCUUCUCUUUUCAUUCUUGUACUGCAAGAUACCGCACAUUAAACUCACUUGAUAAAUGGGCCCUCAAUUCAUUGUCGAAACCAAAGGAAAGCUAAAAUCUGACUUUUGUAGUCUGGAUGUCAUCCUCUUGUAGUGAUUGAAACUAUAAGUUACAUGCACUCACACAUCCUUUAGUACAGGGACACACAACGAACAUUUAGCAGAUCCCAGCAUCCAAUAAUCUGAUGGAGAAGAGGUAAUUGAGGUAGAGGAUGAUAAAUGAGGAGGAUAUAAGGAAAGAAUAAUCGUUGUGCAGGCCUAACCUCUGGGAAGUUUAUGUUGGAUAGCAGAGAUUUUUUAAGUCAGUGUAUCAAUCUUGUUUCCUGAUGGCUGAGGAAGAACGUUACUGAAGUGGAGAUUCCCCAUAUUGAGUAAUGACUUUUGUGUAGUCUGGUUUUAUUGCUCUGAGUUGAUCUAAGUCUCUGGGCUCUAUUUUCGUGCCUGCCGGCAGCACGGCGGAGGGUGGCGGACCCGCAGUGCUAUUUUCGUCUGGCGGAGUCCGGCGUAAAGCCAGUUCGGUAUUUUCGUAGACUGAGGCUCACCGAGGUCCGCCAAGCUGGGCAUGGUGGUGCGGCAGGGGGAGGUGUCAACAGAAUCAGCUGGCGCAGUGACAUUUUUGUGCCCGCCGGGGGUGUAGAAAGUGCGCUGAAAGCUCGCCGAUUCAAACCUGGUCAGCUUUCAGCACAGGUGGAGCGCAGCUGGUCUAGUGGUAUUUUGGUAGACCGGGGCCGUAGUGUGCAUAUGUCACUGAUGUCUCACCGGCAGGUUUCCACAGUGUUAGGCACAUCUCAGUGUAAUAAAUAAUCAACAACAACUAAUAAUCUGAGUCAGCACAUACAUUUAGAUCUAUAGAUAUAUUCUGAUCUAUAUCUGAUCUGAUGAGUGUGUUUGGCACGCAUUUGGACACACAACCUGACCGAAUCAACACAGCUGAAACCGCAUUAAAUUAAAUUAAAUAUCUAGUAAAUAGACACGCAUGAUGAAGUUAACAAGAUAUGUAAUUCGUCUCCCUCCUUUUCUUUCUUCCUCUUCCUCUUAUUUCUCGCGCAGCUCGACCUGGACAUGUGUCCGUGACCUCUCCCCGUCCUGCUGCAGCUGCAGCUGCAGCUGCUGCUGCUGCGGCAGCUGAAAACAAGAUUUAUUUCAGUGAUCAGAUGAGUUAUUUACUUUAGGCCUACACACGAAUAUUAUAAUAUUCAGUUUUUUGAGCGAAAUUUAUUUUAUAUGCCAACAUCUAUGAAAGAAAGAGCCAGGCCACGGAGCGUGAUGCGUCAUUUACGGUUCCGAUUUUAAUGCCAUUAUUGGAAUUUAUGUUGUGAUCUUUGUGCACAACCCACCUUUGUCACGUGAGGUUUAAGUGCAACUUUAUGUGAGUGUCUUUAUUUGUGGAAAAGGAUGUUUGUCUUACCAGUUGGUCCAACAUUACACACACCAAAUCCAUCUGUGCUUAUAUAAGACAAUGUGCAGGACGCCCUCUGCAGCGCUUACAGUGACACUUGUUGAGGGGCUGCCUUCUGUCGCCAUUGUGCUUGGGCACGCCUUUUCAGCGCGGCAGACCUGACUUACGCUGCACCUACGCCACGCAGCUGGCGAGGCACAAAAAUAGAGCCCUCUGUCUCCCUUCUUAUCAACAUGUCUUUUACUUUCUAUAAAAAACAAAUAUUCCUUGAUCUCACUUCAGGAGAGAGUGACUCUGCAUUUUUCCUUCUCUCUCAAAACUGCCUGAACUUGCUAUAAAGUUGAUUCUGCUGUUAUUAUUUGAAGGAUUUUAUUGCAGCCUCAAAGGGAAAUUCCUCCACUCUCAGCGCACACCCUCAUUAAAAAUUAAUGCUUUAUAUAACUAUAUGAUGCCGAAUCACACCUUCAAGGAAGCGGUCUUACAAGGUUGCUGAAAAUGUCUCAACUUUAAACUUUCUUUUUGCAUAAAUGCCUCAAGUAUUCAGCAGAUAUUUUUAACUCCUCACACUGUUCCAGUCAAGUAGCAAAUGACGCAGUUUUACUUUGAAAUACAGGAUGAUUGUUCCAUUAAAGCACACAGACAUACAUUCAUCACCCCUUGCUGAAAGUAUUAAAUAUGAGCUGGCAAGUGGCUGCUGGAUGUGCAGAACAAAGCAAUUUCUUUGUGUUUCUGUGUGUGUGCACUUAACUGGUGUAGUGUGAUCUUUGUGUACACAUGUGGAGGUAUGGGGCUGCGUGAGAUACGAGCAAGAAAAACCUCCACACUUCAGGAACUGAAGGGUAGCUUAUAAGGAUUUCUCCAGUUUUUUUUUACAUCUAAGUCCUUCUUGUGUGUUCUUGUACAUUCCUGAAUAACACUGCAUUUGAAAGCAGGUGGAUAUGCAAAUGACACCAGACAUAAAAUAGAUAAGUAAAGCAGUGUUCAAAGGCUCCAUAGUAGAAAUAUGAAACUAUACAAAAUAGGGGUGUGCAGAUUGUGGUGUGCUGGUUCACUGCAUAUUGGAUCAAUGGCUUUUUAAAACUGUGACUGAUAUUUUGCAGUUAUUUCUGUGUACUGUGUUAAGUGCCUUCAAUCUUUGGAUUUGGAUGUUGAGCUUCCAGGGUGAGGUCAGCUCAGGCAGUUUUAGUUAGCUUACAGGUGAUCAGUAGCACAGUUUUACACCUCCACCUCAGAAAUAAAAGCCGAAUAUGAAGGACAGAAGAAACACAAAUCAUUGACUGCAUGAUUCUGACUGAUCCUGUUAGCAUGUCUGAGGAUUUCAACUUAAAGUAACAGCAUGGUGUGAUUGUAGUCAAGUGGCAGAACAUUUGGCCUCUCCAGUGAGCUGCAGGAUGCAGAGAGAUUGGAUAAAGUCACUUGAUUAAUCAUGUAAGAGCCAGGUGCGCCUGCAUUUAUACACAUGGCACAGCAGUUAACUUUAUUAAGUAUAUCAAACUUGGGCACAGUGGCAGUAUUGGACAGGAUUGAAUAUGAAGUGACAUCCUGUGUGCUUUGUAUCAAAGAAAAGGUCCAAAACGUGUUUUUCAUGCACAUUUGAUAUUGUAUAGUAUCUGUGGAAAAACGCAAAGGAUCCAAUUACUGUAUGGAGCAGAGGUUGUCUUAAGUUGUUGUCGUUGUUGUUGUUGUUGUUCUUCUUCUUCUUCUUCUUCUUCUUCUUCUUCUUCUUCUUCCUCUAUGUCUAUAAUUGCAUUUUCUGAAUCUUAAUAUCUUCUGCUUCAGUUCGGUCAUGUGCAUCUAUGGAAACAUAAUUUUCUUGUGUUUUCCAGGGAAGUAAACCAGUUUAAUAGUACUAUGAGAUUUCAAACUUGAAAAAAACACAACAAAAAUAAUCAUGAAGUGCAAGACAGGAUUAAGUAUAAUUAAGACAGGUUUCCAGAAAAGAGCGUAACUUUCUCUUUCAGAUUGUCGCUGAGUGCUUGGCUGUUGUAUAACAGGAUGACUUUCUACCUGUUGCUGUUGGAUAAGAAAUUAAAGAAGUUUUUUUUUUUUUUUUUUUUUCCCUCAACAACAGUCAAAAAUGACUGGGUGAGUCACUCUAGUAAAGGUUAUAUAAUUACCAAAACUUUUGUUACUUGUUGUACAACUAUGAACAAAGUUUGCAGGACUUUACUGAGGGUCACAGCAAAUGGAAACACACUUAUUUCUGUAUUUAACAAGAGACGGUCUGUUCUCAAAGCUUUACUUUGUGUAACAGUCUGUCAAGAGUUUUAUUGCUGCCACAUCAAAAUUACUGAUGGCUUUUAACUCCACCAGAUUGUGAGCAUUAAACUCUUGUGUUUGGGAAUGGGUGUGUUUUUAUGUUUCAAUAAGUCAUGGAACUCAAGUUCAAGUUGAAUGAAGUUUAGCUUCAGGAUGCCUGGAGCUACUGCUAAUGGCUAACAGCCAGGCUAGCAGAGCUUGAUUGCAAACAUGUCCAUGUUAUCUGAGCCAAAUACUGGGCAGUCAGCUAAUUUUACUGCUAGCUGUGUGGCUAACUGGGGUCUGUGGCUAGAAGAAGCUGCACUCAUCACCUCAAUGAAGCUUUUGCUGGGCUAGAUCUGUUUAUCAUGGUGUGUCACUUAGUAAAAAUUCAGUUCCCCAGUGAAAGGAAGAGAGUUGAGGCCUUGUUUCCAUCCCUACUGUGUCUUCUUUAUCCCUGGAGUAAAUUUCCUGGCUGCAGUAUCAAUGAUCCAAUAUGUAUUUUUUUUCUUUUAGUCAUUUGUUUCCUGAGCUAACGUUAACACUUCUCCCAACUAACUUGAAGAUAAUCCAGAAACUUUAUCAUGACUCACUGUUAUUCCUGUAGGCCCCAGGCCAAACACCAGCAUAUCCUUGUACUCCGAGCCUGAUAUCAGGUAGCCAAUAGCACCAUUAGCAGCGGGGCUAACCUAGAUCCAUAGACAACCAAAGCUACACCUAGCUGCAAUAGAGUCAGUUUCUGUCAUAGUCAUAAACCCUUUCUCUGUUAGGUUGAUCAGAUCUUUACCUACAUAUGCAUAUAGUUGUUAUUUGUCAUAGUAAACAUGGGAACACUAUCAUUUGACACACUAUGCACAAAUUAUGUUUAUUGGUAAAUAAAUUCAGUGUCUGGUCAAUACUAAAUCUGUGUCACCCAGAACCUGGAGCACUUUAAUUCUAAUUUACUGCUUCCAUCUUGUUUGCAGCUGCUUUCUACUUUUGUGAAUUUUUGCUUUGUAUUGUUCGCAGUGCAUUUUAACCAUUGCGAGUUUUGGUCUGUUACAUGUGUCUUAAGUUGUGUCACUUAUGCAUUUGCUGCUUUUCUUCCAAGGAAGAUCAGGCUGAUGCAGAUUGUUUGCAGAUUGUCAGCUGCCGUACUUAUCACCCCCCUGGUCUAAAGUUAAGUUAUUGUAAAAAUGUCUGCAUGGUCUGACUGUAGCCCAUUAGCCUACCAGCAUUAUGAACUCUUAUGUCUUGUCUCUCUCACAUCCCUCUGCCUGAGUGAAUAUUUAUGGCUAUGAGAGUUUUUUUUCUUUUGUUUAUGAUCAUUGAAUUCUACAACAUUACUUGUGCAGCAUGCUAACAUGCUGUAACCAAGACAUGAGGGCGCUCAGUAUUAGUUUUUAUCAAUGUUUAGACGAACUGUAUUACACUCAAAUGGUGCUGGAAAGAAAUGGAGACAUGCGGAGUGAAUACAACAGACAAAUUAAUAAACUGUUUUGGUGCGAUGCUGUAAUUGUAGUACAGAGGGAAAAUAUGCAAAGUGCUGCCCAUGGUAAACUGCUCCUCCUGAAAACACCUGUCUGUGCUGCGUAGGGUCUGAGGCAGUGACCACUGACUGACCUUUUUAUACAGGAAAAGUCACGCAGAUGUUUUAAACUCCUCGACCUUGAGUCUAAUUUUUAAGUUCGAUAUUUACCUCAAAGUUGUAAGAUCUACUUUAUCUAAAUGAACAAUGUUAUUUCUUGGUUUGCUUGGAAUAAGGAGCAUUGAUCAGUUUUCUGGUUGACCUUGUAGAAGCAAGAUUUCUCUUCAAGGUGACCUUAGCUCUAGUGAAAAAGGAAACACUGGCAGUGUAAACACAUAGCUCAGCAAACACAGUAUUAGCAUCUUGAACAAAUGGGUGAGUGUGUCAGUGACUUGCCACUGCUCCAGAGUGUCACUUGAGCUGUGUCUAGUUUCUGUCUGCCAUCUGCCACACAGCUCCUACCAAAAGUUCUUCUUAUUUUAUUUCCCUCUCUUUAAAUUGUGAGUCAUUUCCCUUCAAGGGAUUUCAUUUGCAUUUUUAUUAGAAACUCUUGACCAAAUAUAAUUGAAGUUAGAUUUGUUGAUCAUGUAGGGCAGUAAGGUUUAUCUCACAAAAAGCUUUAACAGCAUGUUGUCAUACAGAUAAGUGGCAAUAUUUGGCCCAACAGUUUUCAUUUGGUGUUUAUCGAGACUCUUUUUAAAGCCAAAAAUGUUCAUUGCUGUAAAAGAAUGUACCAUCUUUCAACUUUUUUCUUCUGUGAGAUAGGGGUGUGCUAGAAAACAGUGUAUUCAGCAAACUAUGACCAUCUGCUCCCUGCCAAAUGCACAUGUUGUAGAUACAGCUGCAACUGCAGUGACGACCCUUUUGAAAAGAAGUGUAUGAGAAAUUGUGUUCUUUAAAAAAAAAAUGGAUUUAUUGGAUGUGUUAAAUUUAAAUAUUUUUUCUAGGGGUUGAACAAUUUUGAAUUUGGAAAUUUAAAAAUAUGACAGAGCAAGCCAGCAAUACACUUUGAUAUACGUAGACCACAAUAUCAAAAUCACCACAAUAUCUUUUGCGUUGAACUUGCUACUUUUCUGACAUGUUUGUUGGUUCAGACUGAAUAAAAGCUUAACAAAAACAAAUUGGCAGUUCAGUGUGGUUAUCAGGCCAUGAACCCUCUUUUGUAAGACCCUUCUGUGCAAGCUUUUUGCUCACCUCCCUCCCCCAGAACCCCUACUUACUCUCUUAUUCAGAGGGAUUACAGGACUGUUUUUGUUAUUGUUGUUGUGUUGUAAAUGAAAGACUCAUAUAGCUGCUGACUCUCCACUUGAACUCUUUUCUUAUAAAGAUGGGAUGAAAAAGUGGCAAAUUCAAUAGCAAUUCAAUGUGCAAUUCAAUAUCUGAUUAGUCAUUUGAUGUAGCAAUGGAUACGUGUAAAAGAAAGGUCCUUACAUAUAGCCUUCAUAUGUAGCCUGCAUAAAGCCAGUUAAUAAGCCUGUUAAUAAGUCGUUUCUUAUAACAAUCAGGGGUUUGAUUAAUCUGAAGCUGUUUGUGGCUCAGCCUUGUACAUUUGUGCUAAUAUGCAAGAAAAACUGUUGCUUUUGUUCUGAUGUGUGUAGUUUCAUAUGUUUCAGAGCAUAUUGUAUGUUCCCACAGUGAAAUCAUUGAUCCCUGUCCUGUGUAUUUCUAACUGUCCUUAUAAAUAAGGCUUCACACUGAGUCUAAACCUUGAGUCCAACAAUUAGCCUGAUUGCUUUGAAACAGAUGCAUCAGUUGUGAUGAAAUAACUUUAAGAUCACUUUUAGGGCUAAAGAUAAUUAUUUAUUCAGAAACGCGUUGCUCCCUUACACUUUGCUGAAGGACAGUGAUGUGACACUCUAGACUCCCGAGGAAAAACCUGUAAACUGUAAACAUUUGCAUCUUCUGAGUUUUUCAAACUCACUUACUGUUAAAUAGCCUGAAUUUAAUUUAGUUGAAAGCUCCUACUCUGUAUUUGAUAGGUACGGCUUUAAUUGUCUCACAUAUUGGCAAGAGAGGCAACACUUUCAUCUAUUCUCACAUAAUUUGGAGUGAAGACUAAUGUUUUGAUCUACUUGCAGCCACCAGCUGGGUAUGAGGCAGUUCAUGGCUUGAUACUGAUAUGUGCAGCUUUGACCUUUACAUCAGAAGUAAAGUAGCAGUUUCUAUUAAAGAGAGAUAAGAAAAACAGUUUAGUAUUGAAGUAAGUCUGUUGUUAAUUCAUUAUGCUGUCUGAAAAUAUCAAUAUUAGUGUGUCUGUAAAGCUUUAUGUUCAAUGCUUUUUAUUUUACUGGUGUUGUUUUUUUAAAUUAAAGAUUUCUGCUUAUUGAGCUAAGGGCUGUUUUUCCUCCUUUUUUCUGUCUACCAGCUGAGAAUAAAAUCAAUGUCUGCAUGGAUACUGUGGAAAAUUUGGAUUGAUUUAAAGAUCCAAACAAUAAUUGAUUUGAUUAUCAUUAUUUCCAGGUCUGGUAAAAGGGCUGUCCUGUCUGGCUUUGAUUUAUCAUCUGACAACUGUUACUUCCACUCUGUGAGAUCUCGAAGAGGAGAGAGUUUUCUAUCCAGCUUGACUCAUCAUCUUGUCCCUGACCACUGACCCAGGUAAGGCCACAUCUGAUUCUGAUCUUGGAGGCCAGGUCUCCAAUCAAGUAUGAGUUACAGGUAACACAUGUAAGUCUUAAAGGAAAACAAAAGCUCUUUUUCACAGAACUUGGUGAUGCUUGCUUGAGUUAUCUUGCAAAAACAACUGAGCAAAGUUAUCUAUUAUUUGACAAACAGACAAUAGACAGAUGAACUGUUGGCAUUCCCACUAAUGCUUUUAAUAAGUUUUCCAUUUUUUUAUAUUCUUAGGAAACAAUCUAGUUUACUGCAAGACUCAUCUAGGGUUAUCUAACUAGAGGGCCAAAAUUUCAUGGGGACAAUUUUAAACACAGACUCGAACACAUAAACUGUGUUCUCUUAUGAGCGACAUCAUAAAACAUAGCUAGCCACAUGUUGAUAAAAAAUGGGUAUUAUUUGGUAUCAUUGGAGGCUUGACAUACAGUAUUUGAAUAAAUGGAGCCAAAACCAAACUCCAAACGAUCAAAAGCCUGUUCAGACCUGUAUUGGUUUCUGGUGAACAUCUGAAAUGUGCUGAAUACCUGUCAGAAAGAGAAAAAGAAACAUUAAAAACUGAGAGGGUGAGAGACACAGAAAGAAUGCUUGCUACCUCCGCAGAUGAAAUGGCUGUGUGGGUGGAUGUACAUGUGAGUGCAGGCUGCUAGAAGCUGUGAGUGGGAAGUGGGUACUGAGUGGGAAGAGAAGAGCUGCUUUAGUGAGAUGAUCAGCACCAAGGCCUGCUGAAAGGCAGUCACGCUUUCAUGGCUUCCCUUUGUUUCCUGCACUUGCACAAAAACAGAGUUUCAUGAAGUGAGGUUGCCGAUGGAUGGUGGAUAAGUGUUUUUUUUUUGAGCCUGCUGUUUUUCUGCGUUCUUUAUGUGAAGCGGUCAGUCGGUGGCUGGUUUCCUGUUACUUUUAUGCAAAAUCGUGACGUAUCCAGUUACAAGACUAGACUGAAUAGACUGGAAAUAGCACAUACUUGUAAAUGCAUAGUUUAAGUGUUUUUGUUGACUUAUUUAUCUGUUUGUUUUUUUAAGAAAGACCAACCAGAUUUGUAACUUGUAAUAUUUAUUCUUGUCAUUUUAUAAAACUGAUAUUUAUGUAUGUACGCGUUAAACAGGUUUAAUAGCACCUUAUACUGCAAUGAAACACUUAUACAGACUUUCACUAGCUUUACCUGCUGUCUAAACCAGCGACUGGUCCAAGUCGAGCCUGAGCCAGACAAAUUUUACUGACAGAAGCUUUACCUCCCAAUGGAGCUUUGUAGGCCUGCAUUCUCUGAGUGCAGUGCUUUGGAGGGCUAAUACGGUACAAGUAGCAAACAAUAGACUACAAUAGACCACGCAAACUAAAAUAAUAAUGAAUAAACCUAAGUAUUUAUCACACACACUUGCCCAGUAGUCUUGCCCUUAUCCGUAAUAUUAAAAUCGGCACAUAAAUCCUGGCUACUCUGCACAUCUGCCUUCAUGGACACUGUGAAGCUGUGAAUUUAUUUUCAAGUUAAAUAAAAAAAUGAGAGCAAAUUAAAUAGAAGCAAACAUAAGCAGAAGAAUGAUACAUCUGGAAAUUCAUGUUUAAAGCUUGCAGGAAAGUCUUUUUUCUCUGUCACGAACUUGAUGAAAUGCUAUGUGCUAGCUAUUUUGUCAUGAGGUCGUGUCAUGUGGAAUUAGUCUAGCAGCAAAUGAACAUAAAAUCUUGUCCAGUAAGCAUACAGAUGGGCAGAUUUUUGUGAAGUCUUCUGUCCUUUAUUUCUAGCCCACGACUUGAGGUAACUUAGCUAGAGGCUGAAAAUCACCUUCUCAUUCAUGCUGUGAAUCUACCAAGACCACCUAACUAAAAGUCUUAGAACAUGCUUUUGCCUUUUUUCACCUCAUGUCCCACUCUGGUCGUUUGUUUUUUACUAUUUAAAGUGUUCUCAGUGGUCUUUAAAUUGUGAUUAUGAAUUUUUUAGCCAAAGUCAUGUGACCUGUGUCAUUCUCAAGGGCUUUUCUUCUGAAGAGCUCCAGUCGCUUAUUAGCAAUUUGCCUCUGAGUCGUGGGCAGAGACAGCGCUGCUCUGCACACUUCUCUUCGCAUUAGCUUGCAGCCUAACAUUGCAGAUGCAGUAGAAGUGGCAGGUAACAUAGGAGCUAUUCAGCUCUCGGAUACUAAUGUCUUAAGGGGCAUGAUGAAAGCUGACAUCAUAAUUAGCUUUCUUAUGAGCAUUGCAAUCCGCUAACGCACACGCUUCCCCCGCGAUUGUCUCUGUCUAUUUCUCUGAGUCUGGCCUGCAUAGCGGGGCUCGGGGGGUGGAGCUUGGAUUUGUGACGUAGUAAAAUUUCUGCCAAAGAUUCACAGCGAUUUAAAUGCAGAAAUACUCAGAAAUGCAACUUCGCACUUACUUUUCUCAUGAUAUUUCCUGUAGCAUCAGAAAAAAUGCCAUAUGAACGUAUAAAAAACAAGAAAAACAUAAUAUCAUUGGAUAGAGUCUUUAAGAACUUCAAGAGUAAUUUGACUUUUAGGUGGGCUGUUUCAAUGUCACAUUAUAAAAACUUCAACCAGCUCUUGGAGGUAGUCAACUAAAUACACGUCAAUAUGACAAAGCCUUAGUUGCUCUUGAGUUGCAGUGGCUGUUGCUUGGAUUGUGUCUGCAAGCACUGGUCAUGGACUGAUUAGGAAAUCUCACAAAAAGUGGUUGAAGAACUUUCAGUUGAUCGUUUUUAAUAAAAUUACUUUAAGUUUAAAAUUUCCUUUUGAUUUUAAAAUUGCAUGUAGAAGUUCAAAUGCCACAAAAAGUGGUGUGUCGAAGAAGACAGAGGUUCUGUUUCCAGCAUUACAAUCGUGAAUGUUACAUAUUUAUCUGCUCAAAAGUGGUGAUCGGAAAAAAUCAAGAGACAAAUUUCACAAAAGUGGUUUUUCUAAGUUCAACUGUAACAACUAUUUUUAAAAUUCUUAUAAGAAAGAAGUGUGCCGGGAAGCAAUUAAGUGGCAAAUGCCCCAAAGUGCCGUGUUUAACUGGAUAGUUUUUGCUGCAAAGUGAGGAAAUUUAUAUGGGCACAGUGAUUAAUCUAAAUAAAUUUUUGAUAGAUGCAUGAAUGAUAAAUAUACCAUAUAGUAUAUCAACAAGUUAUAUAUGGUUGUAUUCAUUACAAUACCUUGUUUUACUGGCGAUCUGUCCAGACUAUGGUAAUGAGUGGCUGUUGUUUAGGGGCGGCACAAUGGUAUCACUUUGACCUUACAGCAAGAAGAUCAUGAAUGCAUGUUGGGUCUUCUGCCAGUAUUCCCACUGUCACCGCAGUCCAAAGACAUGCUUGUUAGGUUAAUUGGUGACUCUUGGUUGCCUGUGUGUGAAGUGAGGGUGAGUCAAGGAUGUACCCCGGCCCUGACAGCUGGGAUUGGCAUAAGCCUUAAGCACCCCAUGGAUUAAUGGUGGGAUUUAUAGAUGGAAUGAGUGUUCUGUUCAGGCAACAAGGAGGGAUACUAAGAUAAGCUAACUGGCCCCUGCCUCAAGCUUCGGGUUACUGAAGCCUCUGUAAAAUCUGUGUCUCAUAGUUUAGAGAAAAUAGGAUUGUUGCAGAUAUCUCAAAUCACUCUAUUGGGAAACAUUUCUUAUCAAAUAUAUAUGUCUGUCCAUACAUCAGCUAACAUGAAACCUUAAGACAUGUCCCACACAUUCACAUCCACACGCACCCACACCCACACACUCCUACUCUAAUUUAAUGUUAUUAUAAAGAAUUAUAUCUUGUAUUCUAGAGCUCCUCUUCUGCUCUCUGGCUCCUGCAGUGAGACGGCCCUGAGAGGAGAGCCCUGCAAUGCAGCAUCUGUGUGACUCACACAUGCACACACACACACACACACACACACACACACACACACACACACACACACACACACACACACACACACACACACACACACACACACACACAAUGAGACAGUGGCGUGUGAAAGUGCUCAGAUCGUAGGAGGGAGAUGAGGAGAGAGAGCAAGAAUAGAGUGAGGGGAAAGAUGAAGCCUGAUGAGAGGUGGAGGUGGAGGAGGAGGAGGAGUGAGUAGGAGGAGGAACAGUGAUGUGAGGAGGUGGAGGAGGAGUGAGUGGGAGGAGAAAUAAUGAUGGGAAGAGGUUUAGGAACAUGUAGGAGUAAGAUUUAUAGGUGAAAGAAUGUGAAGAAGUCAGACAAAAGAAGAGGAGAAGCAGCAGAUGAGAGUCAGGGACCACAUAAUUGACGACUUAAUUAGCUCGUUCAUUACCUUGUCUUGGCAGAAUUUUUAUAUGAUGUGUUCAAAGAUGGAUUAUCAGUCCUGUUGAUCUCUUUAAGCUGGACACAUUGUGAUAGCACCUCGACUCACAAGGGGAAUAUUAUUUAAGAGGAUCCAGAAUAUUCUUACUCCAUCAGCAGCUGACAAUCGAUUGCUGUAUGACGUCCCUGUUAGAUUUUGCAUACUAAUUGCUAUUUGUGCCAUGAGGAGAUGUUCGGUUGGAGCAGCCUGUAAUUAGCCUUCAAUUCACUGAUGUAUGCAAGCUUGAUAAUUUGUUGAGCUAAGAUAAUUUAUAUUUCCUCAUAAAACCCUCAACAAUGCAAAACAGAAUUCAGCUAUAAUGCUCCAGCACCACUAUCAGUUAAUACAGUGAUUCUUUGGUGGAUUGUGACUAUGACAGAAACUAACCAAACACUUCAAGAAUCCUUCAGUCUGCUCACACAGAUAUGGACAUAGCACAGUCACUCUGACAAUCAUUAGCUGCUAUGACAAACUUAAAGCAACUUUCACCGUGACUUCAAAACCAAACUUUUCAGGUAAAAGGUCAGUUUUGCCUUUUUUCUCGUUUCCACCUCACUAAGCGCUGAUCUUUGACUGCUGGCUGCUUGGAGCCUUGGUCAGGAAUAGAAACUUUUAGCCUCUGGAAAAGCAUGAAUUUCUACUUAACCAGGCCCUUUUUGCAAUGUGAAAAGUGGCGAAUGCAUUUAAGUACCAAAUUAAAAUUUUAAGUUACUCCUAAUGGACUGUGUUUCUGUAUCAGUCACUCAGACCACCUGCUAUUUUAAGGCUGUAGAAAGGCCAGUUUGAUGCUAGUCCUUUGUGUGUGAGUUCUGUUUUGACUGUUCAUAGCAGCAGCAGCAGCUGACUCAGACUGUCUGGAGGGCAGGGGCAAAAGGUAAACAUAAGACUGGUAACCAACACAGCAGUCAUGAUGCAUUUAUGUUUGAACUGUUUAAAAUAUGUAAAGAUUGCAAUUUCAUAUAGGCUAGAUCACACUUACAGUCAUCAGUUUUAUAGCACCACAGUUCUCUUUUAUGAGGGCACCUGUUAAUGCAGAGGAUCACAUUUUUACCACUGAAGCUUUUCAAGGGAUAUUCCUGCGUAAAUUUAAGUUAUGGUCAACACUGUAGUUCCUUUAGCAAAGAGCCAAAAUACAAGUUUUGCAGCCCAAGGAAGAAAAUUUGUGAUUAUUACUUCAUGGAAAUGCAAUCAGACCGAGACGCUAAGGAAGUACUACCACGACCGCAGUGCAAAAUGAUUAUUACUUCAUGGAAAUGAUCCGCUGCACUCGACUCGUCAGGGCUCCCCCACAAACAAGCUGCUGCUGGAGGAGAGUGGGUGAGUUGUGUUUGGUGUCUUUGCUAAAGAAAUCAGGCAAAGCUAAAAAGAUGUUUGAUGGCUAGUACUAUGGCUGGGACUCGAUAUGUACUGUUGAUGAAGUUAGGUGCUGUUCUGAGCAUUACUUGUGGCUAUAGAGUGGCCUUUUGGUUGAGGUUUGCACGUGGGGAUGUAGACCGCUGUGUAUUGCUAUCGUGCGGUUGUUGCUGAAGUUGGUAUAGCUAGAGAAGCACGCAGUUGGCAAAAUUCAUCUCUUCGGGGGGUGUCUAACUUGGUGUUAUGGUGUGUUUGACCAUAACUCAAAUUUACGCCGGAAUAUUCCUUGUUUAUUCAAUCACACAUUUGUGCAUUUAUGCAUGCACACUGGGCCGCCACACUGUCCAGUUCUUCUAUCUUUGUGUCCUUGUUUCUAUUUCUUUGAUGAAAUGACUGAACAUCAGUUAUUUUUGUUGUGCUUUACUUGGAAAAAAUGGCGGAGAGGUGCUUCUCUUGGUAACCACUAUCAAAGUGCUGAAAGGUUAGGCUCAACCGUCCUCUUACUAGAUCUCUGAGUUUUCUACUCUCUGGGCAGCUCUCUCUCAGGGCUGCCCAGCGCUGUGCUCAUCUGCUCACUACAGAUCUCCAUCUGUCUCUGGCACAGAGAGAAAACUUAGCAGCAUCCACCAUCCCUCUGGCAAAAGGCCACAGGCUUUUUGCCAAGUGCAACAGACCUGCUGUCCGCUGAGACGACUGACGUCAAACUCUAUCAUAUCACCUUCUAAUACAGUCUUAAGUCCCUCUGCAUAUAAUGCUCUGGGGGCAGUAUAUUAUCUGGACAAUAUACUGAAGAUAGUCUUGUAUCCUUUGAUCGAUAAUGUUCUGCUUUUGACUUUCUCUGUCAUUUUCUCUCUAAAAUAAUCUUGACAUCUCUCUUUUCAGUCUCCUCUGCUCUAUUUUAUCAACCCUCUGCACUCCUAUGAAAUUCAUACUUGUCUUCUUGUCAUUCCUAAUUUUAUGUUCAAUCUGUAUCAUUUUAUAAAUGCAUACCAUAUAGCAUGUUUAUUAGCCUGAAUGGGACCUUUCACUGCAUUGCAGCCCACAGGAGGUCUUUUUCUGCCUAGUGCUGCCCUGAAUCUCGAGGUGAUGUGUGUGACAUUUUUUAAUGAUUUGUAAAAAGAAUUUUUGUCUUCUUUUAAGCUUAAACCCAGCAGGUGGUGCUAUUUAAUCCAAACAUGCAGUACACCUUUCCUUGAAAAAACUGACAGGCCUCCAGGAAGCCUGGCCACACUUCCCCUUCUCAUGAAUUACCAGUGACAACCUGAUUCUAAGUCUGGAAAUCAGCCACAAAGCUCAAUGUGACCUUCGCCAUCAGACUUAGGACAUGAAGACAGUCUCAUCUCCGUGUUUUAUGACUUUUAAUAUUGAGAGUGCUCUUGAACGGAGGCUCCAUCAGGGACUCAGUGGGCAGACAAGCUCUGGGUGAAGGAAAAUAUACAGCUCUGUCUUUUGGACAGAGACAGGGUGAGUAUUUUAUGGGGAUACUGCACUGCUUUGUUUGCCGCGGAGUCUCUGAAGAGGCUUCAUUCACAAUGAUGUUCCCCUCAGAGCUGAGUCAUGCUAAGCUCCAUUGACUCCUGACUCUGAUCCCUUUAGGUUUCAAGGGCUAACAGCCGUCAUAUUCUUCUCACUUCUAUUCUACACUUUAAGGCUGUUAUAUACAAUUCUUCUCCUGUCACUAACUUUUGGUACUCUGUUACUGUGAUGUUCAGUUUUGUGUGUGAAUUCAGUUGUCUUUUGUGAGUUUGAGUAUAAUCAAUUUUAACAAAAUAGGUGAAAAAAAUUCUAAAAUACCAUGUGUUUUAAGCGCAGAUAUUGCCCAUGCCUGGUUAAAGUUUGUUUUAGCUUGUGUGACUGAUGAAUUUUAACAACCUUGUGUUUUUUCCCAGUGCUUCUUUACUGCUGGUAUAUAGUCAUUAUCUGUUUCAUACAGCAGGUAUUGUUUGAAAACUCUCCGAAAAUGGUUGACAUUUUUAUCAGCAUUGGCUGUACUUGGUCUGUAGAGUUAAUUAACAAUAAUGACACCCUACAGUUUGCAACAAGAUGAUAAAUAUGGUAAACUUUAUUAUCGUAGCAUUGAGUCUGUGAGCGUCUUAGCUUGCGUACAGUGUAAUUGAGCUCAGGUCAAUGUAUCCAUUGCUUGCAGGUAUCUGCGUCUCUGAUCACAUGCUCACUACUUUUCAUUAAAAUUUGAUAACAGCAAGGUAACACGGUGUAACAUCAGACUCUGGAUCAUCAAGGCUUGUUGUCUUGUUAUUAUCUGACAUCUGUUCUUAAUGCGUGUGCUUUUCUGUGCUUUAAUAAGUAGAUAGAGUAGAUAAAUGGGAGCGGAGAAUCAAACCCUGGCUGUUCACGUCCAGAACUACACCCUCUGCACGAAAAAUGAAUGAAAUGUUUUCAUACUUUGUUGUGUUCUGUCCUCUGUGUUGUGUACCCAAAGUUGUGCAGAGACAGUGAGCAGUGUUUUUAACGUGGUGGCUGCAGUGACUAGUGCUCACUGUAGCAGUAUCAUAGUCCCAGGCUUGAGUUAUUGACUCCUAUUUUCUCCAGCAGACUUCCUUUCAGUGUCUGGGUCUCUGUGGACUGCAGAGCUAAAUGACAAAUUGCUUCUUCACACAUCCCGUUAUGCACAACUACACAGGCUGCUUCAGCAAAUGCUUGAAGUACAGCCGGCCUCAACCUCAUGCAAAAACAAAAAACAAAACAUUAAAUCCUCUUGGAAGCAUUUUGUCUUUGUCGCCACUCUUCUACAAAAGCUGCAUGAUCUUGAGGGCUGACUAGGUUACUGUUAUUGUAAGACUUGGACUGCCGUAGAUAGGAGCCGAUGCAGAUGUCAUUGUCAUUAGUAUUAAGGAAAUCACAACAACCUAGAAUGGAAAAACAGAGAAAUUUCAUUGAAAAUUGUCAAUGAAUUUAUCAGACUAACCAACAAAACAGAAAAAGGCCUUUUUGCAGACUGCAGAAACAUGACCUGAGAGUAUCAAUUUCCCUCUAAAUCCAGCUCAUUUUUCUGCCUCCUCCAGCUUCUUUUCAAAAUGGUCCCAGAGAUCAUUGAAUCUUACUGCUCAGUGAUCAAUAUUUCCCUCUGCCUGGUUUUCUCUAUGUAUUGUGCUAAUGAAUCUUUCACCUUCUGCAUGGGAUUUCAUUCAGCACAUAAUACAAAGCCUAUGGGUUUAAGGUUAUGGUCAACAAUGGAAAAAGCUGUUUAAAACAGAUUUUAAAGUAGUCUUUUCACACUUUUUGCUGUGAUCUUAUCUGACGAAACAAGCCCAAACAAGACUACACUGACGGCUUGUCAGCUUCAAUUUGUACAAAGUCGCCAGAUUUUUUGCCAAAUCUAGCAGAGCCUUCCUUGCAGCCACACCACCCCGCAUGAGUCAUACAAAUCCAUGUCGUGCUGUGUUCAUUUCCAGCUAUUGUGGUUUCCACCUGGGCCACAGGCUUUAUGACUCCAAACACACACACCCACACACACACACACAGAAACACACAAAUCGAUAAGAGUUUAAUCCAGUAGCUGUCACCUGCGCACCAAUGUCCAGGGACAGAAUUUUACACAACCCUACUACACACAAAUUCACACAGGACACAGAUGCACUUUUAGGAUUGUUGACAGUGAAGCUCAGCAAAGCCGCAGGGAUUACGACUGACAGAAACAGAUUUGUGAAUGUGACUGAUGCAGCGUGUCCCACAGCCUACAGCUCAUUCUUCUCUAUGGAUCAUUGCUAACAUUGCAGUAAAUAACACUGACAUGUUAAGUUUUGACCAGGCCUUGCCUCUUCUCCUCUCUCCAUCAAACCCUUUCCCAUUUUCAGCCAGACAGAGAGACCCCAUCCUUGGCCCACCCUCCCCUGCUGCUAGCUAGCACCAGCAUGGCAGACAGUCGGCAGCCCGAAGAUGGUGCCCCCCAAUGGGAUCCAUCAGGGGGGCAGGAGCCCACUGGAGCCAAUGGCUUCUCUACCUCCACCUUUAGGACUUGUCAGCAGCCUGGAGCAACCCACACACCUUACCCCACCAGGGAGAAUGGCUUCAAUGGUGAGCUAACUGGUGCUCAUGCUGUCACUGCAGGUGAGAUAUAUUUUUUUUCAAAAUUUUCUUGUUUCACUUUGUUCUGCUCUAAAUUUCUCUUUUUUUAUUGCAUUGUUGUUGUCUAUGUGAGGGACCAGUGAAAUCUUAUGAAAUCCAAUUUUGAUUCAGGGACAAACAAAAAAUUCAAACCUACAUUCCUAACAAAAAAAAAAAAAAACAAAGAACAAAAAACAAACAAACUGUUAGAGCAUAUCAGGUUUUAUUUGAAGGCAUUUCGCAAAGCUUAACCUGGAAGUCUUUGCCUAAAGGGCACCCAUUUAAAUGUCUUAACUGAUCUUCACUUCAGCAGAUAUUCUUGACAUUAGCACAAAUAGCUGUACAAACCUUGAUUCCAGUGAAGCUGGGAUGUUGUGUCAAACAUGAAUUAAAAAAAGAAUACAAUGAUUUGCAAAUUCUUUCCCUCCUAAAUUCAAUUGAAUACACAAAGAUGAGAUAUUUAAUGUUCAAACUGAUAAACUUGAAUGUUUGAUUUUUUUUUUUCCCACAAAUUAUAGAUUUACUCAUUUUUGAAUUUGAUGCUGCAGCACAUUCCUAAAAAUCUGGUUCAGGGUCAUGUUUCUCUGUGUCACUUACUUCACCUUUCUUUUAACAACAGUCAGUAAACCUUUGUGAACUGAGGACAGUGACUGUUAAAGCUUUGGAGGUAAAUCCUGGAGUAAAAAAACAUUCUAAACAGGCAAAUGCCAUCUCAUCCAGCACACAUAUGUUUUUCCAAGCUUAUUUUUCAAGACCAGAAGUUUCAGCUUGGUUUUACUCUUUUGAUUUAGGUGUGUGAUGGCUGUACUUAAGCACUAUUUUGAAAAACUCAGAUAAAGCUCAUGCUAGCAAGCAAGGUCCAACAAAACUGCUUUCUGGAUUUAUUUCUAGUUCAGCAGAAACAUUUAUAAUUUAAAACAUAAAGACCACCAGAUUGACCUAGAACUGAGUUAUAACUCACUGUCUAUCUGCUCUUAAUUAUUGUUCUUUUCACUGCACUUGAAACCAUCAUCACAAUAUGAACAUUGCAAGUUUUUCUCAUAUUUUGUAGGCGUAACUGUUUGUGUUGAUGUUAAGUGCAAAUUUGGGGCAGUACAAUUUCUAAAGUCCAGCUUUAACCAGAUAAAAAACCAAAUUGAAAGCCAGUGGAUAGUCAGAAUUAUCGAAAACAGAAAACACUGUAUAUCUACUAUGUUUGCAGUUAGUUUGCAGUCAAUUUUAAAGCCGUAAAUCUCACACUGGGUGAGAGAAAUGUUUGUGAAAUAGAUCCUAUGUGUUACACAUCCAUGCUCUGUUGGGUUUCUCUUUGCACAUAUAUGCACCUCAACUAUGUGUAAGCUUUGUGUAUUACUUUUUUUCAGUGAUUGUGUGUUGUGUGCUAGUAUGUGAUUUUGUGGGUCCUGUCUGUUCUUCUGCGUAGGUUUGCAGCACUCGGGGGUGCUCAGAAGAAUCACAUACUGUUAUUAACAGGGCUGUUAUUAACACAUUCAAAUCUGUUCCCUUAAGGCCCCUCAAAUAGACAAGACUAUAAAUGCACUGUUGGUAUAACCACCAAAAUGACUCCUCUACAGUUUUCUUCUUGAGGGUUUUGUUCUCUACACCUGCAGCUUGUUACAGAUCAGCAUAUUCUGUAUGCUACAUGAUAAGAGUGCGUUGAACAUUUUGUCUUCCUGUUAUUACGGUGAAACUGACACAAGCAUGAAAACACUGAAUGAAAAAGUAGCUUCCUAUUGUCGUCUUACUGCUAUGAGCCUAACUCAAGAUAUUAAGUGUAAUGAAGUGUUGAUUGUGGAAGAGUUUACAUCUGUCUCCCUCAAUAGUUAACUUUUUAUGUUUUAUUUAUUUAUUUAUUUAUUUUUCAUAUAUACAGUAGUUCUGUCAAACAAAGGUGUUAAAUACAAUUGGGUGUACAGUUUUUGUUGUUAUUAAAAAACAAUAGACUAGUCAUUAAUUUUAUUCACACAGACACUUUUUUCAAGACUAAGAAUGCAGGAAUUAACCAAUUUCACUUUCAACCAUGCCUUCACAUGUCAAGCUCCUCUGCACCUUGGCUGUUGUUACAUUCAAAAUGAGGCUGGUACAUGACAUUUUAAGCAACCUGCACUUAACAGUGACAGCUGUCAUCAAUGAUACUUUCGCAGGUUGCUCAAGUGUAUUUUUUGGUUGUCUAAGCAUAAUUAUGACCAAUUUUUCUUUAUUUUUUGUCCAAUUACCAACUAUAAUCACUGAUUUAGAUGAUCCCCUUUUGCCCUCUAUCCCUAAACGCUUAGCAAAAAAGCUAGUCUUGACCAGACUCUGUUAAAAAAGACCCAGGGCUCUAUUUUUGUGUCCGCCGGUGAGGAGGGAGGGUGGCGGACCCCGCGCAGUGGUGUUUUCGUGUGGCGGAGCCCGGCGUACAACCAGUUUGGUAUUUUCGUGGACUGAGGCGCACCGAGAUCCGCCAAGCUGGGCGUGGUGGCGUGGCAGAGGAAGGUGUUGACAGAAUCAGCUGCCGCAGUGACAUUUUCGUGCUCGCUGGUGGCAUAUAAAGUGCGCUGAAAGCUCGCCGAUUCAGAGCUGGUCAGCUUUCAGUGCAGAUGAAGCGCAGCUGGUCUAGUGGUAUUUCGGUAGACCGGCGGCGUAUCGGCAUACGUCACCGAUAGGUUUCCACAAUGUCAGGCACAUUUCAGUGCAAUAAAUCAUCAACAACUAAUAAUCUGAGUCAGCACAUACAUUUAGAUCUAUAUAGAUAUAUUCUGAUCUAUAUCUGAUCUGAUGAGCGCGUUUGGCACGCGUUUGGACACACAACCUGACCGAAUGAACACAGCUAAAACCGCAUUAAAUUAAAAUAAAUAUCUAGUAAAUAGACACACAUGAUAAAGUUAACAAGAUAUUUAAUACCUACUCCUCAACACCUCAAAGACAAAGGAGAUGGUCAUAGACUUCUGUAGAUCAAAACCCCUUCUUCAGCCAGUGAACACCUGUAGAGUGGACAUCGAAGUGGUGACAUCAUAUAAAUACCUAGGUGUACAUCUGGAUAAUAAGUUGGAUUGGUCUAAGAAUAUAGACUACAUCUAUAGAAAGGGGCAGAGCCGCCUUUUUUGCCUGAGAAGACUCCGAUCAAUAGACGUCUGUAGUAAGACGCUGCAGAUGUUUUAUCAGUCUGUGGUGGCAAGUGUUCUGGUCUACGCUGCAGUCUGCUGGGGAGGAAGCAUCAAACACAAAGAUGCAAGAAGUCUUAACAAACUGGUGAAAAAGGCUGGCUCUGUGGUUGGACUCAAGCUGGACUCAGUGGAGGAUGUGGUGGAGAGAUCUACACUGAGGAAGGUGGAGACUAUUCUCAAGAACAUCUUGAUGGACCAAAGGGCCAAUGGUGGUGGACGGCUCCUCUCUCUUCGCUGCAGGACAGAAAGAUUUAGAAGAUCUUUUGUACCAACAGCCAACAGCCAUCAGGCUUUAUAACUCUUAUGUAAAUAAUAGAUAACUUGUAUAGACAUAUUACGUGAGACAACAGACAAUUGAAUUUCCCUUCUGGGAUUAAUAAAGUUCUUCUUCUUGUUAUUAUUAUUAUUAUUUCUCGCGCAGCUCGACCUGGACAUGUCUCCAUGUCCUCUCCCCAUCCUGCUGCAGCUGCGGCGGCUGAACAGAUGAUUUGUUUCAUCUUCUCAUCUCAUCUUUGAUCAGAUGAGUUUUUUACUUUAAGCCUACAUACGAAUAUUAUAAUUUUUAGUUUUGUGAGCCAAAUGUAUUUUAUAUGCCAACAUCUAUGAAAGAAAGAGCAAGGCCACGGAGCGCGAUGCUUCCUUUACGCACAGAUGGUUCCGAUUUGAAUGCCAUUAUUGGAAUUUAUGUUGUGAUCUUUGUGCACAACCCACCUUUGUCAUGUGAGGUUAUAAUAAGUGCAACUUUAUGUGAGUGUCUUUAUUUGUGGAAAGGGUGUUUGUCUUACUAGUGGGUCCAACAUUACACACACCAAAUCCAUCUGUGCUCAUAUGAGAGAGUGUGAAGGAUGCCCUCUGCAGCGUUUACAGCAACACUUGUUUAGGGGCUGCCUUCUGUCGCCAUUGUGUGGCAUUACUCUUGAUCUCUUUGACCACUUCACGAAAAUAGUAAUACGCCUCGACGGUGGCGGAUUUAAAGGCGAGGAGCUGAUGGUAUUGGUCAAUACAGGUCUUGGCUGUAUUAAACCCACUCCACACCCUCUCUCCUCCCUCUCUACGACUUACGCCGCUGAGAGGAGCUGAGUUAGGGAGGGGGGAUACUUACGCCGGGCUGCGCUGCUCACCAAAAUACCAAGUUGUGCUUGGGAACGCCUUGUCGGACCUGACUUACGCCGCGCCUGCACCACAUCUCCGGCGAAGCACGAAAAUAGAGCCCCCAAUGUAAAGAUGGGAUCAGACUCAGCCUCAUUCAGAAAGAUCAGACCCGCUCCCAUCCCAUCUUCAACCACAUGAGGAAAACUCUUUACAGCAUUUCAAUAGUUAGAGUGGAGAGAAAGAACUUCCUUUAACAGGCAGAAACCUUGAGCAGAACCAAACUCAUUUAAGACAGUCAUCUACUGAGACUGAGCUGGGUUUAGAGAGGGAGAGAGGGAGAUGGAGAAAGCGAGAGAUGGACAGAGGAGAAACUGAUAAAAGGAGAUGGGAGAACCUGCCGUUCAUACUUAUCACCCAUUUUGUAAAGAUGUAUUUCUGUCAGUCCAACAUCUCACCACAUUGCCUUAGUGAAUUGCUACCUUUACUCAGUGGGCCGGCUUAAUUAGCAACAGUCAAGGCAUGAUACGUUCCUCUGGGUCUUGAUUAGCACAUAUCAAAGACAUGAGAGCUGUAUACAGCUUCCUUUCAACAUCAAAGUAAGGCUUCAAACUGACAUCAACAACAAAAUGACUUGUUCCUCAGAGAGGGUAAAGUCUGGGAUUUUCUAAUAUUAUCCCAGCAUUUAAAUACAAAAAAAUAAUUAAGAAAACACACACCCAUGGCAUAAAUUCUUUUAAUACAUCAUAUAUCUCAAGGGCAGCGUACUGAAAGGCUGUGAAGACAACAUCCAGUUGGUAGUGUGUCAUCCACAAGAGACCAUGAGAUCAAGUUUAAGAGCAUGUCUCUAAGCCAGGUUAUAAAAUACCUCCAUUGUUCCAGAGGGAUGUAAGACUAACAUUAUUAUAAGGCUCAACCCUUAAAAACUUUUACAGAUCACUCAAUGACAACAACCUAUGAAUGCAUAUUUUCUUAUUAUCGCCAUGAAAAUGACAUCCUCUUUGCAGCUGUGUAACAAGAUGAGUGUUGUGUCUGCAGAGCAUCUUGUCAGCAUACAUUAAUGUUGCUCCAGACCAGGGCAGGGUGUGGGUAAGUGGGGCAGGAUGGGUGACAGAAGGGCUGAUGCUGGCACUCAGUUCCCUCUCUCUCCCUGUGAAAAGCUCUUCAGACACAACGAGAACUAUUGAGGCACGAAAUUGCCCUCUUGACUUUCCUUUGAGACAAAGUUGAAAAAGGCAGCCAGCCAUUCUGCUGGUCAGGAGAGGAGCUGGAGAGAGGGAGACAGACAAAACAUACUGAGUUAAUAGAAAAAGAAAGGGUUAUUAAGUUUAUUUUGCAUGGACUGAGGACACUCUUGUAUAGUAUAAAUAAUAUUGCAUCAACUAAAAUCUGUGUCAAUGACCUAAAGUUGGUAAAUGAACAAGAGCCCCUGUCCUGUAACGUAUCCUUCCAAAGUGGUAUGUUGGCAGAAAUUUAUCAAAUAAGAUUCAGGUGUUUUCUGGAUCUUUAACUCUGACAUAAAAAAUUAUGGCAAGUACCAUGACCAAGAAUGGUAUUUAGGUUCUUUACAAUCAAAGUAUUCCCAAAUAUUAUAAAGUCGUCUUUAUCUUUCCAAAAUUUAAGAAACUUACACACAUAGUACUACUUUAAAAUGCUCAAAAGUUGUGAUAUAUAGAGCCAGAGGAGUAACCUCUUGAAUUUCUUUUUUCUUCAGAAAAAUCAAUAUUUCAAUUUUAUUUUAUUAUGUGUUAUUAUGUUUUAUUUAAACAUUUCCUUUUUUUUCUUGUAAUACAGUGUUAAUUAGCAUAAUCUGGAAUAUACCCCUUUUUUAUUAAUCUAAAAAAUGAAAUGGACAACUUUACUAGAAAUGAGAAGUGACUGUAUUAUAUAUUUAGCUUUGUGUGCGCGCACACACACACACACACACACACACACACACACACACACACACACACACACACACACACACACACACACACACACACACAAAACUGCUGAAAUAAAAUGUGGAGAAGCAAUAUCAUAGUUCCUUUAAAUAGCCUUAUCAGCAAUUUGGCAUUGGACCUUAAACUAAAUAUAUAUUCUGUGGAAAUUUAAAAGGGGUGGUAUCAUGCUUUUCCACAUUUACAGUGGAAGUUACAAAGUUUGGUGUCCACACUAGAUGUAUGCAACAUUUCCUUUUAGAAGGUAUAUGUAUGUUGUCAUAAUCACAGAAAAUAGAUGUAAACUGUUGAAAACGGGACCUUGUGAGAAAACUCAAGACUAAGUAGUUGCAUCAGCAUUACAGUCUCGACUUACUAGUUCAUGUGAGCUUCUUGCACAGCUGAAUUGUGAGGUGAAACCCACAGUGGAGCCGGGUAAGGCUGCUCUACUGAUUGACCACAAUAGAGGGGGUGGGGCCAAACAUUGAGCCAAAACAAAGCAUUUUAGACAGAGGCUAAAAUAAUUAUAUUUUAACACACUACAGUGAGAAACACUUUUUAGUCAAAUUGUACAUUUCUUGCUUUAUUGCUGAUAUUAUUACUGAUAAGGAUCAGACUUAACCAUCAUGUCAAUCUUAUAAUUGUGUGAUGCAUUUCUCUCAUGUCAAUCUUAUAAUUGCGUGGUACAUAUCUUAUCUAUAAGACAUUGUGCCAUAUUUACAAGACAAAAUGAAUGACAGUCUUCUGUAAAAUUGAUUUUUUUUCUAGUUGAUUUUAUGUUAGGAUUGUAAUAGCAAGUUCUCGUUCUCUUUUUUGUCUUCAUGACUGUUUAAGAAUUUCAUUCACCAGGAUGUUAUUGACUAUACAAGAGAUUUAGUGUACGUGGUGUCAAUAACUGUUUGGUGUCAAGUUCCCAACAGUUGGAGGCUUGAAACAGAGAGGCUAAAACAACUGCAGCAUGGUGCUGGCAUAUGAAUAACAUUGGGACCAAAUUAAUGGUUCACCAGUCUGUUGCCAUGGCAACCUCUUGCUUUACACAUUUUGGGUGCUGACUGGUAGGGUACCAAACGGCACUUCUGCUCUCUCUGUGCCCUCUCAGCCCUGCUAUUUGUGUGUGUGUCUAGCUGUGUAUUGCAAGGACUCUGGACUUCCAGUUGUAGUCUCUGCAAAGAGAGGGAGCAUUCUCAGCUUCUGUCUGCCUGUCAUGCAGGUAAUUCAUGAUUUUACUACUUAGGUAGAGUGUGUCUGUGUGUAUGUAGAUUUUAUGUUUGGAUAUAGAGGUUAAUAGGUGGACAAAAUGCAACUAUUCUGUGUUUCAAAGCCAAUAUUCAAAUCAGAAUCUGGUUUAUUACCAAGGACGUUUGAACUUAGGGGGAGAUUGGUGUUUUGGUGCUUGAAUGAGCACCAAAACACAAUGAGCACAGCAUAAGGAUAGAUAUAAAAUAUAUUCUAUCUUCAGAAAGGUAAGACUGUGGUUUGUGCAGGUGGUUUACUCUUCUGUCAUUUUCAAACAUGGCAGACUGCUGUGUCCUUUGACAUCAGCCUUUCAGACAAAUGCUGAGGCGACCAGAUCAGUCUAGCUGUCAUCACUGCUGGCUAGCUCUGUGGAUGUGACAAGGUCACUGUUUACAGUGCCUGUACUUUGUGAAUGUGCCUUUUUAGGAUUCAAAAAGGACUUAUUUUGUCUCCACUUCUCAAAGGCAGCUAUAUGAAGAACCUCCAGAAUUACAGUCAGGUAUGCCCAUAUGGAUUUUCUCUUUUUGGGCAGUGUUUUUGAGCUUGCUUAUAUAAUCUGCUCUGGGGGCAGAGUAGCUCUACUGUACUGUACUGUCGACCGUUUUGCUUGAGUUUUUUGUAUGACCCUCUGGGAGUUUUUUGUGCUGUGCCGUAGUUUUAAUUAAAAUAGGUCAUUUUCUGGGAAUUGAAACUCUUACGUAACCAUGAAAGACAGGUUACCUCUUCAACCUCUUCUCAAGCAAAGACGCUGUUUCUGAAGCAGUUAGCUUACUGAGGAAAUGGACGCAUUUGACCCCGGUAUUAAGCUUUCAGGGAUGUUGUUUGUUGUCACCACUAAUAAUGAUUUUAAAAACCUCACCUAAUGAUGAUGAGGAACCCAGUUGACGCUCUUCAGCUUUACUUUUAUUGUUGAAGGAAAGAUUUUGGCGUGAAUAAGUGGUUCACGCUUGUUGAACUUAGCCAUUUAAAAUGGCUUCUUUGAGUUGGUGAGUGGGUUGUGUUGAGUGUUCUCGGAAGAUGUGUGCACAAGUGUGAGUGUAAUUGCAUGUGUGUAUGCCAGCCAGCUUGUUUGUGUUGAUGUGUGGGCGAUGCUGGAUAGAAAAGAGGUACUGAAACAGCAGCCGUAAAAGCUUCACACUGCCGCCUAAUCCUGCAUAACUACUGUUACUAUGCAAAUGAAAGCUUUGAUUAGAGCUCUGCAGGCUACUUAUGGCAUGCCAGGAAGCAUUUGAAUUAAUCUCAACAUAAAGACAGGAAGACAAAAUGCAAGCUCUUAAUGUGAGACAAAGAAAUACAUGUCGGAUAAACAGAUCAGUGUCACAGACUCAGCCCUCUCUUGAAUUAGUCUGUUUGUUCUUAGUUUGUAUAACUAUCUAUCUUUUCAGCUCACAUGACUGUCCUCAUUUAGCCGUGGCUGCCCACCAGUGAUGCACAACCUGACAUUGUUGUCUCCCUUUUUUAACCCAUUUCAUCAUACAUACAAGUAUUGUCUUUGAAGAGUGUGAAUGCUACACAACCAACAAGUGUCAUUCAUUGACUUUCAUUCAAGGUUUUGCUUUCUGCAAGCUAAUGUUGCAUUUCAGUCUCAGCUCUAAUGGAGUAGAAACCACAACCUUGAAUAGAUAGAAGGGACAUUGUAAAUGGCAUCUGCAGUCAGGCUGCUGGCCAUCGACUGCAAGCACACAGCUGAGUUGCAGUCAUAAAACAGCCUACACUUUCUCUCUGUGACUUCAGUGGUUUGAUCUGCUCUGGAGAACUAUUGUUGCAGACCCUCUGUCUUUUGCAUAUUCACUUUUCCUAUAAAAGUAACAUAUGAAAAUAUGAUUUCUAUAUUGACUUAUGAUGCAAUGUGUAAUUUCAUUGAGAUCAUUUGUAGUUGAAUAAAUCAGAUGAUUUCAUUUUGAAUAUUGGUACACACAGUUUGUUUGGCUGCAGAUGAGUUAAAAUGCAUGAUUCAUUACUUUUGCUUGAAACCAAACGUCUAAAAAAGGCCUAUUAUAUAAAUAUAUUUUUAAAACUGAUAAUAUUCAAUGCAACUUUUCAAACACAUUUUAUGAAAUUAUCCUUGGAAAGCUGCAAGCUCUGUGUUAUGCAUAUUGGUGUCUCUUAGUAUAGGAUAGUCACUGUCUUGUGUAAAGCAGAGGAAUUUAGUUUAAGUAUCUAAAAGUAGGACAACAACAAGUGCAUUGAAAGAAUGAUCUCUUUUUAUCUCAAACUGUUCAGUCUCUCAUAGCUCCAGCUUCAUUUUUAGCCUGCGCUUGUUAAAUGAUGCUGGGUUUCCAUGGUGACACUCAGCCUCCAGCAGCCAAAGCAUCCCCUGCAGUUAUGGAAACAAUUUCAGCUGCCUCACACUGGCUUUCAUUUCAGGUUCAUUUCAAACCCAGUUCAAUGGAAUAAAUGGAAGGUGAUAUUUUCAAAGUUAAAGAAAAUGUGUCUGUGUGUGAGUAUAUAAACAAUAAUAGUUGACCUUAAAACGCACAUCUGAAUCACACCUUUUUCUAUCACCACACAGGUGUUUCACAGAUUUUAACCUACUUGGUAACAGUGCUCUGAGUACGACACAACUUUUCCAACCCAGUCUUGGGGUUGAACUCAAGUUGAUUACAUUUAUUACUUUAGCAGCCUCCUCUAAACAACUGUUUAAUAAUGUCUUAAAGUUGAUUUUACUGUGUGUGUGUGUAUGUGUGUCUGUGUGUGUGCAUAUGUGUGUGCAUGAUGGUUUGUUUGAACUGUUGUCCAGAGCAAGUGUCAGCACGGAUUGUGCAGGAAGUCACAGCAGAGGCAGUAGCAGUAUUAAAGGGAGAACAGGAGACUCAAAGGCUGCCAUCAGGUAAUCAGCACACACACACACACACACACAGGCACACUCACACACGUACACACACACACACACACACACACACACACACACACACACACACACACACACACACACACACACACACUUUUAUACUUGAAAAAGCUCACAUUCAAAUAAUUAUUGGUUCUUCUUUGGUUCUUCCUGAUAGGUCUUCAGUCUUAUUAAUGACGACAUGCCAGCAAGAAUCAUAAAUCUAGUCAGACUAAACAUUGUACACUCAGGUAAACAAGGUCUGCAGUUUGUAUUAUUGAAGGGAAAGCAUAUUUACAAAAAAACAACAGUAGUCAGGAAGCCUAAACAAGCUUAGCACAAAGCAGUUACAAAAAAAAAAAAACUAUCUUAGCUAAAGUUGAACCUAAAUUCAAAAUAUCAAACUUUCGUAUGCAACAGAGUGUCCAACUGAGCAGUGCAGCAACAUUGCAAAGUACUGAAAAAAAAAAAUAAAAUAAAAAACCUUGUAUUGAAAAUAGCAUAAAAAUGUGUUUCUGGGUGCUUUGCUGUUUUCUGAGGAUAGAAGAGUACACUACAUGAGGUUUCUGUCUGCCUGAACUAACUCAUAAACUUUGAUGGUAUGGGCUGUAUCAUUCUAAAGGCUGGGUGAAGCGGUGAAAACACACAAUAAAGCGUUUCAAAAGACAUUUUAAAAAUGGAGAAAGAGACUGAAUAGUAUUUAUUUCACUAUAUGGAAUCAGCUGCCUGGAGUGAUUUCACUUCAGUCAGAAGGGGAUGGCUCUGACUUAAAGAGAAUUUAAAGAAAAAUAAGAUUGUACAGUGAGAAGGACUCAAUUUAACCAGAUAUCUGACAGCAAAUUUUCAUUUCUGCCUUGAGCAGGGGGCUCUAUAGAAAUGUAAGUAUCAGGUUUGAAUGAAGAAGAAAGAUCCUUGACUUUGACUUGUUUGUAUUUGUAUUCAAAACAAAUAAAAACAGAUGUUUUCAGAAAAAAUCAAUGAAAAGCUCAUUUGUAAGUCUUACUGGUUACUUACUGGGACUGGAAUGUGAUUGAUUUUAAAGUAAGGUUAUAGCUCCUCUUUGUUUCUGGUUCAUUUUUAACAUGGGAACAGUUUUUCUUCAGUGUUGGUUAAGAACAUAUUUUUGUCCUAUAUCUACACGUGUCUAAAAAUUUUCUGCCAUACUUUAAACUUUUUCCUCACAACAUGCUGAUAAUGAUACAAUAUCCAUUAUUUUUACUCCUGACAAUGUAUGAUGCUGGUCUGUGUUCAGUGACUUUUUCUGCACCAGUACUGUAGAAGACUGGUCGUACAUUAGUUCGUCUUGUUGCUGUGGCACUCUUACUGGUAUCAUAUUGAAAUGAAAAGUCUGGAAGCAUGACUGGCUUACAUUAAAUUCCUUAGUAACUACUGAGCGUCUUUCUUUUUCUUUUCUUUGUAGUUGAAGACACCACAAAUUUGCCCCCUUCUCCUCCACCCUCACCUGCUGCAGAACACUUUGGUCCUCUGGAACAAGGUAGGCCAAGAAUACAAAGACUAUGAGGUGUAUUAAUUGGAGUACAUCUCUGAUGGAGAACAGUGUGAUGACUGAUACUUCUAAAGAGGGCAGGUUGUCUCCACAUUGGGGUACUGAUGUGGCUCUGGGGGGUACUCUUAUUCCUACCCAGGACAGGCACUACUUGUAUGGGACAAACCACAUAUUUUAAAACUACAUGGGUUAUGAAAAAGCAGGAACAUGUUUUCCAUUUUCAGACAUCCAUUCCUUCUUAUAUCCUACUUCCUCCUCAUCGUACUGAGAACUCAACUGAAAGAGAUACAGUUUGUAUCUUUUCUGCAUCAUCAUCAUUUUUUAUCUUUAAAAGAAAAAAAAAACUCAAUGCAUGACCACCUCACUCCAGGUAUGCUCUCUAUUUAUUUAUCAUCCUCUUCUUACAGUCCCCUUUCUAACUUUCACACACUUCCCUCUCCUCACACACUAACAUGACGGCCACUUUAGGUAACUCUUGCCUUCCGCUUUGUCUCUUCAGUUGUGUAUUUAGUUUUGCAUGGUAAUCAUGUUGCGUUUUCCUUUUCAUUGUCCACUGUCAGUCUUUUUUGUGUGUCCUUUGCUAUGGCUGUUGAUCGGAGAUUUAGUCCUUCGGGCACUCAUUUAGGACACGGCUGUGUCUUAAGGUGAAAGAGAUCUAGAGACUUUGUGGCUAAAAUGGCAGCCUAGUAAAAGAAAGUUAAAUGUUAGGGAAAUAAACUGAUUGUACACACUUAAGAAAUACUGUUUCCAUCAAGCUAAAGCUAGUUAGCCUUGCAGGGCUCAUUUGACUAGCUUGUGUGUGAGCUUACCUUCUGAGAUGACAGGUUAUAAACCAUCUCACUUAUAUGCUACAUUUGGGUCCUUUGUUUUGAACCAGUGUUUUCAUUGUGCAGAUGCCUGCAGGAAAUGACUACAGUGUUGUGCUAUCUCAGGGGUCGGCAACCUUAAACACUCAAAGAGCCAUUUGGACCAGUUUCCCACAGAAAAGAAAACACAGGGAUCCACAAAACCCCUUUGGCAUCUAAAAUGAAGAUAACAUUUGCAUAUAUCAUUUUUUUUACCGUCAUAAAAAGUUGCAUUUAUGAAAUAAAUGAACUGCUGCAGAGAAAAAGAAAUGUUAUUUCUGCAGGCAAACAAAAAUAUUUUAAACAGUUUGAAAUAGCCUUAAAGACCACUUCAAUGAAAAUCAGGUUAUUCUUGUUGUAUACAUGCUCAUACAUAAUUUUCCAGAAGCUACAGGACAUAUCAUAAGUAACACAAGAGCGAAAUUGCAUCUCUGAGUAUUCCUGCAUUCAAAUCACAGUGAGUCACUGGCAGACCCAAAUGGUAGUCUCAGAUGCAGGGAGAUUUCCUACUUUACAACUGCAAACUCCGCCCUCAGAGCCCUGCUUUGCAGGCCACUCUCGAAGGAAUAGAAAGGAUGAUCGCGCAACAAGCGUGUGCGUUGAAUAAAAAACACAAUUUCACUGAACAAUGUAAGACACUAUAUAUUUGCAAAAUAACAGCUGAUUAAAAUGUGAAAUUUACUUGCUUAAUGUGACUUUCGCUCCUGAACCUCAGCGCACAGCAUCUCCACAUCCAGGCUGUGUGACAUCACAUUCAUCUUCACACAGGUUUUCCCUAGUCAGCAGUUAUGAUGCAAAUUUUGAGUGAUAAAAAUAUUGAACAUGGUUUAUUUAAUGUUACAAGAGCAUUAUAAUCUUUACAUUUAGAAUAACACACAUAAUAAACUAAACUAAAAUGAAUUUUAAUCAAAUAUUUAUAAUUUAUUUUCCAAAUCCACAGGGAGCCGCAGCUUAGGGGAGAAAGAGCCGCUUGUGGCUCCAGAGCCGCGGGUUGCCGACCCCUGUGCUAUCUCUAUGCUUGAUAUUUGUCUCUGUGUUUAUGGUCAGUUUUGUUAACAUGGUGAUACUCAUAGAUAGUCAAGCAGAAGGUGAUAGGGUUUUGUUUUCUUGAGCAGACUGACUAGUACCGAGCCAGAAGUUGGUUCUCCAAUUUCAGACCUUGACUCAAGCAACACUUAAAUCACACACAAAUUUAACUGGAGACUUGACUUACUCCUCUAAGGAUAGAUAUUUGACUCAGACUUGGCAAACAAGACUUGUGCAUAAUCUUUUCAGUUUGUAUUUUUGGCACAUUAAGUUACAGGCUAGGUAUUGAUACCUCAUUUCAUGGACUGAUACCAUGUCCAACACAAAAUAAAGGAUGUUGGAUCUACCACCCAAUUAUACCAUUAAAGGUAGCAAACAUGUCAUCUACAUCAGAUAUCUAAUAUUUGCUUUGUGGGAUUAUUGUUUGUUGGAUUAUAUUCUGAAUUAUCUGCUUGUCGGUGCUGGAUUUGCUGUGUCAUGUCUCUCAAUUUCAUCCAUGAUACUGCUCCCAUCAUCUGUAAGCAAACUUGUUAAACCUACAGCGAACUGCUGCAAUGUUAAUUAUCAGUGUUGACUAAAGGCAAAUUAAGGUUCAAUGUUAACCACAUGACGUCAUAGUUACUAAUUUGGUUAACAUUUCAUUGCAUUUUGGUAGUUUGUUUAUUAACAGGAAAAGGAUCAAUGUAUGGUGACCGCAGGUUUUGACAAAAGAUUGGGACCCUGAGACAAUGGAUAAGACCAAAAUGUAAAGCAGAGGGAUCAGGGCAUGAAAUUAUUAGUUUGAAGCUCGUUUAAUGGUUUACAGAUGAUUUAAUUUCAUAGCCAAGAAUUAGACCCUCUGAUUUCACAGUUGGUUGCAGUUUCAUGGCAGCUGCAACUAGACAGAUAUUCUAAUCAGGCUGCUCUUUGUUACAAAUAAUACUGCUUGGAUUCAUUUUAAUUUGAUCAAGGUUGAAACAUUAGCCUGGUUUACUGUUGUGAGUCAUAUUAAACUUCACAUUGUCGUUCAUGAUAGUCAAAACACUGGUGCUUUUCUUUUGGCAUUUUGACACUACAACACUAAUACAUGUCCAUACUGUGCUUUGUUUUGUGUUUGAUUUGUGUCUGACAGCUUUUUCAUUGAACUCUUUGUGUCUGUUAACAUCUUUGCUGUUUCUCUUCUCUCUUUCCUUUGCUGGUGAGCCAUCAAAAUGGAACAUUGAACAUUGAAUGUUAAAUUGAAAAAAUCUGUCAUAUUGUUUACUGAUUUAAAAGGCUCAGGUAAAAUCUUCUGCAACAGCGUGAACAGUGUGAAAUGUUACGUAGGAACAGAAGGUCCUGUUCUUAUUCAUGUGCGUAUGUUGCUUAGAGCAUAAAUGAGCUGCUGGACAGUUUUCAUUGUUUGUGUAGAUUUUGUAGGUCAAAGACAAAGAGCUUAUUUAUUAACAUUUUGAUAGUGUCAUGCAGUAAAGGUGAAGCACACCUUUUCUUUCAUCUCGGCCACCUGUGAAUUCUUCAUCUCUACCUCUUUCUGACAAUAAAAACCUGAAUGGGGUUUGACUUCGACUUGCCCGUCAUAUGCUUAAGACUUGGACUUAAACUUGUCAAAGAAAGACUGGGGACUUGACUUUUGGGCUUACAAAAAACGUAGAAGCUUAACCUGACUGAAUUUUUUUGUAGUUGUACUUUGACUUUUUAAAGUACACAACAGUUACAAUUAUGAUUGGUUGGCGUGUUUGGUUGCAUGCAGGUAGGGCUGUCGUGGUAACUGCCAAAAAUAAACUACCAUGGUACUAACAAACUUACUGCUGAGUAUGGUUGGCCGCUGUCACAACAACUCUGGUACCCAAACCAAAUGCAGCAUUUUUUUCCUUUAUGAUCCCUGUAGAAUGAUAGAGCAGUAAGAUAUACUUGCAAAAUCUAUUUAAAAAUUAAUGGAAGUUGAUGAUAACAUUAAAGCAUGCGUCUUAAAUGAUUCAAGUCCAGUAAAAGGCUUCAACCAAACAUUCUAUUUUCGUGCCUCGCUGGAGACGUGCCGCAGGCGCGGUGUAAGUCAGCUCCGCCACGCCGACAAGGCGUUCCCAAGCACAAUUUGGUAUUUUGGUGAGCGGCGCAGCCCGGCGUAAGUAUCCCCCCUCCCUGACUCAGCUCCUCCCAGCGGCGUAAGUCGUAGAGAGGGAGGAGAGAGGGCAUGGAGUGGGUUUAACACAGCCGAGACCUGUUUUCACCAAUCACAUAAGCUCCUUGCCUUUGAAUCCACCACCGGCGAGGCGUAUUACUAUUUUCAUGAAGUAGUCAAAGAGAUCAAGAGAUGUCUGAAGACAGUAAUGCCACACGAUGGUGACAGAAGGCAGCUCCUCAACAAGUGUCACUGUAAGCGCUGUAUUGGGCGUCCUCCACAGUCUCUCAUAUGAGCACAGAUGGAUUUGGUGUGUGUAAGUUUGGACCCACUGGUAAGACAAACACCCUUUUCCACAAAUAAAGACACUCACAUAAAGUUGCAUAUAUUCAAACCUCACGUGGCAAAGGUGGGUUGAGCGCACAGAUCACAACAUAAACUCCAAAAAUGGCAUUAAAAUCAGAACCAUCUGUGGCCUGGCUCUUUCUUUCAUAGAUGUUGGCAUAUAAAAUAAAUUUGACUCACAAAACUGAAUAUUAUAAUAUCCGUAUGUAGGCUUAAAGUAAAUAACUCAUCUGAGCACUGAAACAAAUCACCUGUUCAGCUGCAGCAGGACGGAGAGAGGACAUGGAGACAUGUCCAGGUCGAGCUGCGCGAGAAAUAAGAGGAAGAAAGAAAGGGAGGGAGACAAAUUAAAUAUCUUGUUAACUUCAUCAUGUGUGUUUAUUUACUAGACAUUUAAUUCAAUCUAAUGCGGUUUCAGCUGUGUAGAUUCGGUCAGGUUGUGUGUCCAAACGCGUGCCAAACGGGCUCAUCAGAUCAGAUAUAGAUCAGAAUAUAUCUAUAUAGAUCUAAAUGUAUGUGCUGACUCAGAUUAAUAGUUGUUGUUGUUUAUUUAUUGCACUGAAAUGUGUUUGACACUGAGGAAACCUGCUGGUGAGGCAUCGGUGACGUAUGCCGAUAUGCCGCCGGUCAACCAAAAUACCACUAGACAAGCUGCGCUGAAAGCUGACCAGGUUACAAUCAGCGAGCUUUCAGCACACUUUACACGCCACUGGCGAGCACGAAAAUGUCACUGCGCCUGCUGGUUCUGUCGACACCUCCCCCUGCCACGCCACCACGCCCAGCUUGGCGGAUCUCGGUUCGCCUCCGUGCGCCUCAGUCCACGAAAAUACCAAACUGGCUGUACGCUGGGCUCCGCCAGACGAAAAUACAACUGCGCGGGGUCUGCCACCCUCCGCCGCCUCACCGGUGUACAUGAAAAUAGAGCCCAUUAUCUCUGUAAAUCUCCAAAGACUGCAUGAUCUUGUUUAAGUUGUCUGUGAUCCAUCUUGUGAAGGCGGGAUUUGAAUCAGUCUUCAGGUCGGAACCUGAGCAAAAACUGGCUCUUUGGACUCUACAGCUGGUUUUUGUCCUUUUCAACUACCACAUACUCCUAAUCUUGGUGUAGAUCUUGUCUGCUGCCACAGUGCAGUGUUCCUACAGUAGAUUAAAUAAUGAUAAUGUUGGAGAAAUUUUUUACAGGAUUUAAAGGUUCUGAUAUUUGUUUUUCAAAUUCAUGUCUAUGUAAGUAGUUCAUAAAAAAGAAACAGCAAUAAUAAACUGUUAACAGAUAAAUAGAACUGUGCAAUAUUAACACAAAUUAAGGUAUUUGGGCCACCCUGAAUCACCUCAGAAGGAAGUCCUUCACCACGGCAGCCCUCGAUGCAGAGUUUGGUACAAGUAUAGAGAUUUGUUGAUGCGUGGAAAAAAAACACCUCAUUGACUGUCCUACUACCCCAGCUGCUGCUGUACCAGUGCUCACACUGUUUUAAGUGCUCAGCUACUUCUUGUCUUGAAAGUCCUUUUUGAGGUUGAAUCAUUCCUGCAUAAGAACUAUACCAUACACAAUGUUGCAUACUAAUUUAUGUACCUCAGAGUAUGGCUGGCCCCCAAAGCUUUGUCAUGUUUAAGUUGCUUGUCAGUGUCUCUUUGUCAAUGUCCUGUGUGUUGAAUCUCUCUUGUUUAGCCUUGUCCUCUCCUUUCAUACCUCUCUCUGGAGAUUUCCCUGCCUAUAUUGUCUAUUUUAGAGUGUUUUUUUUUAUUUUUUUUAUUUUGUGUGAGCAUUUAUCUUCCCUUUCCCUUCAAAAAAUGUCCAUGAUUAAAAGCCUCCUAAGGAAGUAAGUAAAUAUAUAUAUAUAUAUAUAUAUAUAUAUAUAUAAAGGUUUUUUCAAGGUUCAGGGUUUGUAGGUACAAAAGGCAAAGGUUAUUGAGAAGUUAAAUCCUUUUUGUUAAAAUAAACGUUUUAUGUCAGGUACACGUGAAGGGAAUGUAUUCACAUUCGUCUUACUUGGACUCAAGGAUGAACUCGGAUUGAACAGAUUUGUGCGGUCAAAGGUCUGGGUCAUGUGAUGCCACCUUCUUCCUAUUCUUGAAAAUGCAAAAUCAUAGUUACAGCCAAGAGAAAUAUUAUGCAAGCCCUGCUUCAGUGAAAUACAGUGCACAGUCCUUAAUGCAUUGCAGAAGUUGGCUUGGGGCUAACUGUGCUCUCUUUUUUAAGUUUUCUUAUCUGUGGUUAAUUUUUUUCCUUGCAGCGUGCCAAAAACAUAUGUGAGCCACUGUUGGAGAUGCACAGAUUAAGCAAUUAGAUUUAGGCAUACUACUGUGACCCAGCUAAAGAGUUACCAGAUUGACCUACAGGAGGCAUAGCAGCCUGACAUCAAGUUAAAGUCUGUUGAAGGCUGAAGCAGGAAUCUCUUUGGAGAAAAGCAGGCAAAAGACACAAUGUGUGUUGAUUUAUGAUGUCUGGCAAUUGUAAAAUGCCAAAAACAAUCUUGUGAUGUCAGCUGAAGGAGAAACAGAGGUUUGGCACCUCUCAAUCCUUGGCAUCAUAACUUUGUUUCACUGAUAGGUGAUUUUGAUAGGAAAGUGCGCUCAGAGCACUGUUGUAUGCUCGUGUGUCUUAACUGGCUCAGGGGAAAUGCGUGAAUUCAUCGUGGAAGGCUCGUCUUAGUAUCUGAGUAAAGUUCCCUUACUCACUGUCUUUGUAUGUGCAUCUUAUUUGUAUCUGCAGCGCCCAUGAGGACAUAACAUUAUAGUUGAGUCAGCAGGUCCCUGAUAGGCUGCAGCUGUAGGACGGGCUGUUUAUACUAUAUUUAGUCAACUUUAACAUGGACAUUCUUUGCUGUGUUCUCCAUUUUCUUUUAUUUUUUUCUUCUAUCUCUUCUUUUUUCUUUUUCUUCCUCCUCACUCUCUCUUUCAGCCCCUGUGUCCAGAUUUCCCUGCAGUUCUUCUCCUUGUGUCUGUCUUGUUUGUAGAUGUAGGGGAUGAGGAGGAGGCAGGGCCUCUCCGCCGCUUCCAAAAUUCACGGGAGAGGUGCAAGUUCCUCGCCCCCUCCAUCUCAGUUUCCGUGCCCGAGGACGACCCCUACCACUCCGACGAGGAGUACUAUGAGCACCCAUUGUUCAGCCCAGAGUGGACGCACUCGGGCUCUCGCCCAACAGGGCAGGCCGUGGCCUUUAGACAGAUUGAAGGUGAACCACGCAUGGUUCCUCUUUGUCAUUUCCCCUCCAUUCCUCUCUCUUUGACUCUAUUUCUUUCCUUUCUCCUUUUAACGAUUUCCCCUCCUUUUCUGUGAUUUGACCUCUUCUUUCCAUCCCUUCCGUCUCUCCGUCCGUCCGUUCGUCUCUUCGUCCGUCUUGUGUGUGGUUUUGUGUCCUUGUGAGGUUUGUGUUGCUCUAAAUCUGAGCAAUUUUAUGUUUGUUUAUCAGUCAUCUUUCUUUAUUUUGAAUUUUCACCCAAAGCCAUUGCUACCUGUGAUUGCCAUGCCAUUUAGCCCAAGUCAUAGCAGUAAGUCUUUAAGUAGGACAACAAUUUACCUUGUGAUUCAUUCAUUGUGAUCCUCUCAAUGGAUGUUAUACACUACAGUUGUCAUCAACAGGACCACACAGCCAUAAAGGUCUUCUGUUGGGACAGUGGUUCAGGUCCAAAUGGCUUUCAUGAACUUCCAAGAGAUUAGGUGCAUAACCAAUGAAUAGCAUGCACAUAUUUCUCUUUUCUAGUCAUCUCCCAGAGAUGCAUUUUGGUUCAUUCCUUAAGAUGACCAUUCCCCCCCUUCCUUAAGUUGCAUUAUGUCAAACCACGUUCACCAGUCCUACACUACUCUCAUUUUCAGAGUGUUGCCACAAGAAAGACUUUCAGCUCCAUGCAUACACAAACACAAACACAUUUAGACACUGUUCUUUGUAUUUUUUGAUACAAAACACAGGCUUCUUUCUAUUCAAAAAACAUCCCAAACUACAAGAAAGUAACCUAAAGCAUUUUUAUAGUAACAUAACACAAAUAUACAGCCUAGCCAUUUGAUGUAUCUGUUAUUACUAACCCUCAAUUUCCACCACAUGCGGAACGUAGUAAAAAGGCUGUCGGCGCAGUUUUCCAUUUAAGUUAAUGUGUCAAUUUCCACCAGCUCAUUUCCAACCCCUGGCAGUUCAGCCGGCUUUGUAGUCGAUCGCUAGGUUUCUGUUUUCUUCUGGACGCCACAGCAUGCCUCAUGAAUUCAGCACAGAUUAGCCCGUGCUGGAUAGGAAGUUGGGCACAGACACAAAAUAAAAACAUCCGGCCUCUUUUCAAAAUAAAACACUACGUGUUUCAUGCAGAUCGUAUUUCACACCAUGCAAACGUGUGUGUGUGGUGGGAGGGACAUGUCAAAGGUUUUCAGACUUCAUUUCACCCUGUUGACACCAUGGAUGAGGAGAUGCUGAUUCUAGAAGUCUAGAAGUGGAUUUCCUCCCCAGGAAGGACACAAUCUACUGCUUAUAUGGUUAUGUGGCUGUCUUCAUAGAGACAACUCGUUAUCGCGCUAUUGCAUGUGAAGCCCCAGGUUCUUGUGUGUUUUUGCGAUUCCUGCUGUCUGAAAUCCACCAUGAAAUUUUCCCACAAACGCAUCCGGUAAGAAUUGGCGGACAGCGAAAAUCACUGCCGUUCCGUAGCACAGCAGUUCGUAUACGGUGGAAAUUUGGGGUUAGGCUGAGCAGUUUCAGCGUCAGAUAAAAAUAAAAAAAAAUGUAUUGCUGUCUUCUACCAGAACAUCCUCUAAUAGAAUUUUCUUCUUCUAACUAGUCUUAGUGAACGCAACAAUAGAAUAGACUAGUCUUUAAAUUGCUUUUCCUGUCCAUAUAUUUCUACCAGCCAUGCCUUACGCAGCUACAUUUUGGAAUAAAACUUUACUAACCUACACAAGAACUCAGAAAGAUAUGCAGCAAUGGCUGCUGGUGAGCAGAGCUGCACACCCCCACAUUGACCAUUCAGUUGUUGAAAAUUCAGUCCGUGCAUGUCAAAUAUAUGAAGGCGCUCCUCUUUUUACUUUGCUGCACCUCAUCAUAGCUGCUCCUGAAGAGCAUGAAACUCAUAAGUGUUUCAAAUGUGCUUCAACAACAGCACAAUUUUAGGCUGCGAGGUGUUACCUCUUCUUUUCUGUUUCAUUUUCUUUGAACUCCUUCAGUCAAUAAUGAUUGUGGGUCAUUCCGGGUCACAGUCAGUGUGAAAGAAAGACAGAAAAAAAUCUGUUUAAAGCAGGUGAUUUACUUUUGACUGAGAUGUCAAAUCAUUAGAUUGAGUGAUUAAUCCAAGAAAAAUCUCAAGCAAGACUCUAAAAGUAUUCUUGUUUUCUUGCUUAGUUUUGUUGCUUCACAAAACACCCAAAAGCAAAAAAAUGAUACAAACCAAUGUGAAACACACACACACCAGUCUGUACUAUAAGUGUAAUGUACUUAUGUGUGUGAACAGCAAGUGCACUUUAGGUCAUCUCUCCCAGAGCUGAAAGUGUCCCAUCAUAUGCUGUGUUCACAUAACCCAAGUCUGUGUUGCCUGUAGUCUUGAUGUGUCCCCCUCUCACCCUGUCCUUGAGAAGAAGAGACCAUGGAGGCUCUUACAGCUGAAUACGAGGAGGAGGAGGAGGAGGAGGUGGAAGAUGAGGAGGAGGAGGAGAGUGCAGAAGCAGCAGAGUCCGAGACAGCUCUUGAUGAGCAGCAGUGGAGCGGGGAAGAGCCUGAGCUGGACAGCCCCCAAGCUGAACCCUUAGAGCAGGCAGAGGCCAUAGAUGAGGCCCAGGAUCUAGACCUGGAGCCAACUGAAGCAGCUAGUGCUGCUGCAGAAAUCUCUGAGGAGGAGGAGGAAGCAGAGGGUGAGGAGAGUCCUGACACAGGUGUGUCCUGCCCUCUGCUCUCCCUGCCUGCAUGUAACUUCAUUGUUUCUCUAGAGGAAUGUCAGAUGUGUCAAAGAAACCUUUAAGCAUAUGACAUAAGCAUUGAAAUCCAAGUGGAAUGGCAAACAAUCCCCCCUGCGCUCUGCUGUGGCUGCAAGGCAACACAGGCUUGUUGGUGAAAAGAGUCAUAUUCCUUUAACUUAACCUGGUUCUGUUAUUUUCUAUAUUUGCACUUUUUUUCUUUUUUUUUUCUUAAAUGUGUUUUUGUUGGGGCUGGCCAUUAUGCAUUGUAUGAUGUAGUGCAGUGGUGCUGAAUGUAGCGGUUCUUUGUUCUCCAGCUUUGAGCUUACAGGUUUCUCAUUAUGUUCACAUAUGGCUGUAUGCUGCUAUGUAGUGCAGUGUUGAACUUUUUUUUUUUUUGUAACCACGAGCCAAACUUGCCCAAUCAUACUUGAUUUGUGACUGUAUUAUUAUCAAAAGUAUGUGUCCAGAAUAUGCAAGAGAUUUGAUGUUGGCUGUCUCAUAUAAAGUAUUGGUGUAACCGUCUCAUCAAAUACAUUGUCCCUCAGCCAGUUUCAUUGAAAGUGUACGGCAUUUCUCUGUCAUUCUGCGGCAGUAUUCAGUCCACUGACAGUAUUUUCCUUAUUUGCGCUUACAUUCCUUUUAAUCAUGAGUAUACUUAUUAAAAUCCAAAUUUCCCUCGUGGUUAGAGAAAGAAUGUAAAACAGGAAUUUGAAAAUUGGAAAUUCUCAAAAUAUUUUUAGAAAUAAGCAAAGAUUGACAGAAAUGCUAUUUUGUGUGUUUUGGAGAGUUGCAUGGAUAUCCAUCCCAUCUACUAUUGUUUUGUGUUUUUUUACUCAUAAAUCAGCAUCACAGCUUCAUGCCGAUACGCCAUAUACCAUGCCAUAUUUUCAUCUGUCUGUGACUUGGUGGAUCCCAUAACCUCGCCGUACUUCUUCAGUGGUGGCCAUAUCAGUGUGCUGUAAGUUUCUGAACAGAGCUUUGCCUGUUUCUGUCCUGAUAACAGCUUUCAAGUUCCUGGCUUUAUAAUUAUUCCACUGACAGCAUGGAAAAGCAUAACUUUACUGUGGUGGUCAGAACAGACAACUUACAGAUGUCAUUUCAGCUUUGAAGAUGGACUUGGACAAGCAGGGCAGUGACAAAAGUGGUUCCAUGAGCCCAGACAGCAUUGGAUCAGAGAAACGUCCAGAGGAGUUUUAUGAGCCCCAGGUCCAAGGGUUUUUUGCUGGUGAACGAGUGGUACCGGAGAGCCCCACCAUGGAUAUGCCAUCCUUUGUACCUCCUAGUGUCCAAAACCAAGCCAAAGAUUCUGCCAGACCACUAACACUUCAGCCGACAUAUGGUGAGCCAAUAACAGUGUCUGAAAAACAGCCAUCAGUGGAGGUGGUAGAGAUCAGCAGCAUUGGUGCUCCCUCUGAUUUCUCUUCAAUGGGAAGCAAAGUUGAAGGAGCAGAGCCAACAAGAGAUGCGAGAGACCGAUCGGGCAUGUCAGCAUAUUUCGAAACAUCAGCAAUGGAGGUCGAUGAGGCACCUCAGUGUAAGGGGGAGGGUUAUUAUGAACUGAGCAGAGCUGGUGAAGAGAAAGGCAAAUGUAGACCUCAUGACAUUGACUCCCACACGGUGGCUGAAUCCCACGAUAAACCUGAAACUAAACAAAGCACAGAGGACAGUAGAGUGUUUACAGUUCCUGACCGGAGCAGUGACUGUAGGCUUUCUCCGGGUAAACUGGCCUUGGAGCAGAGGAGUUACUCAUUAAAUAUCACCAUUGGUGCAUUGGAUCAAAGUGGCCAAGGCAAACCUAGAAACUUCUCCCCACUGGCCACAGAUAUCAUGUCCUAUACAAGUGGGAGUCUAGAUGAGUCAGCAGACUACCUUCCAGUAACUACACCAUCAGUGGACAAGCCUCCAUCCUUCCCUCCCUUAAUCUUGGAGACAGCUGCUUCUGUAACCUCAGAUUCAUCAUCUCCUCCAAGAACCACAGAGGCAAUUUCAAAAACCAGCCCUGAACCAGAGUCACCAGAAUCUCCACAGCCCCUUAAAGGUGCCGACAAAAACGGCUCAGUAAUGGCACAAGACUUGCCUGAAAUGCUUGACCUUGCUGGAACACGUUCCAGACUGGCAUCAGAAAAUACUGAACCAGAAAUCAUACGGAGAAAGUCGAUUCAGGCUGAUGCUCUAACCUUCACGGAUGACCUGAUGGCAGGCCUAGUUUCAGGAGAGCAGAGUCCUGGGGCCCGAAAAAGUGAUGGUCAACUUGAAGAGAUGGGAUACUGUGUCUUUAGUGAAUAUUCAGGGCCAAUGCCGUCUCCUGCAGAUGUGUUCAGCCCUACUGACACUUCUGCACAAGUCUUUACCCCCUCUGUCUUGGAGGAGAGAGUGGCAGAGCAGGCCAGAAAACUGGCAGUCAGAGACAUGUCAGUGGAGGACAAAAGUCAGCCAUCUGGCGACAUGAACACCUCGGAAGAGAAAGACCAGAUACAAGUGGAGAGAAAAGGGUCUACUGAUGAACAGGCCAUGAAGUUCGUUGAUGAUCAGUUGAAUAAAACUGACAGUGCGACCCCCACUGUCCAGCCUGUUGAAACCUUUAUAACGCCAACAGUCACUGUGACUCUGGAAGAAGGUGGGAGGUCAUUCAGUGACAUUGAAAGACAAGCCAGCGGUGAAGGCUCAGCAUCAGAAACGGAGAUAGCUGAUUAUGAGAGGCAGAUCCGCAAACUAGAGAUGGAGGACAGGCCUCUCAGUCUGGAGGAGGAGCGGGAACUCCAGGAGCUCAGAGAAAAGGUGAAGUUGGUCCACCAGGAGGCUUAUGAAGAAGUGGAUGCAGAAGAUGUGUAUCAGCUGACUGGUGUGGCUAAGGACCGCAUUGCCAGACCUGUCAAGACUUCACCUACUUCAUCCGUGGAGAGUAACAUUGACGAUGACAAACUGCUGUCUCCAGUGCUCUCACCCUCCAAACUUAAACAAAGAGAAGUAUACGGUUCCCCCAAAAGAACACCUUCACCUGUGCUAGGAAUAAACAGAGAGGAAAGAGAGAGGGAGUUUUUAGAAAGAAAAAAUACUGAAGAGAAAGAGGCAGCCGACAAGAAACUGAAAGAAGAGGCAGAGAAGAAAGAAAAGGAACUGAAAGAAAAAGAAGAAAGGGAAAGGCAAGAAAAAAUGGAAGCAGAAAGGAUACUAAAUGAGGAAAGGGAAAAGAAGGAGAAAGAACAAAAAGAGCAGGAGAUGAAAGAAAAAAUUGAGAGAGAAGAAAAAGAGAGAAAAGAGAAAGAAGACAGAGAGAGAGAAGACAGAGAACAGUUGGAACAAGAAGAGAGAGAAAGGAAAGAAAGAGAAGAAAAGGAACUUAAAGAAAAACUAGAAAAAGAGCUCAAAGAGAAGGAAGAGAAAGAAAAGAAGGAGAAAGAGGAAAAAGAAAGGAAAGAGAAAGAGGAAAAAGAAAGGAAAGAUAAGGAGGAGAAAGAAAGGAAAGAGAAGGAGAAAGAAAAGAUAGAGAAGGAGCUGAAGGAGAAGGAAGAAAAAGAGAAGAUAGAGAAGGAGCAAAAAGAGAAGGAAGAAAGAGAGAAGACAGAGCAGGAGAAAGGUGAGGAAGACAUGGCUGAGAAAGUAGGGGCAGCAGUUGAAAAGGAGAUCCCAGAGACUCAUGCUGCUAUUGAAUCUGUGGUGACAGUUGAAGACGAUUUUAUCACUGUGGUUCAGACCAUUGAUGAAGCAGAAGAACCGGGUCAUAGUGUUCGUUUCUCUGCUCCACCUGAGGCCGAGGCCCUUGGUGUCUCAGGCCAGAAAGAGGAAGAAGAAGAAGAGGAGUCUGUGGAGUUUGCCCAAGAAGCAGACAUAGAAGCUGCCAGUCUUGAGGAGGUGGGUGAUGUUCCUGAGACCCCUGCCUCCCCAGAGAAGGUUCAACCCAUAGAAAGAGAAGAACCAACCGAAAGCUACGACAGAGAUGAAACCACAAUUGACGACUCUAUCUUGGACAGCUCUUGGGUUGACACACAGGGUGAGAACUCUGAGAUCGGUUGUCUCUUUACAUUGUAUGUUUUUCCUCUUUAUCUGUGACCUGCUUUUUAAGACAUAACAAAAUACUGUCUCAUACUUGUCCUCUUUUACCACACUGCAGAUGAUGAUAAGAGUAUGGCGACAGAGCGGAUUGAACCAUUGCCCAAGAUGUCCAGUCCAGUUAAAAAACCUGCUGUGGUGCAGGUCAAGCAGACACACCAGAAGAAGAUAGAAAAAAUGGAAAAACCAGUUAAACCAAAGGCCAAAGGAGGGCGACCAAAAGGAAGGAUCUCCACACCAGAACGCAAACCUGUCCGUAAAGAGCCCGUCUAUAUUCCAAGAGAGGAAGUCAGGAAGAAAAAAGGUUCCCAUGAUUUUGUUUUUACUUUCCUUUAUCCUCUUACAAUGAGGCAUUAUCUAUGAAUGUUGCAGUUAAAGUUCUGAAUAUUUUAGCUCUGCUGAAAAUCUUAUGUGAUCAUUUGACUUUUUUAAUGCAUGGUGUAGAAUGAAUGGGACAGUUGGAAUUAGGGCAUCUGAUCUUGCUGGUUAAGCAGUGCACAUUCUGGGAGUUCAGAGAGGUGCAGUAUUCCAAGAGGUUUAAGUUCCUUAAUUAUUCAAGGAAUUUCCCCCUGUUGGACUUAUAAAGGUAUAUCUUAUCUUAUCUUAUCUUAUCUUAUUCAAAGGUUUGUAUUGGCUGUAUUCUAAAUCAAACUAAUCGGUGCGCCCCUCUAAGACUCAGGUGUGUCUCCAAGCAGGCGUUUUGCUAAUGACACAGCGGGUUUCAGCUUAGACUGUAUAUAGAGUGGACUGUCUGCCUCCUCAUUGGGUGAAGCCACCACAAGAACAGCACCCUCUGGUGACAGGCUGCAGUAUAAGUCAUAAAUCCCGCCUCCUCCAGCAAUCCCUAUGGAGCAGUGGACAAACUUUAGAAAUUAAACAGGAUAUAAUUUUUUUUCUCCCCCCUUGUCUGCGAUGUUGACAUGUAGUUAUUGUAAGACUGGUUUGUGCUUAAGUCCUCUUUUUUCCGUACAGCUCCAAUUUUAAAAGUUAUCAGGGGGUUUAUGUUUUCUAUGAUUGACACUGGAUACAGCCUAUGGGCAUACAGAGAUUUCGUAGCUCUCCUAGGGGAUACGCUGUUUGAGCCAAGCGUCAUCACAGCGACUCUCCCGCUGAAUGCAUACAACGCUACUGCACAAGUGGUGAAGUGAGUUCAACACAAUUGCGCAAUGUUGGUUUCGGGAAGUAGAGAAAAUGCUGAAAAUACCAAGAGCAAUGUGGCUUCAAAUUCGUAUAAUGACGGAAGGCAUAACCAAGUUGUCCAUAGUAUACACAGUCUAUGGUUUCAGCCUUUAUGCUUACCAGUAGACUAGGCUCAGGCCAGCAACAUAUUGAUUAUGAUGAUUAAUGUAUACACUGAGUAAUUGUAAUGUUUCAAGACUGAGUUUCAGCACAAUUCAGUAUUUCUUUGUCUCUGCUUUUGACAAUAAACCUUUUUUUCCUGAUAAUGUAGCCGUGAUUAGGAAGACCGAACUCACCAAGAAAUCAGAGACUCAGACCCAGUCUCCAUCCAAGAGAAGUGCCAUGAAACCAGCUUUCCGUCAGACCAGACCCACCCAGCACCACUCCUGUCCCAGAAGGAGAACCACAGGUGACAUUCUGCUACAAGUGUUUUCUACAGGAAAGAGCCAAGAACACAAGUUAUAAACCAUCUUUCUUUAACUCUCAGCUUCAUUUAAGUUUUCUCAUCCUGUUUUGUUCUUCUGUUGCACUGGUUUGCUUUUGUCAUAUGUGAGUGUCUGUUUGUUUUUAUCACAAUAAAAACAUUUAUUCUGCUUCAUUUGUUUUUGUGCACAUUCAUUUUGUUUUUGAAGAGCAACUUAACACCCAACCAGAAGCAUUCCCCUCUAAACAGGCAGGUUAGCAAAAACGUUACUCUUUUUUUAUUUUCGUUAUCAUUUUAUGCUUUUUGUACUUUGAUGUUUUAUUCUGGUAUCACCAUGUUUUGUAUAUUUAAUCCACAUCAUUGAGUUGUUUUAUUAUGACCUUUAUCUGAUUACUAGUCAACAAAUGCAAAAAACAAAAACUUGUCAACCUCCAAUUAAUUGAAUAAAUUGAAUAUUUAUCCUUGUGGUCGCCAGGCAACUACCAAGUCGGGUUUUGUUCUAAGAGCCUGAUGCUAUAAACAGUCUGUAAUGCUGCUUUGUCCCAGGGGCACUUUGCACACCAGUUUCCCCUGACGGACUGAAUUCUGUGUCACUGAUGAUGAAAGCUUUAGUACGCUGCUGCAUUGCCCCAAUUAGAUUAUUUCCAGGGUUGACUUACGUAACACAAAAUCCCUCAUUCUGUGUGAUAUCUUGCCAAAUCUUUACAGGGCAGUAACCUGCUCCUACAGAACAUUCAAUUUGUCAUGAGGUACCAAAUACUAUUCUUGUGUAGGUCAUUUUUAAGGCUGUCACAAGUCUCCCUUUAGUUUAUGAAGGCCAGAGUGUGCGCUCUGUCUGUGUGUUGCUGUACUUCUGUAAGUCGGAUUCUGUUUUUUCUUGCAGAGGUCCUUCCAGACAGUCGUCAGCCCCUCAGUGUUGCCAGACAGUCUCGUGACAGAGCAUCGGUGAGUAUAGAUAUCCAGCAAUACGAUGGCAUGACCUCUAGCACCAAUAAUUACCCAUAUAGUGUUACUACAUCGAAGCUCUGUAAGCUUACAGCCUAAACUCAGAGUGAUGAACAUCAAUCAGCAGGACGAAAUGCUUCAGGAGAAUCCUCAACGUGUGAAACUUACUACUUUUCACCAGGAAACACAACUCUACAUCUGCUGUCACUCAUUUUUUAAUUUCUUUUUGAUGUCUUUUGGUGUGAAGAGUUUUAAAACAAAAGACAUUAACCCCUUGCUGCCAAAACUGAAACAAUAAACAAGUUGCCUCUCAUUCCAACAGUUAAACAAUAAGAGAUAUGUGAAUUGGGCAAAACAAUGAAGACGUUAUCAUAUACUUUUGAAUAUUUAAAUUUGUGAGGUUCAAGAGCAACCCAACUCCAGUCCAGAUAAAUACAUGAUAAACAUUCACCGGCCACUAUAUUAGGUACACUUGCUUGUUAACACCAAUUGCUAAUCAGCCAAUCAAAUGACAGGAACUCAGCCUUGAGAUAGAUGAGCCACAGCCGCAGAAGACCACACAGGGUGCCCCUCCUGUCUGCUAGGAACAGGAAACUAAGGCUACAGUUAACAAAGGCUCUCCAAAACUGGAUAAUAGAAGAUCAGGAAAAUAUUGGCUAGUAUGUCUGGAUUUCAGCUGCCACAUUCAGAUGGUGGGUCAGAAUGUCUGGUGGUGGUCUAAUGGUGUGGGGGAUAUUUUCAUGGCCCUUCGUACCAACUGAGCAUCGUUUAAACUCCACAGCCUACCUGGGUAUUGUUGCUGACCAUGGUCAUCCCUUUAUGACCACAGUGUCUUUUUUCUGAUGGAUACUUCCAACAGGAUAAUGCACCAUGUCACAAAUCUCAAAUCACCUCCAACUGGUUUCUUGAUCAUGACAGUGAGUUCAUUGAACUCCAGAGGCCUCCACAGUCACCAGUUCUCAGUCCAGUAGAGCCCCUUUAGGAUGGGGUAAAUGAGAGAUUCACAUCAUGGACGUGCAGCCGACAAAUCUGCAGCACCUGUGUGAUGCUCUCAUGUUUAUAUGGACAAAAAUCAAGGGAAUAAUGCCUUGUUCAAAGCAUGCCAUAAAGAACUAAGAAAGUUUUAGGGCAUAAUGGACUCCUGACCUGGUACUUGCCAAGUGUACCUAGUUAAGUGGCCAGCAAGUGUACUGCCUCCCAUUUCUAUGACUGCAAUAAUCCUAGCAAGAAAAUUGUGCAUCUGUUUCCAUGAAAGCAACUGUUGGUUGUCAUUUGAGUAUGAAAAAUAGAUAUUGGUCAUUUUGUCUUUGCAAAAGGUUCACUAUUGUUGCGUAAAUUGAUCUGUGCAUGCACAGCGAAGAUCCACUUAGAAAGUGUUUUUUUCUUCUGAGUGGGUGUUGAAUCACCCAGUGACAUUUCUUCUGCAACUGUGGUCGUGACUCCAUUUUACUCCUCCGCUAUGGUAAUGACAAUUAUUGGGUCUAAAAUAACAUAGUUUCUACGUUUCUUAAAUGUCAUGUCACUGCAGAAUACUUCAGGUGCAUUUUGUUACUUUGAGACCGUUUUGUAUUUCAUAUUUUAUUUACACUCUUCCAACAUCUGCUAGUAAGACUUGUAGUGUGAUAUGCCAUCCUGCAUUAGUGUUUGGAGAUAUGUAUAUUUUUACACCUUACUUAAUUUGUAUCUUGAGGUCAUUCAUUUGUUUUGUUUUUUUAAUGUUCAUACUCAUGUAAGGUUGUUACAUAGGUCUAAGUCCUCACAUGUCUUUCACAUCUCCAAAAAUCAUUCAUCUUGUCCAUCAUGUCCUGUGUGUUGGUAACAUAUGCAGUCACUUCUGUUACCAUGUAUGGACCUCAUUGCCAUGUUCUCCUCAUCAUGUCAUCAUUUCAGUGCCAUUCCUAUCGUUUGCCUGUAACAAAGAUACCCACCUCCAAAUUCAGACCGGCCCCUCGAUUAGACAGACCUCGUCCAUCCUCAUCAGAGCCUUCUGGCUCUCCCAUAUUACAGAGAUUUAUAGCAAAGGUAAGUUAAUGGAAGAACAGCUCUAUAUUUGUGUUACUUUACUUAUUUUUGCCUAUUCAUCUCAUCUUUGUGACAUGACUCUGGAUGAACUCAAGAAAGAUUUUAGUUUUUACCCAGUAGGUCAAGAUUCUGCAUGGAGUGCCCACAGUUCCAAACUGUAAAAAAAAAAUGUUUUUUUUUGCACACAAUACAAUUAUCUUGUGUGCAAAAAUUAUUGUCUUGAAUUUGUUUUCCUGUGAAAUGAAAUGUCUAAAGAAAAUUAUGCUCUCUUGAGAUGAAUUUAGAGAAUGGGGAUAUUGUGCCUUAGAGAUAGCUAGACAGCAACACACCUUUUGUCCCUGUCGGUCCAUUUGCUGUGUUUUGUAUGUAAUGUAUCUUUAAUAAAGAUUUUUUUUUUCUUACAAAUGCAGUGUACUCCCUAUCCCCACUACAGAAAAACCAGCACAUCUUAUCCAGAUAUACCUCAGCAACACAGCAAGGAAGCCUCAUUUAAACAUCAACUUGGAAUCACACACACGCACCCACCCACACACACUCUCACACACUCUCACACACUCUCUCACACACACACACACACACACACACACACACACACACACACACACACACACACACACACACACACAGUUGUUAAGUCAGCUCUGAGGCUACCUGGGUUUCUUGUUUAACAGUAGAUCAAUUACAGCCCUAGAGUUAGCCUCCAGUUUAGAGUUCAGAAUGGCAAUAUGGAAUAACAGGAAACUGGACUGGUUGGUGGGGGAUACAGCUCUGUGGUAAAAAUUGUAUUCGAAAACUAAUCAGAGCCUCACAGGUCUAAGGAUCUACCUCUGGUCUCUGGUUUUGUUUUUUUUCCAAACAGGAUGGUGGCUCGUGGAGUCCUGAAAAGAGAUCCUCUCUGCCGCGGCACACCUCCAUAAUAAGUCGCCGUGGGUACCACGAUCAUGAAGAGAGUUCAACCUCCAUCACUAGUUCUGGUUCAACAGCUCCUCGUAGGCCAACAUGUAGGCUGAAGCUUCUGGCAUCCUUCCCAAAUUUCCUCAAAUAGACUGAAAGAAGAACUAGCACCAAGCUCAGUUUUAGGCCUAAACAAUUCAACCCAAAUCACAGAUGCUCUGCAAUUAUGAAAUGAAUCAUUUUUAUCCUUAAUCAGUAAGAGUCACAUGCAAGUCUGUUUAAACUGAUUUUACUACCCAGUAAUUGCUUUGAAAAUGUCCUUUGAUGUAGUUUUACAAUGACUGGGAUUUAUAUUGUUAUCAAAAAAAGCAUAUGCACAAUGAGCUGGUUCUUCCUUGGUUUGAUUUCAUGUUUGAUGCCGAUUCAGCCGAAAGCAUGUCAUGUAACUCUUGAACAUCUCCUCUUUUGUCUCCUGUAGCGUUUCGCACAGAGAUGAGGGCUGAGCAUAGGACAGGAAGAGCCCCUAGUAUGACAGGUAGAGGAAUUCCUAAUACUUUACAGGUAGCAGAGAAGAGAUUGAAAGUUCUUUCUGAUUAUGAUUUUUUACCAUUCUAAAAAACUCUGGCAGUAUUUCCUGUCAAUGACAAAACUAGAAUUUUGAUAUUUUGCAUGAUAUUUUAGUGCCGGCUUUCACUCUUGUAUUCCUCUCCAUCAGUCACAGAAUCAGUGCGCUCUCGCUCCGCUCGCAGUGGACACUCCACACCCCGCACUCCUGGCUCCACAGCCAUCACCCCUGGCACCCCACCCAGCUACUCAUCAUCUUCAAGGACCCCCGGGACCCCACGCUCCCUUAGUUUGUUGUCUCAGGAGAGGAAGGUGGCCGUGGUCCGCACCCCGCCCAAGUCACCUGCAACGACACCCAAGCAGCUCCGAAUCAUCAACCAGCCGCUGCCUGACUUCAAGAACAUCAAGUCAAAGAUUGGCUCCACAGAAAAUAUCAAGUACCAGCCGAAAGGAGGACAGGUGAUGCUCUUUCCACUUAACCUCUCUGUUUUGCAACCACUCACCAUUCAAACUCACAUUGUCAUAUUCUGAGGUAAACUUAUCCAUAUUACUCCGUCACCUCUCUUUCUCACUUAUUUCAUCAGUGAUGUUUUAUUUAUUGAACUGUUUUCUUACUUGUAUCAUACAUAUGAAUUUUUUUGUCACAAUUCCCUUUGUUUAAUGCACCUGAGCUUUCUUCUGCCUCCAUGUCUGCUCCAUGUCUAGUUCCCAUGCUUUCUUGCUUUCUCCCAUACCCCUCCAGACAAAUUGUCCAUUUUUUACUCCCUUAGAAAUCCAUAUCCAUUUUUGGGUGUUGAUUGUCAGCCCUUUCUUGUAAGUUGUUUAUGCCCCUUCUCUUAUUCUCAGACUUUUACAUUUCUAGUUGAACAUACAUAUAACCUUGCUGUUUCCCUGUUAGGGAUGAACACCCUUUCAGAACAGGCAGACUGCAGAGUCCUGUCUGCUGCUGUUGUCAGUACAGUGCCUGUCUGGGCAGUGUCUCAUAUAUGUUGCUUGCAGCACUUUUUGAACAGUUCAUCCAAUCAACUUUACAUUCACCCCGGAUCCUCAGUAUCAUUCUCACCAAGUAUUUUUUAGAAACCUUAUGUUCAGGAUGAAAAAAACAGAUCUUGUCUUUAAAAGUCAGAGUGCUAAAGUAAAUAAAAAAGUGCAAGGAAUCCAGAGUGAGAAGGGUCUGGAUUUAGAUUUGUUGUGUGGCAAGAAAGAGGACUCUACUGGGCUGUCAGUGCUCAUAAUACUUUCUUUUGGCAUCCUCUCAUUUCAUAACAUCCAUAAGUACAGAUGAGUCUCAUGGAUCAGUAUCAGUAAUGCUGAGAAUGAAAGUUAAGUCCUAAUACAUCAGAAGUGUUCUGGUGUUUCGUCUUACCCUAAAAUUACAUAACUCUGAAGCCCGGGUUGAAAAAAUAGAAACAUGACCUGGCUUUGACAUCUCAGUGUGUGCCUCAAGUGUGUGCAGUAUGUGUCCCCUUAGUUUUCCCUCGGCUCUGUUAACUGGGGACAGCAUUUAGUUUGAUGAAAUCUGCAUUCCACAUUGUUUUUUCAAGCUGCAGAGUCUACACAAGUUGGGAGUGUAAACUCUACAGUCUGACAGUUAUCAUGUUUCAGCAUAUCACAUCAGGACUUCAACAAGAACGAUAAUAAAAACUGCAGUGUGUCUGCAGCCAUCACCCCCUUACGAGCCCCCACUGAUGACCUGAUUAGGAGUUCAACUGCUCGGCUGGCAUCUUUACGACUAGCCUGCGCUACUUUGUGCAUCCAGCCAAAAUGCCUGCCUGUCAUCUGCAGGAAAAAAUGGCCUGAGCGGAGUUGGUGUGUAAGUUUGCAGUUGUGUUUUUGUUCAAGCAUGCAAAUGUGUUUAUUAUCAGCGUCCCUGGUAAAUUAGAGAAGGGACUGCAACAUGGAAGUCACUGUCAGAGUUACAUGCUUAGGACAGAUGAGGUUACGACUUAUGUGGUUUAAAUUUUUCUUUCUCCCUUUUGCACUUUAUUCUUUUUUUUGUCGUCCUGAAUUCACCGUAGACACUCAGAGGAGGUUGCCUUGGAAGCAAUAGCAGAAAGUACAGAAGCCACGUUGAAGGAAAUUCGUGCUGCAUGGAUUAAAAAGAAUUAAUCCUCAUGCAAAAAGCUGCAUUUAUUACAAAGUUGUUUGAUAAAUUGGAAAAAAUAUUCCUCGGUAAAUCAUACUUUUUUUCAUACAAAUUUGUUUGCAUGAUUUCCAGAGGUUGUUUAAAAUUUGAUAUCUGUUAGCUUUAUUGAUUUAGAUGGCGGCACGACCAAAUCCCAAAUGUAUGGCAACAAGCAGUUUGCCACAUCAAGUUGAGGUUUUGGUAAAGUGUGUCAGUGUCUGUUUAAGAGAUAAGAUAGAUUGAACUGUUAUCAAAUCAAGCCAUGCAUUUUCACUACAGUCAACACCUCGAAUUGGUUGUAGUAACACUAAUUAUCAUUUUGGCUCAAAAUCCUUCUCUGACUUUACCCACGGCCCCACAGUGGGCGUGUGUGUGGUUAUGCUAGUGUCACCCCUGGGUGUGUGUAGGUGUCUGCUAUCAGAGCCAAAUGAAUCAUGGCAGCUUUGUCUAAACACAAGGGUGAAUGUCCGGGCAAACCGAUUGUCCUCACUCUCCUUGUUUUCUUUGGAAACAAAGCCGCCAAACAGAAAGUUAAAAUUGAAUCUGUCUCUCUCUCCCCUAAGGUGAUGACUUCAUCUUUCUCUGAUUAACAUGACUUUAUUAGCUUAAAGGCAUACCACGUUUAUGUUUUAUGGGAUUCAGAAGGAUUUGUCUAGACAGACACCAGAUACCUCAAGGCUGCUGUGUGUGUCCCAUUUGCUAAUUUAAGCAAAACACUUCAGAGAGGAAAGAUAAUUUGAAUUACAAUUUUCAAACAAUGAAAUGACAAAAAAGAAUUGUUCUGAUAUUUCCAUACAAUAUGUUUUGAUGCUGAUAAUUACUUUCAGUUUCAUAUUCCUUCUGUUAUAUCAGGGCAUAAAUUUAUUGAUUAAGGCCUCAAAAGAGAUAAAACAUCAAAAGGAUAUUCUGACAUAAAAUUAAGUUAGGGUCAAACACACCGUAACACAGAGUUAGACACCCCGUUGAGAGAUGAAUGUUGCCAACUGCUUGCUUCUCUUGUUAUACCAACUUUAGUAAUGACCGCACGAUAGCAAUACACAGCAGUCUCAGGAGCCACAAACAAACCUCAACCAAAACGCCACUCUAUAGCCACAAAUAAUGCUCAGAACAGCACCUAACUUCAUCAACAGUACAUAUAGGGUCCUAGCCAUAGUACUAGCCAUCAAACAUCUUUUUAACUUUGCCUGAUUUCUUUAGCAAAGAGACUAAACACAACUUACCCACUCUCUUCCAGCAGCCGUUUGUUUGUCUUGAGACCUUGGGCCAGUCCGUUAUGGACUACAGCGGGGUGACGCAGCUCAAGGAGGGACACUUAUGAUCAUUUCUUCAUGGAAAUGCAAUCAGACAGAGACGCUAAGGCAGAAGAACUACCGCGUCUGCAGUGCAAAAUGAUUAAGAUGGUGAUUAUUACUUCAAGGAAAUGAUAAAGUCAUGAUGUUGAUUCAGGUUCUCUCCUGAAAAUCUGAAAAAAAUAUUAAGGACGAUUCUCUAAUCACAUUGCGGAAAACAUUUAUUUUAGUUAUACAUAGGGGAUUGAUCUUUGGAAAUAUCAAGUAUCAAAUAUUGUUUAUCCCUAAAAAAGAAACGCAAAUUUAUCUUAUGAAAAAUUUUAUCUAAAUCAUGUUAUUUGCAUAAUGACUAGAACUGACAGUAUUGCAAAGCUAUUAUCUUAUCAAGGUAUACAAGUUGUUUAACUGCAUGUAGGACGUCAACUCACAGAGCAGGUUUUCAGAGAUAAGCUCUGCAAACAUAGUCUGACCACAGAAUAUUAUCUAAGACCACCAUGUCUGCUUUCUGCAUACUUGUUCUUAUUGAGAUAUUUGAGUGUGUCCACAUGGUUGAGUGUCAGUCAUCAGUCAGUCUGCUGGCAGACAGCUCUCACUCAGAUGGUGCUGAUGUUGCCGUUGUGCAGAGAUACUCAGCUCUGCUUGUCUAGAAAAUCUCUCAUGUCCAGUCAAAAGUUCUCAAUCUUUGCGCCCCUUUUGAUAGUGCAGCUGUGGUGUGCUGCUUCCUGAACAGAGAGCUCACAGAGACCUGGUGCAGCCCCUGAGAUUUACAGUAGUUUAGUGGCUUUUACCAGUGUUUUUUUAAGCUCAGACAGGGUGAAAUCUGUGGAGUAGUGACAGUUUUCACAUAAUUGCAUUGUGCUCCUCUCCUGACCUUUGGUAGUUCCUGGCUGUGUCAUGGUGCAUGUAGUUCCAAUUUCCAAGCAGCUGCUGAGAGCCCCCUCCCCUUCCUGACGAUAGCAAGCCUCUGCCCGGCCUCUAACCUGUCCAAUGAUUGUCCUCGUAGAAACACAAGGACCAAAAUAUGCCCUCAGGUGCCAAACACAAGGUCUCAUGGAUCUGGCAGUCAGUGCUACGGCUCAUCUCGGUAACUCUGUGUCUUUCAGCGGUACAAAGUGUGACCUGGACCAAGGACCUGCUGGUACACCUCAGCACUCUUAAUGUUGGCCCCACAUGUCUCAUCGAGUUUAGGAAUACGUGUGCCAGUGAAAUAAUUAAUGACCUUUACUGUGCUGAACUUCAAUCAAUUGUUAAAUUGUUAAGACUAGCCUGGAUUGAUUCAAUUUGCAUUUUAAUUAGGAAUUAAUAAAUAAGGCAAAGAAAUAUUGAAUGGAAUAAUUAAAUUAUUAAUUUUAAGUUCUGCUAAGUUUUCUUAAUAUGAUUAAUUGAUAUUUUAAUGUUUAAUAUUUAACUAGCUUAACCCACAGAGCGGUCAGAGCAAUCUUUUGUCAUUUAAACUGAAUAUUUCAUUCAGGUUCUCACACACCUUUAGAUACAAAGAAACUCAAAACUAGUGGAUAUGAUAGUCUGAUGCACAACUACAAUAAAAAAAAGUUCAUUACUCUUAAGUUUUAAACCUGCAAUAUUCGUGCUUUACUGAGUAAGGUCUGCUUUUCUAAAUGGAUGAACUGAUACUCUGACUUCAAAGUAUAAGGUUCCAUUCAUGAUAUCAGAGGCCCAUGCUAUGUUUGUAUGUCUCCAUAGAUUCAUAUUUUAAACAAGAAGCUGGACCUCAGUCAUGUUCUAUCAAAAUGCAGCUCCCAGGAUAAUCUGAAGCACAGCCCACGUGGAAGAAAUGUAUGUACCCUUCCCUCUUGAAUGUUCUGUUUCCUCCCCUGUGAACCUCUGAUGGAGAAAAAGAGAAAGGACCAUCGUGACAUUUUAGUUGGUUGCCCUUGUGUAAUUUUUCUGUUGUGGUACCUACCUGCUAGCUGGAUGGUCUUGUAUCAUAGCACCUUAGAUUGUCUCCCAUUUUUUGUUGUCUGCAGUUUUAUUCUUUCCUUAUGCCAAACAGUGUCUCCCAUUCAAACUGUUGUUUUGGGAAACAAAAAGUUACUUUUAAAGCUUGGUAUUUCUUCUUUUUAGCACAUUAUUUUACCCACAUGCACAUGAGCAGUGAGUUAAAUCUCAGCAACUGCUCUGACAGCUUCUGGCUCUCGCCACCUUCUUGCUGGGAGAGCACUGACCUUGGUGAGACAGAGCAAAAUCACCAAAGCCAUAUGCUAACAUAUGUCUCUCAUGCCUUCGAGCGAUACUUUUACAGCCCAACCCAAACCAUCCUACAACAGUAAUUUAACGUAUGAUUGCAGAAUGUUGAAACAAAGGAAAAGAAGAUGUUACAAACUGGACCAGCUCUUUUCUAGCCUCUGGUAUGGAGUCUUAUAUCUAGGUCUUUAUUCUCUUGUAUUUCUUAUAAGGUUUUUACUCAAGAGCUAUAUUUGGCUGUUUGUUGGUGAGAAGAAACAUGGGUUAAUGAGUAGUUUUAAACAAUGCCUUCUGCUUAUGCCUCUGACAAAUGAUUCAGUUUUAAUAUGCUUUGGAAAUGUGUUACAUUUUCUAAGAUAGUCCUUCUUAAUUUCAGCACAGUAAUUAUUGGAGGCAGAUCUAAUUUGGUCCCUGGAGUACAAUCACAUUCUGCUGUGUUUGGGCUCAUGAAAAUGGGCUGAACACAAACUAAAAAAAGCACAUUACAGUGACAAAAAGUUAAAUUACUUUCAGCGAGUGGAGGAGUUAAGCCGAAAGUAUUUCACUAAUUCAUUUAAUUCCUGCUGGAAAAAAAAGUUUCUACUUUACUGGAAAAGUCCAGAGGACCUGUUCUCUCAGAGGGGGUGGGCUCCGGCUUUUGCAGCCUAAAGAAGAGUAAAUGAAGCUCCAGCUAAUUAUUUUCAUAGCUGCUGGCAUAGAUGAAAUGCUUGCUAAUGCUUACAGCUGACUAUAGCUGAACUGUCAGUUUGAUGUGGGAAGACUGCAGGGAGUCAGACCUGUAUAUAUUUUAUUUGCUGCAUUACCUAUAUCAUGUUUUUGUUAGCUCAUUCAUUUUCAGCCCUAGUCAUGUCUUUGUGUCUGUAAUUCAUAGAGGCUGAAUCAUAUACUUAUUACCUGUUUGCACAUAAAUCUAGAGCUCAUCUGUACAUCCAAACAUUUGACUUUUACCAAGGCUUAGAGUUGUUUGUCAUUAUUGGCUCCAGCAGAUUAAAUAUGUUCCCUACCUUUAUUAGAUCUCACUGCAGACCAGAAGGGUUGUCUUAGAAGAGACUAAAUCAUUAUCUGAUUCACUUCAAAAAAGACCCCAGGAGUAAAUACUACUCUGAGAAGUUAAUGCUUCAUAAGUCAGUCAUCAAAAUAAUCUUUUCCUUCAAAUUUGAAGAUGCCUCUUAUUGUUCAUGACCCUGUUAUACUGUCAUCUAUCGCUAUGAACUGUGAUCAGGUAUACCUCCAUCAUUUCAUUUCAUUUUUUUCCGCCCACUGUGGAAACCUGUUUAAUCCUUACAGCUGUGUUUUGAGUAUAUUUCAGAGAUUGAAGCUUUAAAAGUCUUUCUUUGGUCCUCAACAGUAUCACCCCUCUCCUGCAGAUCUGCUCUGACCUUUUUUCACAAAAUACAAUUAAUAUAAACUGUAUGUCCUUCCUUACCCUGUGUGAUUCCCAUUGCUUUAACUGUGUUGCUGGGGAAACAUAUUUGUUGAUGUUUGUGAAAAGUAUUGUCCCAGCUCUGCUGAGUCUGCUUUUCACACUUGCUUCCUUUCCUUGCAGCUACAGAAAACCAUUUACCAUUGCAGUAAACUUCAAUCACAUCACCAUUGUAACCUAAACUAAUUGCCUAAAAUGUUCACUCCUUUUUUAUGGCCUACUGAGCCUCGGUGUAGGAGGUGAAAAACAUUUAAGCAUUUUUUAUUCCUCAGAAAAGAAAGGUUAUUGAACAGACCUGAGGUGUCUCCUCUUGUGAGACAGUCUAAAGUAGAGAUUUAUGAAAGCUUUGAAAGAUAAAUAGAUAUAUAAAAAGAGCACAGCAUUGUUGACGCUCACACUUAUGCCAUGUAACAAUUUCUCUGUGCUAAAAACUGUUCUUCUAAAGAGAGAUUAUUUACAUUUUUUAUCAUAAACUGUUAUAAAGAUGCUGCAUUUAUUUCUCAGAGGUCAGAUGGAGAUAAAAAGUGUGAUUUCAGAUAUAUCCUCACCUGUUUGCACUGAAUCGUCAGAACAGUUAAAUGACAUUUUACCAGGACAACAGGAGAGUCAUUUAAUCAAGUAUUGCUGCCCAGAUUACAAACUCGGAUCUCUGGGAGAAAAUAUAUUGAUUUGAACAGUGAAACAUUAUAACAUGUUUUAUUAUAUGAUGGCCCUUAGCACUUAAGGUACUGCAAAUUAAAGACAACACAUUUAUAUCGACCAACCGUGGACAGUUUAAACAUCCUCACUAAUCUGACAACAAGUGCAAGACUUUUAAGAAAAUUUGAGGGAAGUACAGAAACAAGCUGAAUGGAGCUCAGAUGACUACAGAAACUGCUUCCACUGGACAAUUAUCUGUAUUUCUACAAGCAUGUCUGAGCUAUAACUAAAAUACAACACCAUUUCAUCUCUGCUACCUGCAGGGUUUCUUAUUUAGUCAUAUAUUUUAGAUGUACCGCCACCUGUAUCUGUGUUGUCUAAUCAGUGAGGUUGUUUUCAUCUUUUGAAGUCUCAGUGCACUGAGUCCUCAGGGCCAUUGUAGUUUAAGAGAUGAUGCUAACAGCUACUUUGAUAUAAAGCCCAAGCCUUCUCCCUCCUCAUUACUGACCUCCACCCCUGCAGGUUCUCAUCCCCAGUGUUAGGCUGGACUAUAGCCAUGUUCAGUCUAGGUGUGGGUCCUUGGACAGGCGGGGCUACUCAGCAGGAGGUGGAAACGUGAGUCUUGCACUGUAAUUCCAUUGUCUCAGUGUGUCUUAUGUCAGUGCCGUUACUCUUUUGUACUGUGGUGUAAUGUGUGUUUCUUUUCCACCUUGCUUUACAGUUUCCAAGUUCAUUGUUUAGUCACUUUCUCAUGUAUAUAGCAGUCCUCUUUAUUGUUUUCAUUCUGCAGUAAGGGUUUGUGUCUGCUACCUUGGGCAGAUUUCGUUUUUUCCAGAAUUGCUGCUAUUUAUUCAGAGAUGUAGCAGUGUGGAGUACAGAAUAUAAGGAAAUUAGGAAUAGAAAAAUGCAACUUUUCAAGUUCCAGUGCAGAUACCUGUGCUUCAACAUGGGCUUUUAACACUGCAAAUAUGAGCCAGUACCAGAAUUGAAUCAACAACAACAACAACAACAUAUUGUUAUUUUUAUUAUUAUUAUUAUUAUUAUUAGUCUCUAACUUCAGAUAAACAUGUUUCAACUCCUGAUAAUGUCAGCUUCCAUUUUUGUUUGUUUGAACUCGUAUUUAAACUUUGACAUGAUGGGUCUUGGGGUGUUUGAUUAAACAGGUUGUGCCAUACUUUUGCUAGGAGUGGUUUAUUAAUGACGGUGUAACUAAUAAACCAGUGAACUCUAAUGUCGUGACUAAAUUUAACUUUAUUUCAUCUUCCACUGUCUACCUGCCAAAUAAUAUCAACAGUAGUACCAACAGGACUCCUGUAGUGUAAUACAGCUGAAGCCUUUUUUAACAGUGAUUGUAUCAGUCUUAAAAAAGACGAAUAAAGGAAAUCAAAAUGUCCUAAUACUCUCAAUCAAUCAACCAAGCUUUAUUUAUAUAGCACUAAUUCACAAUAAGUGCUAUCUCGAGACUAUUAACUAAAAAGACCAGACUCUAUUUAAAAAGACUGAACAUAAAGAUGGGAUCAGACUGAGCCUCAUCCUGUAAGAUCAGACCUUGAGAGAGAUGGACAGAGGAGAGACUGAUAGAGAGAAAUGGAGAUUUUUGUAGCAAAGGCAAGUUUAUGAAUGAAAACAAGCCUUUGAAAGCCGAUAAUAGAUUUGAAAAAUGCUCAAUUUAUAUUGUUAUUAUGCUUUAUUUGUUUAUUCAAUUAUUAUUCCGAAGCCUGAGAAGACCUUCUCUAUCAUUUCUGCUGAUUUUUUGAGAGUUGCAAAAACAUCUUUAGACAAUCAGUUGAGCAAAAGUCCAGUUUUACUACAUUACUAAAAUAUAUCUGAGAAGAGUCAGCCUGCAGCCUGACGUUCACAAACACAGACACAAACCUCUCUAGUCUUGAAGUUCUGUCAUUUUUACCCUGCUUGUGUUCUGCAUGGUAGGUAAGAGACUCUUGGUUUGUAGAGCAGCUGUCUAAGAUCCUUGGUGCUCAUGCUGCUGUGGUUGUUAUUUGGCUCAUAACCUCGGUUAUGCAUUAUCACUUCACUUUCCUGUUGUUUCACCCCCUUAGGUUAGGCAACAGAGACAUAUAUGAAUGCUUACAAAAGUAUAUACAUUCAUCUGUGACCUGGCAAAGGGAUCCGUGACCCAAAGCAUGUACCAGUGAUUUAUCUCAGGAUAUGAAGUGUCCCCUCUUGAUCACUGUGCUCUGUCUAUAUCUCCACUGUUUACUGUCUUCUUGUCAGGUCACGCCUCAGUUUCUUUGGUCACAUGACAGCAUAUCAAAAUCUCUUCUUGCUCUUACUCUCUACCACCUUUCACAGGGUAUUCAGUUGUUUUGAAGUUUAAAGAGGUUUACUUGUGCUAAUCAUGUUAAGUUACAUACAUUGCAUUGAUAUGAUCUUAUUUUAUGUAUUUAUUUUGCUUUAACAGAUUCUAGCAGUUAUCUGCACAACGAAAUACAAGGGCUGUUAUUUAGCAGUCACUGUGGUCUGCUCUUCUUUUUUUGCUUCUUUAUGUUGUAUAAUUACAUGCAAUACGAUAUGAAAGUGUUGGGUUGUGGAUAAUUACAGCCUUUCAUACUAAAUUGAUACCUGAUCAUUUUCUUGGAACAGCAAUUUCACUUUGGUAGAGAUCAGAUAUACUAAACCUCCCCUAUAACUGAGAAAAAGGUACUUUGUCUACAACAUAUGAGCUCUAUAAAAGUUUGCAACCAUAAUUUCAUCAAUAAACUCCGAUGUUGUUUCUUCUGACUUAAUUUCUUUCAGGUGCAGAUACAGAACAAGAAGAUUGACUUGAGCCAUGUGACCUCGAAGUGUGGCUCUCUAGACAACAUCCAUCACAGGCCAGGUAAAAGUGGCCCUGUCCUUGCUGAAGGGGUGGCAUCAAUGUACAUACGGGACAAACUUGUGAAAAGCUUUCUUUACUAAGAGAUAUAAGUCUGAGGUAGGCCAAAUUCAUGGUGGUCACCUAAAUGAAUUUCAUGGACAGGACAGGUAACAAAGUUUUUGACAAUCAAACUGUUUCUAGAAAUUUAAGAUUUGAAAUCCAUGUUAUCGCAGAGUAAAAUAAAGCAGACACCACUUUGAUAGGAUAUCAAUGAGAUCUAAAUGCAACCCCCUGAGUGCCAUUUAAUCCAACCUUCAUUACACAAGUAGUAAACUCCAUUUGGAUUGACAGCCUGAUGGAUCUGUCCUCAGGCAGCUGAAUGUGGGAGGUGUUGUGGUUCCUGGCAGUCGUGCUGUUUUGUGUGUAUCUGUCCUGAGUGUGUAGAACAGGAUGUUGCUUAAUUGUUGUUAAACUGGUCUCUGGUAAUGUGUCAUUUAAAUUCAGGAGAAACCUGUGAUGACUGCUGUAGACCUAGUAGUACCAUCUCUUAUUCUCUGUCUGAAUGUAUUUUUCUGACUUGUAACCUUUGAGCAUACAGCAUUUCACGUUUAUGUCCAAACAAACUCUUCUGGCAGGCAUAUGUUCUUUUGUUUAGGUGGUCAGGUAAGGAUGACUGUAUACUUCUCACCUUUUCUUCUGAACUUCCCACACUUCUCCACAGGGGGCGGUAACGUUCGUAUUGAGAGUGUGAAGUUGGACUUCAAAGACAAAGCCCAAGCCAAGGUGGGUUCCCUGGAUAAUGCUCAUCACAUUCCUGGUGGAGGUCGCAUUGUGGUGAGUGUCAGCUCCAUGCUUCCAUUCCAGUGAAAGGAACACAAGUUUUUGAGAGAUUGUCUUGUUCACUUUGGCAGAGUAACUUCAUGAACAGACAUUUGGGUUACCCUUUGUUAACAUGUAAACUGCAUGUCGACUUAGUGAUCCUAAUGUCUACAGUUAUUUCUCCAAUCUCAAAAGAUGGAUGCAGAGUAUGAAAAACUGCUGAGGUAAAUUAGCAAAACUGGAUAAAUGAGGAUUAUUUAUUCUAUUUAUUUAUAUUUUAUGAUAAUAAUUGUUAGUUCAGUCAGGGAGUCUGUUUGGGUUUUGGAUCCUUUGUCCAAGUUUAAGGGAUGAGAUUGCAAACAAUGACAAUAAGAUCCAAGGUCUCAUUAGUUAAUGGUUGGUUGACAAGAGUUGUGACUCAUAUCAGAUAGUGAAGGGUCAAAGUGUUGGAUGUAUUUCUGUAUGCACGUAUAAAUAACAAGAGUGUUAAAUCAGGUCAAUCUUCCAAAAACUUGUGUUCCUUUUCCAUCUGUGAGGUUAUCAGUUAAGGUACAGUAUAUACGCUGCUGUAGAGGUUUACCUAGACACGCUUCUGUAAGUUCUGCUGAUCUGAUUAAAAACAUUUUUUUUUUGUUUCAGAGUUCCUAGAAUUGAAAACUUUGAUUUUUUUUUUCUUUCUACAAUUUCUAUAAAGCUGACCCACAAAGAUGCAAAACAUUUUCAUUGAUCAUGCGGAUUAAUGGAGUGCAUAAAAAUAUGAAAUGGAAAUAACACAGAUCUCCUUCCCUAUCUUUAAUUCACUUCACUCCACCUCCUCCUGUAGAUUGAGAGCCACAGGUUGUUGUUCCGUGACCAUGCCAAGGCACGAGUAGACCAUGGAGCCGACAUCAUCAUCCAGUCUCCUGGCCUGUCUGGCUCCAUGUCACCCCAUCGCCACCGGGACAGCCACCUAUCAUCCUCGGGCAGUCUGAACAUGAUGGAUUCUCCACAACUAGCAACCCUGGCUGAGGAUGUGACCGCAGCUCUGGCCAAGCAGGGUUUGUGAACAUAGGAUCUCUUGAUUCUUACUCUGCAUUCUGGACAUUUUUACCCUGGUCCAUUCAAACGUUCCUGCCCACUCCUGCCACCCUGAGGCCAUCCUUGGCUAAACCACAGCCUCUAAACAUCCUCACAUCAAGAUCUAUCAAUCUAAGUAGAGACUUGAAUUAGGAGCAAAUGAACUUUGAUCCUCUUUAUUUCCUAUUUUGAAUCCAAAUGUGUGCUGUUUCUGAUUCAUUCUGUUGGCCUCUCUCUUUAUGAUUGAUGUUGCAUAGAAUAGUUCAGCCUGAGUGCUGGUCCUAGUUAAAGUAUUAUUCACAAAGUGGGGGCAAAGUGUUGGCUUGACUGGUCCUGGGCCAGUAUUUUGGAGAAGCUACAGCCUUUUUUUCUACUUUGAACAUGGAGAAAUAUGACCGGCACACCAUGCAGCACGUAUUGUUCUUGCUCAGUAAACGUGCAUGGACGCCAAACCCCUAAUGAACCAAGCAUCCUUUCUGCAAGUCAUUCUUGUCAUCCAAUAUUUAGUAUAUUUACCAAAUAUAUAUAUAGAAAUAUGUACAAAAAAAUUAAAGUUCUUUGCCAUCUACAUGUCCUCAAAACAUUUUAAAAGGAAGUGACAAUAUGGCUAAAAUAAAAUAUACUUGUAAAAUUGCAUUACUGCAAGACCUAGGUAAUGUUAUGGCAAGCAUGUACUUACUUAAAAGAGGCUAUUUUGUAAUCUAAGAAAGGAUUUUAGUAAGUUAUUUCCUCAACUAUUGGUUAAAGAUAAAACAAGUUCAUGUUUUGUAGUUAUUAGUUGUUUACAGUGUUAUGCUUGGUGACAAUGUCAGACAACCGAAUUGGUGUUGCUAAGGAAUGCAUCUCAGUCCUGUUGAAGAGCAUCAUACACUCGUACCUGGUCAGUAGUUCAAUAUAGAAGCAAAGUAAAUGCAGGAGCUCAUUCCACAAACUUUUGUCUCUUAGAAAACAGCUUAAAGUAUCUUGUUUUUACAGCUACAGAUAUUCAGCUCACAUGAACAUGAGUGUGGACACUCCUCUGAAAACGCAGGCUGAUGUUGUUGCACUCACCUGGACUGUCUAGUGUCUGGACAGAGGGGGACUCUGGGACCUGAGAUUAAGCAGAAGACAUGGCUUCUCUGAAAUCUGUCUGUGUGUGUGCGUUUGGUGCAGAUCCAAUGCUGUUUUACGACGUACGCUUUCGUACCUGGGUGUUUUGUUGCAAUGUGUGGGAGAAGAAAGUGGAAAAAAAAAUAUUUUGAAAAAUCCAUUAAAAAGACAAUUCAUUGAGAAAACAAAAUGGCCAAGGGAUCUUGUAUCCUGUUCAUCUCUUAGGAAAUAAGUGUUUGAGUGAUCUAGUUUCUUUUUCAGACACCAUUUGUGGUAUAUUCUGCCUCCUGCCUAAUUACUGCCCCCACCUGAGAUUGUUUGUUUGCUUCUGUGUUUUUCUGCAUACCCCAUCUCUGUGUGCCCCCUUCCCACCUCCUGCUCUACCCUACAGCAACUGUAAAUGUAUUUAAAAGGUCAAGUAGAUGUACGCAGUUUUUCUCUUGUUGAUAUGACACCAAUUACAAUAAUUAAUGACAAUAAAAUGAGCAAAAAGUUAAA